GGCUGGAGGAAAAUUUCACCUUUAACUGCACUGACUGUGGAUUGAAACAGGAAGGGGAAAGAGGAGGCAACUAAUUUACAGUAUGUGACCCUGAGCAUGUGCAGGUUUGUAGCACUUUUGAAAGAUUUGCGGCAUCUAUUUUUCUGCCCUAAAGCAAGGUCCUGAGGCCACCAGAGCAUCUGCCGCAACAGGAGAGAGCCAAUGCCAGUCCUACUCAGAGGAGACCCACUGAAAUUAAUGGACACAGCCCAUUAAUUUCAGUGGGUCUACUCCUGGUAGGACUGUUGGCUACACAGCCAAAUAAAUCUCUUAAAGCGCAAUCCUAACCAGGUCUGGUGAAAAAGAAAUUCUGUUAGUUUUUUAAGUUUUCAAAACUUUUAUUAUGAAGUUAAAAUAACAAUCCAGUUAAGAAAUAUGAAAUAAAAAGUCCCCCCCUUUAACAUCAAAUAUGAAAUAAAAAGUCCCCCCUUUAACAUCGAAUUCACUGUGUAGUCUUAUGAGAAAGUUAGUCUUAUGAGAAAGUUAUGAGGUAAUGGCUGUGAACCGUUGUUUGUUUGUUCGUUACAUUUCCUCCCUUUAUUGUACAUCCUAUUAAAUACAAUGCUGCUCUCUCCCAGGUAAACGGGGUUAGGGGCUGCAGCUUGUGCCUUUUAAGGUGCCGCAAGCCUUUCCUCGCGCGCUCCCUAAACAUUUCGUUUAUACGCAUUUUUGUUUCGUGAGGAAGGAAGGAAACGCUUUAAAGAAGCUUCCCAAGUAUGAGGUGGCUCCGGCUGGCAUUACUGGCAACUUCGCGCAACUUGUGCCAACUCGCCUCAGAAAGUUACAAAAGAAGCAGGAGGUGGAAAAGGGUGGGGGGUUGAAAAAAGGUGGGAAAACACCCGGAUGGAAGAGGUGGCGCCAAGGGUAGCUCUCUCCCCACCCCCUCUCCCCGAGGAAAGCCAACGGUUUUAGCGCGAGGGAGCGUCGCGUGCCUUCCCCUCCGCAAACACCUUUGCCCGCCUGGCGCUUCGGCGCUGAAGCAACGCCCAAUCAGCCGAGCGCCCUGGGUCUCCCCGCCACGCCCACCAACGCCCCCCCCACCGGCUCUCUCGCGCACGGUGCUCUCCCCUCUCACCCCCACCUCCUCCUCUCACUCGACUUUUGUAAACUCUCGCCGCCAAAGCUCGCGAGAGGACAUGUCCGCGGCUGUAGCGUCCAGAGAGGGUGAGUGAGGGGCGGACUUCGGGUUCGCGGCGGGGUUCAGCUGACGAAGGGGAGGAGAGGGCGUAAUGUGUGUAACUCUAUAUAUUUGAGAGAAAUUAUUUCCCCCCUCUUUCCCAUUCUCACCACCCCCACCCCCCGCGACGGCGGUGGCAGCGCAGGCUUGAGGCGAAGGGUCGCGGUUGGGCGGGGGUGGGGGGUGGAGAAGGGGGCGACGUUUCUCCACCGCGCGCGCGCGCCACACACACACACAGCCGUUCCGCGGUCUGGGUUGUUUGCGCGAGCGCCUGCAGAUUGUGACCUCGGGAUCCAGAGGGGGCGGGGCUUCCAGGAGGCUGCGAAGUCCGCGGGGACCCUCCCCAGAAGUGGCUGCAUUUCUGGAGCCUGCAAAAUUGCCGCCGGGGUCGGAUCGGCGCGGGUUAGGCUUACAUACGUGUGUAUGUGUGUGCCAGCACGCGCGCCGCAGGGUCUUAAUUUUCGGGUUCUUUGGUACUAUGACAAGGUGCGGGGAGGGGAAGAGGUGGAACCACUAGGUAGGAUGGCGCCCUUCCCAAAGUCAGCAGGACUGAUCAUGGGCGUCGGCGGUUUUAGGUACCUGCUGUACCUGGAAACUUAAGGGGAAGGGUCGUAACACAGUAGUACUGCAUCCUCUUUGGCCAGCAUCUCCAGAUCGGGUUGGGAACAGGGCUGCCAGCCUGAAUAUUUUUUUUUUGGAGGGGGCGGGACAGGUAAACACUGCCCUGCAUAAUAGAUGGCGUGCAACCACAACGUUUGCCCAUCAACUGGGGGGUGCUAGCACCCUCAAAUAUUUUGUUUGGGGAAGGUGAAGGGACUUGGGCGCUCCGGAGUUGGCUCCCUUUUGGUGGGGAAGUCUCCUGCCUGAGAAUCAUUGCCAGUCACGGUAGACACUUCUGAGCUUGAUGGGCCAGUGGUUUUUCUCAGAAUAAGGCAACUUCUAGUAUUCCUGUUGUUACAUCCUUCAGGAAUGGUAGCAGAGUUUUAAAACACACACAUGCAGAGUAUCAUAAUCAUAAUAGACCAUGGCACAUAAGGAGAGCUUUGCUGGGACAGGCCAAUUACCUGUUCUGGUCCAGUAUCCUAUUCUUGCAGUGGCCAACCGCAUGCCAAUGGGAAACCUGUAAACAGGACCUGAGCGCAACACUACUCUCAAUUCCUGUGGUUUCAAGCACAUUACAGUACACUAUUUAGAAGCAAACUGCCUCCAGCACAAUGUAGUGCAGGGAUAGUCAACAUGGAACCUUCCACAUUUUGUUAGAUAUACAGUGGUACCUUGGGUUACAUAUGCUUCAGGUUACAUACGCUUCAGGUUACAGACUCCACUAACCCAGAAAUAUUACCUCGGGUUAAGAACUUUGCUUCAGGAUGAGAACAGAAAUUGUGCAGCAGCGGUGCAGCAGCUGCAGGAGGCCCCAUUAACUAAAGUGGUGCUUCAGGUUAAGAACAGUUUCAGGUUAAGAACAGACCUCCGGAAUGAAUUAAGUACUUAACCUGAGGUACCACUGUACUCCAAAUCCUGUCAGCUCCAGCUAGCAUGGCCAAUGGCAAGGAUGGUGGGAGUUGUAGUCCAGCAUCAUGUGGAGGCCACUGAGUUGGCUGUUUCUGGUUUAGUAGUUAGAAUGACCAGGGUUCAAGUCCCCAGCCACGCACUUGCAAGGUGUUGUGAGGAUCAUACAGAGAGAGCAAGCACAGUGUACAUUGCCUCUAAACAUCAGAGAUGGGAUAGGAUAAAAUGUAACAAGUAAAGUAAAAUAAAUUUAUGGUGUACUUUUAGUAUUCAAAAAGUACUUUUUAUACAACAGGACAAAUAUAUGCAUUACUUGUCUAGUGAAUGACUUGUGAGCCUGUCCCUUCAAAAGAUGAGAAUUUUUCAUUGGGACUAGGGAAUCCUGAAAUAUUUCAGUUCACAUUGCUUAGAAAAGUCUAUAUCUAGUGUAUGGAAAAUAUACAAGUAGCUAUGCUUUUCAGUAACAAUAUUAACCCUAAUGCUUGAUAAUUUUAAAUGAACUAUUUUGUGUCAGUGGAAGUUUUGCCAUUUUACAUGGAGUUGCAAGGGGAAGAAAACCGCUGCAAUCAGUAUGAAGGGAACUAUGUGCUUUCUGUUGAAUUCUCUGGGGCCCUGUGUUUCUGUUCUCUUAAUUUCCCCAACAAUUUUCCUGUGCUCUUUUACUGAGGAAAGUAGCUCUACCACUUUAUUCACCUGAUUUGGCCCUGAUCUAGCUGUUUGCAUGUGUAGCAGUGGGUGCUAACAGCCAGAGCUGUUUGUAUCUAUGUCUACUCAGAUUAGCAGGGAUAUGACUGACCACUGAGACUGUGGAUACCUCAGUUGGUAGAGUGUGAUACUCUUAAUCUUGAGGUUGUGGGCCUAAGCCACAUGCUGGCCAAAAAGAUUCCUACAUUGCAGGGGGUUGGACUAAAUGACCCUUGGGAGUAUCUUCCAACUCUGCCAGUCUAUGAUUCUAAGAAAAGGUGGGGAGCCGAAUCUAAAUGUCUGCAUCCCUCAAGACACAAUCUUAGCACUGAUGGAAUACAGAUUGUGGCGGUGUAGAGAUGGCCUACUGCUGACAGUAUUGCUUUUCCCUCUUGUCUUAAACUGAGCUUUGUAACUUUCACUUACGUUAUCAAAAGAUCUUUUUCUUUUUUCAUUUGUGAGAAGUGGGGGAUUUAUUCUAUUUCACUGAUUAAGAGGGAGAUACACAGCCUUUAAGGGAAAGUCCAUAAAAUAACAGGGACAUUGCUGCAGUGGGAGGGACUAGCUUUAUUACUUUUUUGUCUGAAACUUUUAUUAUACCAGUUAGGGUUACUAUAACUGUAAAAUCACUGCAAUAAAAUGAAUAAUAAAUUCACAGAAUUGUAGUGCUGGAGCGGAUCUUGAGAGUCAUCCAGACUAACAACCUGCAAUGCAGGAAUCUCAACUAAAGUAUCAAUGACAGAGAGUCCACCACCUUCUGAGGGAGUUUGUUCCAUUGUCAAACAGAUCUUACUGUCAGAAAGUUAUUCCCAAUGUUUAGUCAGAAUCUCCUUUAUUGUAACUUGAAGCCAUUGGUUUGGGUCCUACCCCCUGGAGCAGAAGAAGAGCUUGCUCAAUCUUCCAUGUGACAGCUCUUUAGAUAUUUGAAGAUGGCUAUCAUAUCUCCUACCAGUCUCCUCUUUUCAAGACUGAACAUACUUAACUCCCUCAUAAGGUUUGGCUUCCAGACCCUUGGUUGCCCUCCUCUGCACAUAGUUCCAGCUUGUCACUAUCCUUCUUAAAUUGUGGCAUCCAGAGCUGGGAACAGUACUCCAGGUGUGGUCUGACCAAAGCAGAAUAGAGCAGUACUAGGACUUUCCUUGAUCUGGACACUGUACCACUUCUAUACUUUUACAUCUUCUCCACACAGUGUACCUACUGCUUGCUUGUUCUUCCUCUUCUUUUGAACAUAGCCAAAAAAACCUUUUAUUAUUGUUUUUAACCUCUCAUGCAAGCCUGAGCUCGUUAUGCCUGACCUUCUCCCUGCCACUGCUGGCUACUUCAUGAUUUCAGCUUGCUUCCAUUUCUUAUACAGGCCCUUCUUACAUCUCAGCUCAGCUGUAAAUGCAGCUAUAAUGGUUUCUUCAGAUGCCUCCCACUUUCCUUUCUUGUUGGAAUUAUCUGCACUUGUGCUUUCAAUAUUUCACCUUUAAGAAACCCCCUUCUCUUUGAGUAUUUCUGACCAUGGGAUCUCAUCCAGUAGUUCCUUAAACUGUACUGAACAUUGAGUUUCCAGUGUGAGAACAACUCAUGUCCCAUUCCCUUCCCAAUUCCCAGAUUUCUGUACAAUGGUACCUCGGGUUACGUAUGCUUCAGGUUACAUACGCUUCAGGUUGCAGACUCUGCUAACCCAGAAAUAUUACCUCGGGUUAAGAACUUUGCUUCAGGAUGAGAACAGAAAUUGUGCAGCAGCGGCAGCAGAAGGCCCCAUUAGCUAAAGUGGUGCUUCAGGUUAAGAACAGUUUCAGGUCAAGAACAGACCUCCAGAACAAAUUAAGUUCUUAACUUGAGGUAUCCCUGUCAGCGGAUAGGCUGGCUGGGCUCUGACAUGGCCGGGAUCCCCCAGGCAAUGGGGGACAGAGUCCUCCGCCCCUGGUGGGGAGUGGGUGGCCACACGGUCCACCACAAUUCCUCCCCACUGGGAAGUGGAGCAAAUUUGUCACUUUUGAAUUUCUGUAACCUUAGCCUUUCUGUACACAACGUGAAAAUCGUUUUUGGUUACCUUUGGGUCUGGGAGCCUGAAGAUCUUAAGCUGCUACUUGUUGAACUUAAUUACAUAAUCAUUAGCCUCUCCUUUUCCUGGUACUAAUCUUUUAAAAUUUCCUGUAAGUGUUGAAGUAGUGAAGACACCAAUUAUAGAAAAUUUCUCUUUAUCUGUCACCUUCCAUAUGGAAAGCUACAUGGGAGGGGGAAAGGGUCUACCAUAGCUUUCUCCUGACAUCAUAGAUACCCCCACCUGUGUGUAGGCUUUUUUUUCGUCAUGUAGCACACCCAUACAUACCUGAAGUCCAAAACUAGGUUUGUUGGCUCAACUGAUGUUUGUCGGUUUUAUCAUAGUAAAUAUCAGACUGUAGCUGAGGCCUUAUUUCAACUGAUCAGGACUAUUACCCUCAUUGUGUCUUGCAUACAGUAUAUUUGUUAAUGCAAUCUUAUUAUUUGCCUAUUUUGUAACAACCUUAAACCUUACCUACAUACUUUAAGUUUAUUAAUUUCACUGGGUCUGCUCUUCGUAAAGCUUAGUUGAAUACCACCCUAAGUAAGGAUAACCUUUUUUCUUUAUGCUGCUUGCAGAUCCUCAUAUGAUUUGCAAACUGACUGAGCGUGUUUCUCACUCAGGUUUUCAAAUUAUUUAAGGAGUUGUUGAACUGCAGUGGAGCCAAGACAUACCUUUGUGGGAUACAACUUUUUUUACUUUUUUGUAAUUAAUGUUUGCCUUCUGGGAUAUGUCAUAUGUGGUUUAUCACAUACUGUGAUUGUGCUUGGAAGGUGCUUGCUCUACAGUCAAAACAGUUGAAAAGGCUACUUUUGCAUUUGUGCCUUCAAUAUUUCGCUUUUAAGAAACUCCCUUAACUCUGAGUAUUUCUGAAUAUUUUCAAGAUUCAGCUGAUCAUGAAAAUUUGUAUUUUUGUUUUACAAUAUUAAAUAUAUUCCAUCCUGAAACUACUUAUGCACGAGGGAUGUGUUUUUCUUAGCAGCCAUAUUACAGCAUCAUUGUGAACAAUUGUGGAUAUGUUCUUUAUUAUUUAUGUAAAGGAUAAAUAUAUUCCCUUCCCAUUGCUUUUUUUUCAGAGCAAAACAUUUCCUAACUCUUAUUUGAAUACAGUUGCUAUUUUGAAAAGCUUUGCUGUAACACAGUUCAAUGCUUCAUGGUAUGCUUUUUAAAUGUUUGUAUUUUAAUUGAGAUUUGUUUGGUGCCUCUUCCAUUCUAUAUAUUUUGGCUAAAAUGGAGAAGCAAGUAUAAUUUAUGUUGGGAAUAUGCUCCAACACCAGGAGCAAACAUUACUAAAACUUGGGUGCUCAGUCUCCUAGGAGCUCUAGUAAUGAUUGUGAUCAUUUUUGUUUUGUAACAAAAGUGAGAAUUGGAGUUUCCUUUUAAGCUAGGAGUUGAUCCUGAUCUAUGUGGCCUUAAGUGUAUAAGUGAUAUGGGAUGUGCCAUCCUUAUUCUUCUUAUCUUGGAACCCCUGCACACAAGGAGGCAGUUCUAUCUGCCUGGUUUGUUGGGCAUCCAGUGUAUUGUAUAAUUUCUCAGUACUACCUUGCCGGAGGCACCUUUGCUCAUUAGGCAUAGAAUACACCCUUCUCUCCUCUACCUGAGCCUCUAAGGUAGAAAGAAGAUAAAGAGAGCUUAGAGUCAAUAUGGUAAAAUAAGAUGGGAACCUUUGCAUUCUUACUACAGUGCAGCCAUUGAAUGACUGGAAUGGUUAUAUGUGCAGUAAUCAGUGAGGUAAUAUUUACAUAACAGAGUGUAUGGUUACAUAAACAUUGUGAACAAGAGUUAUAACAUAGGAGUGGUAUUCUCCUGAUCUUAUAACAGUCAUUUGCGUAUAUGAGACUUAAAAGUACAUAAAAAUUUAAGAUGAGCAAUUCUUUAUACACAAUAGUUGGUGCACUGUAUAUUUGGACAGAGAUUAAGACAAACUAAAUAAUAGUACAGCAGUCACUAGAAACUAACCAGCAAUUAUCCUCAGAUGACCCCAUCUUAAUUCUAUGUAUUAAACUGCUUUUAAACUUAAGUUUACAUCCAGUAUACGUUCUGUAUAUUAAAGGAGAUGUUUGACAUAAAGCAACCCCUGGGAAGGGGGGAGAGAAGUAGUCUUCUCUGCAUUUUUUAAAAAAGAAAUGGUACAUGUUCUUAUUCAUUUUCUCUGCAAAAGUAAGCAUCAUUAUGUAGAGUUUUCUGAAAUUGCCAUUUGGGGAAAUAUUUCUAAUUGAAAUAUAAAUUGGUGAUGAAAAGAAGAGAAAAUGUUUGGUUUUCUCUUCUAAACCUUUCAUUAGAAGUGUGUGAAUUUAAUUUAUGAAUUCUUGCUAUGGUUCUGAUAGCAAAGGCUCGAUGCAUAAGUGUUUGUAUAAUGGAGAACUUUAAUAUCUUUUAGAUUGAAUUCUAAAUAGGAACAGCAUAGCAGGCUCAGAACUUAAGUAGCUAUAAUACUAAACCAAAAAAUACCUCAAUUCCCAAAUGCCAUAUAUAACCAACCUAGAAAUACCAAAACAGCAAAGGGCCUUCACUUUGGCCCGAGGUCAGGCCUUCCCCUCAGCUAUCCAGGAAGGCCGUUUUAGGAAGGUACCUUACGGGGAGGAGAAAUGCCCCUGUGUCUCAGGGCAGCUAGAAACUAUUGAAUAUGUCUUCUUCCACUGCCAAUAUUAUGCAGAUGUGUCAAGUUCAUCCUGCCAAUUCUAUACCAAUUCUCUGCACAGACAGAGCAAUGCUAUACCUCCUUGCUACUUCAAGAUGCAAACCCAGAUGUAACAUACUCAGCUGCCAAAUUUUGCACUGCAAAGAUGGACAUUCACCAAAGAAUGGUUUGGGUCAUGUACCAGACCUAAACUCAAGACCCGUGCCCUCUCUUGCACCCUCCCUUCUAUAGUUACUUUUGCAACUGCUUGCUCUUAACUCUCUAGCUGAUUUUAAGUCUCCCUCAUGCAUCCCCCCCUUCUUUGAGUCACUCAUUUUACCCAUUUUAUUUCCUAAAUUACUGUGUGUUCCUAUUUUAACCUAUGCUGGUCUUUGACCGUAAUAAAGAUGAUGAUGAUGAUGAUGACAAUACUAUUCCGUACAGUUAAUGGAAUGUCAUUUUCUAAUUCUUUAGCUGGGUGAUAAAUGUUACAUUGUGCAAAUCUUGUACUUGAGAACUAUGUUAAGUUAAUCAGGGUCCCUUCAAAUUAGUUUUAUCUUCUCCAUGUAUUUAGUGGAAACAGGAAAACUGGACCUGCUCCAGUCACACAAGGCAGCUUCCUGAAUCAGGAACUAAGAUUAUUUGUAUAUAUAAAUAAAUGUUAAGAGGAAAUUUUAGAUUCUUUUUUUUGUGAUCUUUCAUUUUCCAGAUUCACAUUGAAUGUAUUGAAACAGACUGUAAGGGACACGAUUUUAAGUGGUUAGUGGUGAGGUAAGUAAGUUUACAUAUCAGCAUGUAUUAGUCCUCUCAAAACAUACUGUAGCUGAAAUUUACCAGCUUUCUACAGGGUGCUCAAAGCUCCUUCAGCCACAGCAAGUUCAUCUUGUAUACAGCUGUUGGCAACACUAUUUUCAUUGUUUGCUUAUAUAUUCUUCAGUAGAAUCUAAAACUCGUUCAUGGGUAACAGUUCCUCAUUUUUUUGCUAGAUUUCUCCCAAUUUUCACUUGGCAGAAAUAAUUGCUAUCUCACAUGAUUGGCUUUAGAUUCCUGUGUGAGGGAAUGGGUCUUCUACUCACACAGUGAGAGUGGUUGUAUAUCAACCCACAUCUUCCAUAUCUACAAUCCCUGUGUCUGCUGGAAACUCUGCCAACGAAGGGGAAACACUACAGAGCAAUCUUUUGGGCAGUGGAGGAAAAGGGGAGGGUAUAGCUGGGGGUGGGGUGGGAUUGGCAUGCCCCUAUGCAUUUCAGUCACAUGGCAAGGUCUUUCAGAUCCAAGCUAAUCUAUCCAUUCCAAUAAUUUCUAGUUAUGCUUUCAAAUUUAAUAAUAGUUUCAUACUUCCUUGACAGUUUUUCCUGUGCAAAUAUUUUACUCAUUUUAAGAAAUCCCAUUCUGCUCAUUUAGGAAUUAUUCACUGAAUUUCUCAACCAUGGAUUCUAAUCCUAACUCAUUUUGUGAAAACAAAUUUGUAUUUAUCAGUAUAUUAAAAGAUCCAUGUUAAAGUUUUUUACUGUUUUGUACUUUCAUAUUACUCAGAUUCUUGAAAAUACAUCUUUUGAAGUAACUGAAGAAUUAGAAAAUGAAAUAUUACUCCUUUGGAAUUAAAACACAUUUAUGUCCAGAGAAUUAUGAAACUGAUUCCAUUAUCACAAUGGGGCUUUGAAUGUAUUUUUAAUCAUACAGUAGGUUCCCCUUACCCCCCACUCGUCCACAUGACAAACCGGUUGUGAAACUGAAGGGAGUUUCACAACAAUUUGUGAUAUGCUAGUCAUCAAAGAAAGUCACACAUUAUUAUGCACUGUAGCAAAAAAUGGACACAAACUUCUCUAAUUUCAAGAAUAGCAAUAUUUAUGCACGGUGUUUGACCCACCUGCAGUUUGAAUUUUGGUUGAAGUCCUAAGUAACUCAUGCAUUCAGUAGGAUGUUGCAGAUUAUGCAUCAGAGUAAACACAUUAUUACAGGGCCAGAUUAAUAAUACGGAAUUAAUCAAUUUUCAAUCUCUGUAUAUGUUACAUUUGUAGAAUAGUGGCUGCUGAGUGAAGUGUGAUGGUGUUUCUCCAUGGGUAGUUGCUUGUGUUGCAACUUCGUUUCAGCUUAUUUAAAACUACUACCACUGUGAAAGAGCAACUUGACACAAAUAGUCUUCUGUAGGGCAAGGAGGCCUCCUCAUGGCCAGUGGUCAGGGAUGAUGGGAGUUGUUGUCCAGCAGCAUCUGGAAGACCACAGGUUAGCUAUCCCUGCUGUAGGGAGUGGUUCCUGUGUCAUUUUUUCAGUCGCAUUGAAGACAAAAUGAAUGAAUUGAUCCUUACUGCCUUUUGUCUGUAAACAAAGAAAAUCUAUCUAUAAAGAUGCUGUAGUUAAUACUGUGACUUAAAAUAUUCUUAGGAAUAAGUUCUACUCAAAUCACUUGCUUUGUAAUAAGUGUUUAUAAGAUCCAAGGUCCUAAUGUAUUAAAUGAAUGUAAAGAAAAAUGUGUGUGUGUGUUUUAAAUUUCAUACCAUCAUUUUAUUUUUUUGAGAGGAUAAUAUGAACAAGAGAUCCUAUGAACACUUUGUAAUUCUAACUGCAUUGUGAUUUACUAUUCUUAUGGGGCAGAUAUUCCACCAACUCAAUAACGAUCAACAUUGUUUUCAGUUUAUCACACUAAGUUUUGGAUAGUCAGUUAAAUCUUGUCCUUGCAUCAUGCACUGUUAGUCAUGAAAUAUAAGUGGAUCUGUCAAAUAAGUUUUUAUUAAUUAGAGCUUGAUUCUUGUUGGCCCCAGGGACUAAACUCUUCUUCCACCCACUCAGAAUGAAUUAGAGAUGUGAAGUGAUGGUCUGAGACCAGUAAUGGGCUUAGUAUUUGCAUAAAGGUUAUUCUUUGAUCUUAAAAAGUUGUUUUUUAAAAACUAGAGAAUACUUGUAAGAGUAAAUAAAGUAGGUUUGCCACAAACAUAAUAUUUUUUAGGCUUUAAAAUCAGUUUUUACAUUAUGUUUACAGUGGAGUGGUCUAAAUACAGGCAGCAUCUGUUUAUUUGCAUUAAAAUAUAAUUUAAAAGUAUACGUUCAUUUUGUGAUAUUGGCUAAGUAGGCUUUGUGGGAAGAGCCUCUCAUCAGUUCGGUAGCUGUCCAAAUAUUGUAUCUACAUCAAACAUGUAUCAACAUUACCAUUUUGAAAGGAAAUGGUGGGAAAUUGGGCUUACAGGAUGUACAUCCACCCGUCCGGCUGAUUUAAUAACUUUGUUGUCGUUAUUUCUCUUUCUUGACAAGUAGGUGCUUUUUGUUUUAGCACUUUCAGGCAGCAAACUGCAUCACACAUAGAAAGCACUUUAAGACUGCAGCCUUAAAUGUGUUACUAUGCACCUUAACCUGGAAGUAAAUCCUACUCAAUGGUUUUUACUUUUGAGUAGAGAUGUAUAGGAUUGCAUUGUUCACAUAUUUGCACUUCACUUUUCUAAAUCUUCCAUCUCUAAAAAAAGUUAGCUUGUACUGUGAGGCCAGGUUUUCAGCACUUGUGCAAGUGCUUCUUCCUUUCUCCUUCCUCUCAACCAGUUGGAGCACUAUAGCUUUCAGAAACCGAAGAGAUAGCCCAAAAUAGCAUAUUAGUUGUGCAAUAUAAUUUAAACUCUUCUAAAACCUCUAAUAAUAUGCCUCACAGUUGCAAAAUCAGUUAAGGUUUUGUUGUAUUAUGAUAAUAAAAUAUUUUAUGUAGCAGCCGUAACACAGUAUCUUUACUAGGACCGAAAAGAUUUGCUGAUCCUAAUAAAAAUAUUAUGCCUUUGGAUUCCCUCCUGCCCCCUCUAAUAGGCCAACAUGUCUGUCAGCAAUACUACCGUAUUGCCUUGAGUCUAAUGUGCUAUUGAAUCUAAUGCGCACCUCAAUUUUCAGAACCUUGAAACCAAAAAAGGUAUUUGCUGGUGAAUGUAAAUGUGCCAUUGAAUCUAAUGCACACCUUAAUUUUUGCAACGUAAUUUGGCUAAAAACAGUGAGCAUUAGAUUUGAGUAAAUAUUAUAUUUUAACAUUUAGGUCCUGCAGCAUAGCUGCACAGAGCCCUUGGGGAAUGAACAACAUAUUCACUAAAACAUACACAAUGAAACAGAAUAAAUUUAAACUAUUAAUAAUCAUUGCAUUAAAAAACCAAAAGAACAAAAUAUAAAAACUUGACUGGUAGAUUUGAUUCAAGUUUCCUCAUUAAUCAGUAAGGCCUGAAACAGAAUAGUUUUCUUUUAAAGGCUGGUGAAAAUCUAGUUGACCUAGGGUGAGUCUUUCAGAAAAAAAAAUGCUGCUGCAGGAAAAGGACAUGUUCCUUGUCAUCCUCAAUCUAGCCUAUGACAAAGAUGGAGACCCUUGGUGUAUGGGUAUGGGGCUCAUACUGAAAUGAUGCUCUCUAAAAAUGCCAAAGCCAUUAGAGCUUUAUGGUUGAGCUUUAAAGAACUUUGAAUUGUGUUUGGGAGCCAUUAUAGAUCUCUUGGUACAUGUUUUAAGUGCUCUUAACUUUUAACUCCUGAUAAUGAGGCUGUUGCAUCUUGAACCCACUGAAGAUUCUGAACAGUCUCCAGAUGCAGCUGCUGCCCCACAUAGAACAUAUUGUAGUAAUCUAGACUUAAGUUUAUCAGGCAUGUAGCUAGGUCACCAUUUUUCAGGAGUGCUUGCUGCUGACAUACCAGCUUCAGCUGGUCAAGUGCUAUCCUUACUGUGACCUGUUGAGGUUCCAGAAACAUUCCCAAACGGCACACUUGCUCUUUCCUUGAAACUGCUAACCAUUCAAAUUAGGGGAACCCUCAGCUCCCAGAUAAGGUCACUGAUGAAUAUUUCCAUCUUAAGACUAAACUACUGUUUAUUCACCCUUACCCAACCCUGUCAUUUACCCCAGGCACCUGUUUAUAGCUUUCACCGUGUUAUAUGAUGUCCUCUUGCGCUAAACAUCAAGCGAAUUUAUGCUAGCAAGUUCAUGUAAAUAUCUCAAAACAAAGGGGACAAAUUGGAAUCUUAUAGCACCCAAUGAGAUGAGGCCAACAUAAGAUGCAGGAGAAGAAUAAUCACAAAGCAGUGCUACCAAUCACAUAAUGUGACCCAGAAGGAGGUCCAGGAGAUAUAUCAUACUUCCUUGUGCAUCUCUUGGCAAAGGUAAUCAAAAUGGUUUCAGUCCUAAAGCCUAAUAAUGUGGAUCAAUAUAAUCAGUAAUAUUCAGAAGUCUCAAAAUCCUCACAUCUCCUAGCAUAUUAGAAACUGGCAGGUAAUUGAGGUCCAUAUGGGUCAUUCUGUCCCCUCCUCCCAAAAAGGUCUUAUAGUUGCUUUCAAAGGGGCAGAAUACAGUUUUCCACAGAAGAGAGAUAAAUCUGGUCAGCCUAUUCUGACCAAUCUGGCCAGCCUUUCCUGACUCACUUAGGAUGGGCAAGAGUAGUGUGUACACAUGGAUGGAUUUGCUUUUUAAAGAACUCUGUAUCCUCAGGUAACAACAACUGAAGCUCAUUGAAGCAAAAUUGAUAAUUUGAGACUGUGGACAUGUCUUACAUAGCUAAGUUGUGAGGAUUGCCCAUUCUCUACAAGCACACACACACAUACACACACACAGCCUCCCAAGUACUGUAUGUCACAAUACUCCACUGGAGCUUGAAUUUGAUCAGAAUGUAAGCCAAAUUGUAAUAGGCCUCUUACUAUCUGAAAAUGUUUCUUUGGAUAGAAUGAUUCAGAAAACAAGGGCUUCAAGUGGAUACCAGCCCAUGCUUCUUUAUAUUUGUCCCAAUGUCCCUUCUGCUUUAUGUUCUCUAUUUUCUGGAAUACCAGGAAGAGUUAUAGAUUCAAGGACAUGGAAGAAGACUCAUCAGCGCUAUCAUAUAAACUGCCUGAGUCAACCCCCUGUUCCAGAGGCCAGCUAGAGCUUUGACAGCUAAUGAGAUUGACUGGUAACAUUUUGGUAAUUCCUUGUACCAAUCACCUUUAAGGGAUGGAAAUCUUCAAUGACCCAUCACUCCUUCCACAGACUAAAGUUAUAUUCUCAAUUACCAAAGCAGUAUUCCCUACCAUCUGGGUACCAUCACACUGAUUGGAAUAAAACAUGUAAUCCAGAGAAUCAUCUGCAACAUGCAUUGUGACAGUUAAACAUGGAGACAGACAUAAGGUGGCACCAUGAACUCAGGAGGUCACAAAAGGGAUCUUGAAAUUGUCCAACACUGAUAGGCUUGAGGACCUCAACACCAAUUCUGAUAACAAAUCAAUCAGCCUGUUACUCAGUAGUCAGUCCAGUAACAGAAUCCCUGGUUCUCAGGCCUGGCACUGGGCAUAAUUGCCAGGUUGGUUCCCUUAUAAAGUUCCUGUUUGAAUGGUGGCCAAAGUGAUGUUGUAGAGCAGCAGCUGUUGGCUCAGUUAGCUCCACUCCUUGAAUUCUCCAGAGUUGGAAGAAAGGCCAGAAGCAGGGAUAGCCCUUAAUGCUCUAAUCCCACUUCUGCUUUUCCUCACCUGCUCAGGCUUCACUCAAAAGCCCUACCAUCCUGUCCCCCAUACAUUUCUAAUAGAGGCAUGCUCCACCUUAACAAAUAGCAUUGUACAUUGCUAUAACCUGCCCAUCAACCUUGUGGAGGGCAGUUAAAAAAUUAAUAGUACUUAAUAGUGCAAAUUAAUACUACAAAUCAAUAAUACUUAAGUUAAAAUAUUUUCCUUGUUUAGCAGGGACAAAGAAAAACAAACUUCACUCCAUAACCAUAGCAUUCUUCUCCAGCUGUCUCCUAGAGAAAACAGUUUCCUUGGGCCUUUGUUCACAAAGUACCCACCACUAUAUUAUCUCCUCCAAUCUCCUUCCUUCCUUCCUUCCUUCCUUCCUUCCUUCCUUUAUCCACAGUUUUUUCAAGAUGGAAGUCAAAAUGCCAUACAUGGGUUUCCAGAACAGUCUUCCAGACCCAUUUAGUUUCAGCAUGCGGUUGCUUCAAACUUUGACCUUGAUGUCAUGCUUGCUCCCUCCAGGACAAUUGCUCUUGAGAUCACUGCUUAAGGCACUGGCUUAGUCUUUUGUUAUCCCAGAGUAUGCUGGAGUAAAUACCUUCCUUUCCAAGUGUGAGAGACAUAAACUACUAAAAAGUGCUUCAAACAGUUGAAUAUUGCAGAUCGCAACACACCAACAAUAUUCAGAUGCUAUGAAUCUUGAUCUAAAGUGUUUGUAUUUAUGCACUUCCCUGCCAAAUGAAUGUGGAAUUAAUUUUCAGGUUAUUAAUGUUUGGACAUCUGACAAGCCACUUCUCAAAGUGUUUUGAAAAUUAGGUUAACUCUGGGCAUAGUGCCAGUAGGAAUGUGAGAGAGGGGCCUCUAGUUAUGCUACCCCGUAAGGUUUGAUUAAAUUGUGAAACCCAAACAAAUCAUAAGAAAGACAAAGGCUGCAUUCUGCACAACUUUAAAAAAUCUUUAAGCAGUGAUUUCAUAAAACAAGUACAUUUUUAUAGGUAUCUUUAGCAAGUCACGCUGCAUUUUCUGUAAUGUUCUAAUAUUAGAAAUAUGCCACGAAAUUAAUAAUGUAGUUCAUGUUUAAACUGUAUUGAUAUAUUUAAAAAAUCAAUAGCUCCAAAGUAACUUUAAAAACAUCAACCUUCUCUCUGCAUGUUGAAUAAAAUGUUCCACUCAGUGCACUUAAUAUUUCAAAUAAAAGGUGUUGAAGCUCCCAGCCUGCCUGGAAGUUCCAGUAUCUUGCUCAGAAAUCUUUUAUGCUAAUCCUAGAUGUGUGGCUCCAGGCUGAAAUUUCUCAGUGGUGAGAGGAAACAUGGCCUCCACUUUAACAGAGAUGUUAUUACUGCACAUGUUUCAAACCUGAGUGCCGGCAUUAAAAAUAAAAAAAGUUCUGAAACUGAUGUCUUGUGCCAAAUCUAGGCAUGAUGCCCACAGUUUUGUCCUCUGUGCUGCUUGUAGUUUUCUGAGCUGUGUACUCCAGACCUAAUAUGUGUCUUGUCACAGUUCAUGCUGUGGCAUGUCUUAGAGCUUGAUCCUAUGCAUGUUUUUGGUUGCAAUUCUAAACACAUUUUCCAGCAAGUAAGUUCCACUGAGUACAGUGCAAUGUAUAUCUGAGUAAACAUGUGUAAGAUUCUGUUGUUAGCUCCCUAUUUACCGUUUAUUUAGCUUGCAAGGAUUGUUUGCAUUCCAAGUCAAAGUGGAGAUUUAUGCAGUGGGGGAGCCUACAUUAAUGGUGAUUUUAUUUUAGUAGCAAUGAGGUAAUCAAAUAUGCUGUUCUUAGAGGCUUGAAAUUUGUCUGCAUUCAUGGAGACUUUUUGCUGGUAAAUCUGCAUCUGUGUAAGUUAACAGGAAAUAAGUCCUAUUUAGCUUGGGGUGAUUUACUUCUGAGAAAACACAUUGGGCUAUGAAAGGAUAAUAAUAAGUGGAUACUCGUUACAUAUUUAUUUUAAAGGGCUCUGAGGCACUCAAGACAGAUCACAACUAAUCUGUGAGCAAUGAAAGUUUGAUCAAAGCCAGAACAAAAACUACUGCAAUCAAAAAAGGCUGGGCAGCAGAUAAUGCCAACCAAAAGUCUUAGUUUGAGUAGAAACUAAAUUAAUAUGAGAUAACUGUGAUGCAGUCAAAAUAUUAUCCUUGGGGAUGAAAUCUGUGUAUGGAAGUGUACUUACAUAUAGCAUCUAAAUAUGAACAUGCAUUCUGCAUUUGGGAUAAAUGCAUACUUUGAAAUGGAUAUUAACAGUUACUUGCAUUGAUUACCAUAAAUAUUCCAAAACACUUUGGUUCCUGUCUGAAGAUAGAUGCUCACAGUAAGUGGCCUAUGACAGCAGAUGUGAAUGCAUGUUUGCCAUCCACCUUGUAAUACUGUUGUAAUACGCCAACUAUGCGGCUGGGUAGUGUUUGUGAGGUUAUCAUUGGACAAUUCUCAUCCUAUUUUGAAUCCCAACAAUGGAUUCCAUGCACAGAAGCCCUGUUCCACACACAAGAAAAGAAGUAUGGAAAAUACAUUAUAGCAGCUCAGGCAUUGCAUGAAAUGCUAUGGAAGGAUAGUCUGAUUGCCAUGCAAUGUAAUUCACACACAUCUCUGUUCACUCAGAUAAGCAAAUACUGGUAGAUAAGCAAAUACUGAAAAUAAAUGUUAAUAUAUAGCUAUCCUUUCCCCACCUCCUUUAAAAUGCUUGAGAGAGAUCUGCAGUUGUUGUCAAGGCUCUGUUGUUACCAUAGAUGCAGUUCUGAAAUAAAUAGAGCUGCUUAGUCCUUUAUGGAGAAUCACAAAUAUUGUAUUAGUGGCACAGCCCUUCAAAAAAGUUAGGACCUAACAAGAAUCUGAAGAACCAUAAGCCACUGUUUUCAGCAGGAUGACACUGCUUUAUUUUGCUCUUUAUUGUCACUUUUCUAUGUAUUUCCACUUUUAACUUCACACAUUUGAAAGGUGCCUAGAAAAAUAUGCCUUCUCUUCUUUCUCCACUGCUUCCCAUUUUUAAAAAUACAAUAUUUACAUGGUGCUGCAGAUUGAUGACCAAGUUUCCUCAAAUUAUUCAGUGGGCCACAAAAUAUUUAUUGUAUUUCUGUCCUAAAACUUCCAGUGGACAUCUGUCAAAGACAUAAUUAGGUUCAUGCCCAAUUAGCUUCACAAACGCUAUACCAUUAGGCAUUCUCAGUCUCCAACUCCACCUCAACAUGUAAUCUUUUGUUUUAAGGUGUCAGAUCACUUUUGGCUUAGUUUUUUUAAAAACAAAAAACCAAAAUAACACAAUGUUAGAAAAAAAACAAAGAAGGAACUUAAUGGGUUUUACCCAACUAACUUACUCAGAGUAAACCCGUUGAAAUCAAUAUAUCAGUAAGUUAAUCAAGUAUUUAAUAUUUUGGUAUAUUUUAAUGUAAAAAUACAUUUUGGUUAUCACUGAUACUCAGUAUUGUGUGUGUGUAUCCUAUGAUCAUGAUGGUCAAAACAAUAAACUGUACAAUGCAACCUAUGUUUGAUAGGACUAAUAUGGGAUACAACUCAACUUUUAUAAGUACUUGUACCCAGUUAAUUUUUUUUUAAGAUAUGUUCAACAAAUUCCAGGAACUUGAAAGUUACCAUAUCUGGUCUCCAAUGCUGUAGCAGGGUCCUUCAUAUUUGCAUAAUACAGUGUGCCACAAGCAAGAAAGCAGAAGAGGUUAGGUCUUGUAUCAAUAGACUGAAGGCAUUCAUCUCUGCAUAGUUCCAUCCUUAUUCCAGACAUCAUGAUAUAUCAGUAUAUUGCGAUGUUGAAAACCGCAUAUUGCUCAGCCCUAGUGAUGAGACAUCUUUCCAUUGUUAGAAUGUGAGUAUUUAAGCAGUCAGGGCUCUUCACAAGAUCCAUUUGUUUAUCUGGGUACGAGGUUUCAUUUUGCUGGGAUAUGUAUUCAUCCCUGAAAAGCAGAGUGUCAUCUCUAAGGUGAAGUUAAACCUAGUAUGCGCUUCCAUCAAAGGUGUUGUAAUAAUCACAUGUUGCCAAAACUCUAUUGCUUUAUUUUGUGUCAUUUUAUAGUCAACCCUUCCUUGAAAAUGCUAAAGGCAGUGUACAUUAUUCUCUUCCACUCUCCCAUCUCUCUCUCUUUCUCUCCCUCCUCCAUUUCAGUUGCUCUGUGAGAGAGGGACUGGCCCAAGUUGCCUAGUGAUCUACAUUUUGGAGUAGGAAUAUGAACUUGGGCCUCUCUGGUCUUAUUAUCAUAUACUUGUCUGACGUCCACACCUCUAGCUAGUAAUAGAGUCUUUAAUUUGAUUUUUAAAUAUCCAUUUAGGGGUCCAGUUGGUGAAAAAUGUGCAUUUAUGUUAAAUCAACUGAAGAGUAAACAUUUUCAUUGAACCAAGUGCAACCUUUCCUUGUCCCUUCUUAAAGAGGUUGGCAAUGGCAUAUAGAAAUGUAGUUAAUUGUGAGCUUACCAGCUAAGAAGGAUUUUAUAAUGGAUGGUUUUGGUUCCUGGGAUUCAAAAUUUAAUGAAUUUAGGCAUAAUACUCAGCCAUGUGCUUAUGCAGUUAGGGAUUUUGGGUUUUGCUUUUAAUAGAAUAUUAAUCUCAAAAUAGAAGAUGUGGUGUGCAUUGAACCUGGUGUGAUAGUGUGAAUUCUGGGAAUUUUCAGUGAAACCAAUGUAUGAGCAGCAUUACUAUUAAAGAUACAUAGGUGUUCUCAACACUUUGGAUACUACCUUCAGCUUAUAACCUAAGAAAAUAGCUGUGCAAAUAUUUUUAAAGUCCUUUUUCUGUGUUUUUUAAAGCAGGUAUGGAGAAGCAUGUUUCUCUCUGUACAUCAUCCUUCAUUAAGGCAUAUGAGAAAGAGAUUCAAUAUACAUAUUAAACUGAAAUCUAAUUAUUAACUGAAUUGCUGUUUUUGAGUAGCACUUGCAAGUGUUGCAAUUAAGUGAUACAAUUAGCUUCCAUGGAAGCAGAUUCUUAGGUGUUACCUUGGUUGCAAACUAUUCUGCCUGAAAUGGGUAUUGUGUUAUUUGUUACAUAACUACUUUUAAGUUCCCCCGUUGAUCUGUUAACAACUGAUCAAGCUUCAAUAUACCGUACUUCUCCGUGUAUAACACGAGGUUUUCUUUAAAAUAAUGUUUGAAAAUGGGGGUUGUCUUAUACACUGAUAGUGCAUGGGGGGACGGGUGAUUGGUUGCAGCCGCGAGCAGGAGCUUGUCAGCGGCGAUUUGGUGUGUGAUUCGUUGCUGUUGCAAGGGCUGCUUUGGAUUGGCUGCUGCUACGGUAAUUGUGUGGGUGAUUGGUUGCUGUGGAAAGGGUUGUUUUGGAUUGGCUGCUGCUGCGGCAAAUGGGUGUGCGAUUGGUGAGCGGGCACACUUGUUGGAUUCUGCGAUGUGAGCGAUUGUAAGCAUUUUCAUUCUGAUUAGUGAUUUUUGGCAUCCCCCCAAAAAAGCUUAACAUCCCUGGGCAAUCCCCCCCAAAAAAGCUCAACAACUCUGGGCCAUCUCCCUCCAUUUUCUUAAAUUUGAGCCCCCCAAAAUAGGGGUCGUCUUAUACAGGGUGUGUGUGUUAUACACGGUAUAUUAUCCUGCAUUGAUUGUUGUUGUUGUUGCUACUGCUGGAAACUGAUUUCUUUUCCAGAUAAAUGCCUGUUUUGCUUUGUCUCCGAACACAGAAAAUUGUGCUACUGUAUUUACACUAUUAGAAUAAAUGUAAUUCACAGAAGUUCAUGUACAGGAGAGAUGUUCUCAAAAAGCAGCUGGAAAAGUGUCCUGUUGUGCACAUAGGAAACAAACAUGAAUUUCCUUCCUCUGUAGUUUAAUUCUAACGUUUUCCUUGCUUUGUUUGAAUCAAGGGCUUGCUGGAUGUGAAUAAACAGAGCAGCACCUGCAAAUUUGUCAUAAAUGGAAAUAGCUUGAUAGCUAAGCAUAACAGUGAAAUCAUAAAGAAAUUUAACUGUUUAUUAAAAGCUCAGUAAACAUCUAUCAGCAUUAAGAAAAUACAUGAAAAUACUGUGAAGGAGAGGAAAUAUUGCAUAAGAGUUUAUGACCAUUUCAUGUGGGGAUUCCAUUCCCAGCCCCCACAUGAAUUGACAGGAUGCAUAUGAACACACCCUACCCUGUUAUGCCUCAUUAUGCCCCACUCCUGUUCCCCUCAUUAUGCCCUUUUAGUGAUGUGUUUUGUGAUCUUUUCUGUCAAUUCCAGGUUGGGUGCUGUGCAUGUGUCUUUCAGACGUGCAUUAAUCAGUCAUUGCCUGUAUUGCUUUUAGAAAUCAGUGAUGAUGCUUUUAGAAAUCAGUGGUGUCUCUUUAUGAACUGUCAGCUUUGAAGGCCUCAGCAUCUCCUAUAGUGUUGGAGAAAAUAGUUGGAUUUUGCAGAAAGCUAAAUCCAUAAUAGUAGUUUAUAAGUGUUUAUUGCAGUGUUGUAAAUUGGAUAUUCAUGAACUUGGAUAUGAAUGGAAUAUGGAGUUAGUGUUUCAAUUCAUUUCGAAUCCAGUGUCCGCUAAUGCUUGUACAUGGAAUAGCAAAGCGUAGAUGUCAUGAUGUCUGAACUGGACCAUUGUUGUGCACUUUCUCUUUCUUGCUGUAUAUUUUGCCUAAGAUAUGUAAAGGUCUUUGGAAGUACUGAGUGCAAAACAUCCCCAGCCUGGUGCUUUCCAGGUGAUUCCCAUCAUCCCUGACCAUUGACUAUGUUGGCUAGUACUGAUGGGAGUUGUAAUCAAAAACAUAUGGAGGGUACCCGGUUUGAGAAGGCUGUUGUAAAGGCUAACUACAAUGAAACAGCCUGGCACCUUUUUGUAUGUGACUUUUCCCUAAGCAAAAACUAUGCAAGCAAACUUUUGUGAACUAGUACCCAUCAGUUUCACUAGCUUUGUUAAGAUUGCAGUAUUGGAAUUUGACAGUUGGGAACUUCCUGUAUCUUUUUGGCAGAUGCUUGGGCAUCAGAAGAUUAUACAGUGGUACCUCGCAAGACGAAGGCCUUGCAAGACGGGAAACUCGCAAAACGAAAGGGGUUUUCGUUUUUUGAGCUGCUUCGCAAGACGAUUUUCGCUAUGGGCUUGCUUUGCAAGACGGAAACGUCUUGCAAGUUUGUUUCCUUUUUCUUAACACCGUUAAUACAGUUGCGACUUGACUUCGAGGAGCAACUCAUAGCACGCGGUGUGGUAGCCUUUUUUGAGGUUUUUGAAGACUUUGGUGAUUUUUGAAGCUUUUCCAAAACUUUUCCGACACCGUGCUUCGCAAGACGAAAAAAUCGCAAGACGACAAAACUCGCGGAACGAAUUAAUUUCGUCUUGCGAGGCACCACUGUAUGUAGUGGAAUAUUGGUGGUCAUUAGUAUGUAGAUUUGGAGUGUCAAGUAAUGGGUGAAUGAACAUGUUUUGCUGUUAAAAGUGAUAGGCCCGGCAGCAAAUAUUAUUUGUAUUGUUGUUUUUUACCUUCUUUGCCACAUAAUUCAUAUGUAUUAUCAGACUUUUUUCUGAUAGUGAAUUAGGGCAGAAAAACCUCAGGUAUCUGGGACUUAAAUGCCUAAAGAUCUGCUUCUGGUGUCUAGGCAUUUAAAAUAUUAAAUCAGUUCUGUGUAAGGUUGGCACUUUAAAAACUUUGGUGCUGGCUUCAGUCAAAGCUGGUGUUUCCCUGUUUAUAAAAUGCCCUCCCUAGUAAGAUGUGGCUGUCCCCAUCAUUAUUAACUUUCAAGAGGCAUUUGGAAACACUCCUGUGUAUUACCCAGGCAUUUUGGUGACUGAAGAAAACUGUUCCUGGGAACUAUGAGAUCACUUCAUGAAAUAAUGUUGUUAACUGGAACUGCUUUUAGAAUGCUUUUAACUGUAGCUGCUUUUUAAAUGUUUUAACUAUAAUUGUUUUUAGUAUAUUUUAAUUGUUUUAGUAUUUUUUCAUAUUUAAAUUAUGGGUGUGUUUGCCACCCUGGGCUGCUUUCGGAGGAAGGGUGAGAUAUAAAUGCAAUAAAUAAAUAUGAGAACCUGGACAAACACAUAGUGCUAUCUUUUCUAGCACUAUCUAUGACAGUUCAAAACUUGCUGCAUAUAAUUUUUGAAUGCUUCUUUUCCUUGGAAUAUCCUCAGUUGGAGGCAGCAAGGCUUCCAAAUACCAGUUGUUGGAAACCACAGGAGGAGAAAGUGCUCUUGUGCUCAUGUUUCCCACAGGCAUCUGGUUGAUGGGAUGCUCUGAGAAUGGGAUGCUGGACUAGAUGGACCAUUGGUCUGAUCCAGCAGGCUAUUCUUAUAUUCUUACAUUCCAUGUUGAAGGAUAUGUUUUGGAAUUUAUGGUAAAGCCGUUGAUCACUUUCUUGGCCUUCCUAUUUUUCACAUGCCCUUUGUAACAGUUGUCAAAGAGAGCAAGAGUUAUUUUGCCUAAUUUUGCCUUAGUUCAUAACAUUUGUUUUCCUCCAGUCAAUACUCUUUUUAUAUUGCAUAUAUCCAUAGCAAUAAGAAGUGAGAGUAACUGGAGCAACUGUUGCUAGGUACUGUGACUCUGUUUCCAAGUUUAUAUUAGAAUUCAUAAGUACCCCUUUAUGAAUAAAAUAAGAAAUAUAAUAGAAAAGUCAAAUAAAGCCUAACUUCAUUUAUAUGCAGAUAAUUUGACAUUUCAGUCAGAAGAAAUUUGGAUUUCCAAAAUGCAUCUUAGCAAGUGAUUAAUUUUUGGCAUUUUAAAGUGUCCUAAUUUAUUGUUUCCCUGCAGUUUAAUUUCAAAUGGAGGCAAAGGUACAGCAAAGCUGUUGGUACACUUCUAAUUUCAUGGACAUUUAUUAACAUGUCUCAUUGAUUUUAGUGGAAUUUAGUUCCAUAUGAGCAUAUGCAAUUAAAUUGAAUUUUAUCUUAUUGAUGGAAAUGGUGCUGAAGUCACUAAGCAAUUUACAUUUGUGUAAGAAUUUUAAUAGGAAUUCUGCUCUGAAAAGAUUCUCCUAAUGAUGUAUCUAUUUCAAUGAACAUGUGGGAGUUUGGGGAAUGUAUAAUGUCAUAAAAUGGGAGCAGGGUUAUGACAAGCUAUGCUUUCUAAAAGCUAAUUAUUAAGCAGUUAGCAGCUACAUAUGAUUGUAAAUUUGAUUAAACCCCAAAGCCACUUCUCUUUUUCUAUACAUGUAAAUAUAGUUAACCUUAGAGAUGCACUUGACUGUUUAUAAUGUACAAAGAAGCACAUUUUCUGGAACAUAGGCAUGGAAAUCUCCAAAAUCUGCUUUCCCGCUGCCAAAAAAUAGCAUAUAAGUUAAGGAAACAUGAAUUAAUGUGCUUUAGCAACCCUACCCCUCAGUUCUUUAACCUGGUAGUCUAGGCUCCCUAUGAAUUUUAUUUAUUUGAAAUUGUAUAUUACAGAAUUAGCUGUGCUUUACACACUUUUACAGUAAGCGUUCCUAGCCUUCUAGAUCCUUUGAAUACCCAACAGUGCCACCUAGCAUGGCCAAUGGUCAGGAAUGAUGUGAAUUGUAGUCCAAAACGAAUAGAGGGCAACAAGUUGAAGGAAGGCUGCUCUACAUUUCUGCUCUCUCCCCAUCUGGCAAAACUAGUGGUUGGGAUCCCAAACAUGUGGUUAGUCCUAGAGGUUUUAACCACUAGGAAUUUCAUAUCUACCACCAGAACCUAACCUCUUUCACAGCUAAAUGAUGCUCCUGACUCCCAAUGUGAAUGUGGCUUUGUUUAGUUGAAUUAUUAUAGCUUUAAUAAUAUUAAUAUUAAUAAUAAUAAUGGUAAUAUAAAGCGUGACCUAGCCAGUGCUAUACACUUUAAUCUCCAAUUUAUUUCAGUAGAAUUGUUAAACAUGUGCUUAAGCAGAGAACAUUAAAGCACAGAUGGUAGUGGCACUGUGACAGAAGAAAAUGUGUUUCUUCUAUAAUAAAAAACAUUAACUGUAAUAUCUCUGCAUCUGACCCACCAGGAAGUGGCCCCUGUGCCACUCUGGUAUCCUAUGAAUCAAACAUCAAAUGUUACUUCUGGUGAUAAAUUGUGGGACUUGAGACUCCAGCACACCAUGGGCGAGCAGAUGGUUGAAAGCAUGUACACCACACAUUUUUUAAAAAGUUGACUGUUGAGAAGGCAGCACUUCAGAUGAAAAGCCUUCCAAUCUGCAAAGGCUUUUAAAGGUAAUCACCUGCACUUUGAACUGGGUCUGGAAACAAAUUGGUAGCUAGUGCAGGUGUUUCAACAGGGCAGUUACUUGCUCCAAGUAAGCAUCUCCAUUUAAUAGCCUGGCUGUGGGAGUACGGGAGGUGAUAGUGGAGUGGCUUGAUAGCCAGCAAGAUGAACACAUAAUUUUCUAGCUACUGAUUUUAUCUGCUAAUAAAUCAGCUUAUCAGACCUGAUGCUUGAACUGAAAGAAAUGCAUUAAAACAUGGACAAUGAAACAAAGAUCUCAGCAACAGUUAGAUCUGAGUUUAAAGUCCCAUAUUCCCAUCUGAAAUAGACUGGAAUUGCCAAGAACUUAGGGAGACAAAACUGAAUAUUACAUGGCAAAGAGCUACCUGAAGCUGUAAAAAAGUGCCAAACUUGUGGGGAAAGGGCCAGGCGACGGAGAGUAUAGUUUGUAAAAUUAAAAUGGGGAAUUAUUCAGGCUUGGACUAAGAGCUAAUAUAGGGGAUGCUGUUAGAAAUUAAAUGGUCUGUGAGAAAUAGAAGGGGAAACGCAAUGCACUUUUUACUCCACUGCAUCAGUUACAGUUGUCCUGAUGUGAAAUUGACAUUAAGAAAGAACAUGACAUUAAGAAAGAGGUCUCCAGGAGUGGACUGCUUAUAUAAUUUCCAUACCCUUGCAAAUGGUAGUGGUUAGCAACAAUAAAUCCAAAUCUCACUAGGUAAUGGGGGUGACUCAGUGCCCACCCCUCGCAACCAUCCUCAGCCCACCUGGUGGCAAACAGUGUUGACACAUCCUAAUGAAUCUUCCUGAGUUAAAGAAUGGCCACUACACAAAUUUUACACUGCUUAUACAGUGGUGUUUCUUGUCAAAUCAAGGCCACAGUAGUAUAUAUGAAUUUUACUGGCACUCAUUAGUGACCUUGGCUAGGACAGAAAGAACAUUUGACUGUGGAAUAGAAGGCAGGCAAGGCUGGAUAAUAAAAAAGGCUUCAAGAGGAGAGAUGAGUCAUAGACAUACAAAGAUAAAAGCUUUGCAAAUGAUACACCCACAGAAUCUUAUCAUAAGCAACAUUUUACUUUAGCUCCUAUUAAUGGGAGUUUUGAGAAAUUAUGUAAGAACUUUAAAGGGCUCACUCUUAACUUGAUGGGAGGUUAUGAAAGAGAAUAUGUAGCCAGAAUAUUCCACUUGGGAAUCAGAAAGCUUUUUUUAAAAAAAAUAUUAAUAUGCUGUUAAUAUUAGUAGCUCCUUACUUUAGCUGGACAGCUGUUAAGAGUUGUAUGGAAACAGUUUGUAAAACAAACCCCAAUAUUUGAUUAUUAUUUUUGCCUUUGUGUCUAUUAAAAAGACAAGAAAUGUAUAUAUUUGCUCAUGCUUUAAUAACCACAGAUUUGUAUAACAGCAUUAUAAUGUUGGUGGUUUUAUUUUCAAUCCCUUUGCUAUGAAUCCCUAGUAUGGAGAUUACUCUUUCAUAGCAGUAGUGUUUUGCACUGACAUUUUCAUCAAGGCAUCCACCAGCAGUAGUCAAGAGUCCCUUUUCUGUUCAGUCAUUUGCAAUCAUCUGUAUACAUAAUUAACAUUAGUUCUUAUGGGGUUGCCAUGGAGAAAGGUAUUUAAAGUUACCAAGGGCUUCCUUUGACACUUUAAAAAAAUUAUUCAGAUUAUGGUUCAAGAUUCAGGUAGGUAGCCAUGUUGGUCUGACACAGUCGAAAUAUAUAAAAAAAUAAAAAAGUUGUCCAGUAGCACCUUAGAGACCAACUAAGUUUGUUCUUGGUUUAAGCUUUCGUGUGCAUGCACACUUCUUCAGAUUCAGAUUGUGGUAUCUGUGAAAAACAGUACUCAGUUGGGCUGGUCUUAACUUGCUAUGUGAAUACAUAUUUUGUUUUAUUGAGAGCCAAACUGCAUAUGCAAACUGCACCUCAUGACUUUUUUUAAGAUUGAAAGUGGAGAAAUGGUGGGGAAUGGGAAGGGGGGAACUUAAUAUUUUACCUGAUUGCAAUUUCCAAUUUCCUUGCAUCAGAGCCUCCCUGUGGGGGGAAAUAUCCACGGGGAAAUGGGAAGUUUUGCAUUUAUUUCUUUUAUCUUAAGCUUAGUUUCAAUAGAUUAUGGGAACUAGGGGGCUGGGCCCAAAGGCUUCAAGAUAAAAGAGGGUUUUGCAAAGGGUUUUGAAGUAGGUAAAGGUAAGGUAAAGGACCCCUGGACGGUUAAGUCCAGUCAAAGGUGACUAUGGGGUGCUGCGCUCAUCUCGCUUCAGGCAGAGGGAGCUGGCGUUUGUCCACAGACAGCUUUCUGGGCCAUGUGGCCAGCAUGACUAAAUCGCUUCUGGUGCAACACACAGGUGUUCUAGCAUUUUGUUUUGGGCAUAGGGGGCAUCAAAGGAGAAUGAACAGAGUUAUCUGAGGGAACAGAAGACUUUUGGAAGGAGCUAUGAAUGGGUAAGGGAUGCGGGUGGCGCUGUGGGUAAAAGCCUCAGUGCCUAGGACUUGCCAGUCGAAAGGUUGGCAGUUCGAAUCCCUGCGGCGGGGUGCGCUCCUGUCGCUCAGUCCCAGUGCCUGCCAACCUAGCAGUUCGAAAGCACCCCCGGGUGCAAGUAGAUAAAUAGGGACCGCUUACUAGCGGGAAGGUAAACGGCGUUCCGUGUGCUGCGCUGGCUUGCCAGAUGCAGCUUGUCAUGCUGGCCAUGUGACCCGGAAGUGCCUGCGGACAGCGCUGGCUCCCGGCCUAUAGAGUGAGAUGAGCGCACAACCCUAGAGUCUGUCAAGACUGGCCCGCACGGGCAGGGGUACCUUUACCUUUUACCUUAUGAAUGGGUAAAGAUAGGUAUCCAUAGGAGGAGAGAGAUAAAGGGGCCAUGACGAUAGGAGGCUUUGAAGGUAAGAAUAACUUGUGGAUCUAGGUGUAGUUAUUGAAUAUCUGCAUGUGAUAACUUUUGAUCCAUUUUGACAACUUGUUGGCACUAAACUGUCCUCUGUUGUCAAUAAUUCCAGCUGUUUGAACACAAUGGAACACUUGGGAACAGUAGAGCCAGAAGAUGAUUCAGGAUUAUUACCACGCCUAGCACCUAGUCCACACAGUGAGGCAGUUGCUCAUGAAUUUCAGGAACUCUCCUUGCAACCCAUCCAAUGUUUGCCUCCCCUCAAUGAAAGGAAGAACGGUGAGUACAAAAUAUGACAGAUAUUUGGUGUAGCUAUUAAACAAAACUGAAUUGUUACUUUUUUAUUUAAGUGUUCUGUGAUUUUACGCCCACUGAAAAAAUGAAUAUCUGAAUGUUGUCCAAUAAUGUUGCAAAAUAUGUCAUAUACUCUAUCAUAAACAUUUAUACAUGUUUCCCUGCUUGAAAUACCAGGUGUUCAUCCAGUGCUUGCCUAAUGUAUUCAGCACAUCUGAUGAAUGCUGAGUACUUCCAAAAAUAUUAAUAUCUAGUUUUGGAGUUACCAGUUUUACAUUUACUUUAUUGGGCAUUUAUGGAGCUUAGUGGUUGCUAGUUUCAUCUCUUCCUUUUCUGUUUCUUUUGGCUAAGAGACAGGAGAUUUUAAUCAGGGCAUGUCUGUUCUAAAACUCAAACAUGUUUCCAUUUGGUGUGGUCUUCAUUCUUUGCAUUCGUUUAGCAAAGCUUACAUUUGUAUGUGGUCAUCUGCUGCUUGUUCCCUGUACAGUUGUUUCCUAUGUACUUGCAGCUGUGUUCUGAGGCAUUUGGGUUUACCUUAAAGAGAUACCUGGCUAUAAUUUGUGCACUCCUAACAGUAAUCAAUUCUACUGUCUUUUUAAAUUUAUAUAAUAACUUAACAUGGAGGCAACUGAGGACAAUUUUUGGAACGGGGUUAGAAAGUAUCAAGUAAAGAGCAAUAGCAAAUCCUACCAUCUGAAGCAGAAGCAGUGUAGAAGAAUAACAAUGCAGUUGUCAACACCACUGUUUCCCAUUUCCUCGUAACAUCCAGAUUUCAGCAAUGCAUUUUACGUGGGUCUUCCUCUAAAGCUUACUCAUAAAUGUCUGUUGCUUUGAAAUACAACAGCCUGAUUAUUGACUGGAACUGAUCAGUCAGAACAUAGCUGACCAGUGUUGAAACUACCCUACUGGCUUCUGAUCUGUCUAAUUUAAAGUGCUGGUCUCAACCUUUAACAUCUAAAGUUGUAUACCUUUUGGGACCCAAGUUUUUAAAGCAAAGGAACCAUUCGCAUAAACUUGCUCAGUUAGAAGGAUUGAGUUGUAUCCAAUGGGACUUCCUCUUCCUUUCCUGCAAGCCCCUCCUGAAAUCUGCUCCAGAGGAUUCCCUCUAAAUUUUGAGGGGUAGAAGGGGAGAGAGGGCAAAGUUGUGUUGUGUGAGAGGAGCGCAGUGUUGGAUGCAACUAAUAGUUAUCAGAGACCCUCUGCUGUCAAAAAGUGAGGUGGAUUCCUGAAUAUCUUCUUCAGGAAUGCUCUCCUAUAGGAUUUGAGUAGGUUCUUGCAGGGGGUAUUUUUAUUGUCUGGACUUUUUAAUGCUUUUAAUUAUUAAUCUCUUUAAUUUUUGUUGUUUUUUUGUUUGAGGAUGUUUACUUGUGAUUGUUAGGUGAGGUUUUACCAUUUAUCACUGUUUUUCUAUUUGCUAUAAUUUUGAGAUGGUUUUAAUGGCUGGUUGAGCCAUCUUGAAAAUUACGUUUUGUAAGGUAUGAAGCAAAUUCUUUAACAAUCCCUUGGCAAGUUGCACCUUUUUAUAGAGGAGUAAACAGAACCAUGAAGAAAAGUUAACACUCUUUAAUCCAGCAUAGUUUUUCUCAUAAUGAUACCUCAUCGUGCUCUAACUGUAUAAAUUUUAUGAGAAAUUGGUACUUCAUUUAAUCAGAAAAUGUUAGAGUUGUAUCCAGUGUUAUUCCUACUUAGAGUUGACCCAUUGAAAUCAAUGGACCUAAGUUAUGUCUAUAAAUUUUAAUUCUACAUAUGUAGAAUUUCAGAAUGUCAAGUUUUGUGAUGAAAAGAUCCUUAUGUGGAAAAGAGAAGGAGAUUAGAGCAUGAGAGCAAUCCAAAUGCACAUUCCAUUGGCAGUAAUGCAGUGCUGGUAGGCAACAUUUGUAUUCCUGUCCUGCUCAUGGAAGCAUCUUCUCUGAAUCAGAUUAGUUAUCUUUAGAUACCCUUGUCUGUUCAAACUUAAGGCUUGCUAUGCUUAUGCAUAAAUACUUAGCAUUGGAUGCACCAGCACCUAAAAGCAGCAUAAAUAAGGCUGUAGUUUUGAAAAGCUCUGUUAAAAAGAAAGUCUUGCUGAAUAGAGUGGGACUUACUUCUGAGAAAACAAGUGUAGGAUCAUGCUGUGCAUGUAUCUAAUUUUCUUGGCUUUGGCUCUUCAGCAUAAGGAAGGUAGCACAGUGGGUUUGUACAAGAAAUGCUUCCAAGUUGAUUCACAACUUGAAAAUGAGUGCUUAGAUUUUAUAGCAUCUUAUUGGUGAUUUAUUCUGAACAGACUGGAUUUCUUUCAGCACUUCCAGCACUCUUUUCAACCUAGAAUUUGGUCAGGUAUUUAUUGUAGUUUCCUUUGCAGCCUAAAACAAAUUAUUCAACCUCUGCGUGUUGUGACUUGAUUCUGCAGCUCAUAUUAAGAGUAAACUUUUUCUGAAAGAAGACACCUUCAGAAAGUUGGCGAGUGUGACUAUGUGCAGUGCUUUAUUUCAUUUGAUCAUAUGUGAGUCAAACUGGUAGUUUCUAGCUUUUUAUUUUUUAAAAAAGAUUGAUUUGUACAUUCAGUACUCAGUUCUUUUAUCUUCAUUUUUCUAUUUCGUUGUGGAUCUGUUCCGACAAGAAUUCUCCUUGUGCCUUAACAGUACUAUGGUAACAACUGGCAGGAAUCCAUUGCUAUUGUCUCAUGGAGGUGAUGGGCAUUCUCGCUGCAGCUUUGAUACUUGAGGAUGUUUUUUGAGGGGCAAGAUAAUGGGCAGUCAGGUUUGAUAUUAACUUCGAAGGAAGAUCUUGAUAGUUUGCUUUUUAAACAUAGGAGAAUAAGGACAUUUAAGUUCUCAGGGCAUAUGGUAUGGUGAGGUGCCUGUUGAAGGGGAGGGGGAGAAAACUGGAGCGGUUGAAAAGGGAAUUAACCUGCUAAAGCUGUAAUAGGUUUAUUGGAUUGGGUGGAGGGAAUAAGAUUUUCUGAGAAAUUUGUUAUGAGAUUUUUUUGCAGGGGGAAAUCUCCCCCACUUUGUUUGUUUUGUUUCUUUUUUAAAAUGAAUUCAUCACACUUUUAAAUAGUCGUGAGUACAGUCAGACAAAAAAAAUACUCUGUUGCUGUUUUACCAGUACAUCUGGAGUUUAAAAAUAACAUCGUACAUCAUGUCUAAUACAGUUCAGUGGGUCAUGGGUACAACCAUGAACAGCUUUUUUGAUUCCAUCAUAAAAACACAUAUAAGGGGUUCGUCUGCCUUCUCAGCUUGGGAUCAAAUGUGGACUAGGAGACUGUAGGAAAUUUUCUGUCCUCUGAACUGUUUGUUGUACACAGCAAGUAGAUAAGAUCAACAUUCCUAAAAUGUAAUACCUUUAAACACGUUCAUCAAAAGGCUUUUGGUACCUAUCUUGGAUUUUGAUUCUUAAAGGUCCUUUUCCCUAAGUUCAGGACUGGCAUCUUAAGUCCAAUGUUAGAGAUACUUUGUAUAGCCUACAGAUUUUCUUCAAAGUCCUGUAAAUCCAGCUUUCCUUUUUGAAAACAUUUUUUUUAACUCAAGUUAACAGGUUAAGACACAAUUUCAUCUGGCAGAGACUCUAAAUGGGCAAAAUAUAUAUGAUCCUGAAUGACUUCCAUAUAUCAUGUUGGGCAAGCCUAUCAUACGAUUCCUUAAAGUUUUGGCUCAUUUCUUUCAGCCCUUAUGUGUUCCUAGUACAUGUCAUCUUAAGGUUGAAAGGAGUGACACCUCCAGCUUCCCAAUUCCACAAUAAUGAAAUUGUACUCUUGAGUUUGGUUUCAAAUGCUACCUACACCAGAUUAAGGUGGUCAGUGUUUUACAUAUGCGAGCAUUUGGGAAGUGUGCAGGAAGGUAGCUUUUCAUUGGUUUGGAGAUUGCACAUGAGUUUCUUUAUUUAGUACUUAAAGCCAAACAAGUAUUGUUGCCCAAAGUGAACAUGAAGCAUUUUUAGUUCUUCGUAGUAAAGAAAGCCAAUGACCAGUACUCAAUAACCAUUUUUUGAAGAAAUGAAGAACCUGUGGCCUUGCAGAUAUUGUUGGAUUGUAAUCCUAUUAUCCAUGAUAAUUUGCCAUGUUGGCUAGUGCUGGUAGGAGUUGAAGUCCAAGCGCGUUUUGAGGGCCACAGUUUCUUCAUCCCCGUAUUAUUGCUUAAAGAGGCGCAUGUAGCCUACAUGGGCUUAUUACACUAGACAGCUGUGCACAGACUUGUGGGUUUCCGAAUGUAGCCCUGACAGAACCUUGGUUCUCUCUAACUUAAGCAUCAACUAAAUACAACACUAAUUCAGAUUUACUGGUUACACAGCAUGAUCCAGGGUUGUCUCCUGUAACUUCAGUGGAUUUUAAGAAUUCCUUUUCACAACUCUGUCUACCCUAUCCUAACAGCUCAGUGCCUGAUAUUCUGAAAAAGACUUGAGUAGGGCUGGGGGGGGGGGGAAUAAUGUGAUGUGUGAAAUAAUUUUGACCCUUGGUGAGAAUGUACAUGUUAUCUAAGGGAUGGCAUCUCUUAUGCUAUAAGAAAUGCGAAGAGAAACUUUGUAUAUACUGGUUUCCCGUUCAGUCUGUCAUUGUUACUAGUACUGCCAGUUCCCACAAUCCUAACAUUCCCUGGGCAUCAGUCAGUGUCUGCAAGGAACAAUUUUCAUGUGAAAAGCCCACAGGCCAAGACUCAGUGGUCUCUAGAGAGCUGACCUCUGAAGUUGAGUCUCUUCUGACAUUUUCACAAGCUACUUGAAGUGAUUUCUGCAGAUUCAUUCCAUUUGGUAAACUUUUGAACAAAAUCCCUGUCCUUUUCAGUAAGAUUUAUUAAAGCCAUUUCCCCCUUUCUCAGUGACAGAAUGAUGCAAUUAAGAUGGGAGAUGUGUCUGGUGACUAAGUAUGAUGAAAAAUAUUGUUUACUGAUUCUUAUUUUUAAGAAGGAGUACAAAAAGAGUCCAUGGUGUUGUUUUACUUCCAGACAUUUCUUGUUGAUAAUGAAGUAUUUUGCUGGUAAUUAAUGUAAUGUCUACUUUUUAAAACUAGUUUUUUUAAAAAAUUAUCUUUUAGGGGGCAAAAUGCUAAGUGUAGUGGUUCUCUCUAGAUGAAUGUUGAUAAUUUUCUAGUUUCAGCGAAAUUACCCUUAGCAGUGUUGUAUGCUAUUGAUGUUCUAAAAAUGACCUGUCAUUAGGAAAAGAUAUUGGUGGAAUAAUUUUCAAAGAGUGGGUUACUGUAAGCGUUGCCAAUUCUUUUCAUUCCAUGAGCACAUUUCAAAUUUCUUGCUUUUCAUUCUUCACCCCUCCCCCCCCAAAGUUAUAAAGAGAGAGAGAGAACACAUACAGUUUCCUUUUUCAAGGGUUUGGGGUAAAAUACAGCUUCAAUUGUGUUAAAAUGCAUAGGUGUAGCCAAGAUUUAUUUUAUGGGGGGGCAGGCUUUAUGUUGGGGGGCAGAACUGAGAUAUCUGUGAUGCAAUUGGCCAGUUAGUUAAGGAUUUCUAUUUAUUUACUUGAUUUAGGUGGGGCAGCUGCCCCCUCUGCCCCUCCUGGCUACGUCCAUGUUAAAAUGAAUCCUCUUGAAUUUGCAUGAUGUUACACAGGGUACACAGGGACGCGGGUGGCGCUGUGGGUAAAACCUCAGUGCCUAGGACUUGCCGAUCGUAUGGCCGGCGGUUCGAAUCCCCGCGGCGGGGUGAGCUCCUGUCUUUCGGUCCCAGCUCCUGCCCACCUAGCAGUUCGAAAGCACCCCUAAGUGCAAGUAGAUAAAUAGGUACCGCUUUAUAGUGGGAAGGUAAACGGCGUUUCUGUGUGCUGCGCUGGUGCUGGCUCGCCAGAGCAGCUUCGUCACGCUGGCCACGUGACCCGGAAGUGUCUCUGGACAGCGCUGGCCCCCGGCCUCUUAAGUGAGAUGGGCACACAACCCUAGAGUCGGACACGACUGGCCCGUACGGGCAGGGGUACCUUUACCUUUACCUUUACCUUUUACACAGGGUCCUAUAGAAGCAACCAUUAAAUUAAAGCUUACAUUGGCAGACUGCAAAGUAAGAAAUCAUAGAUAUGGUGUCUGGGACAAAAACACUGAUUCAAGGCACGGAUCCUCAUCAUGGUUCAUUUUUACAUAGGAUGUGAAUCAAUUAUAUCUAUGCACUUAGAGGUGACUUAUGAUUUGACUCAUGAUUUUAGGGCAUAGUUUGUAAACAAUUACGAGAAUCCAUAAGGAUCUGUGCCUCACAUCCAUGUUUUUGCACCAAGGCAGUACUAGAAAGGGUCAGAUCUUCGAUUUUUAUGGUUCAAUGAGUGGAGACAGAUGGGAUAUGUGAAUUGAUAGAAGGGUGUGUCUGUCUGCCUGGGACAGGUAGCCCAUUACAAACUCACGAAAUUUCAAGUGGAUCCGUUUUACUAGAUUGUGUGCGUUUCCAUCUUUCUGUUUCUCUGGUACCUUAUUUCGCCAAACUCUUGUAGCACCAUGUCUUCUCCACAUUGCACAGUCUGUUUUCCUCUCCCAUUCCCAGUCUCAAAUCUCUCCUCUUUUUCUCAUACCACAUCAGGUGCUUCACUGUCUGUUCAGCUGCUGAUGUGCUGAUCUAAGACUUGAAAACCACAUAGUGCAAGAGAUUACAAAAAAGUUCAUUGAAAACUAAACACAGCAACACUAUUACGCCAACACCGCAUACAGCUGAAAGAGGAACUGGGAAAGAGUGUCCACCUUCCCACUUCCUGUUUCACAUUCAUGCAUUUCAAGGCUCAGAUUGGUAACUGAUAAAAAAGCUAUAUAUGUGAAAUAUAUUCUUAUGAGGAAAAAUUGCCACAAACACAUCUAAGGGAUUGCUUACUGGGAGCCCAACUCUUCACUUUACUGAAUGUUCACAUUUAAGGCAUCUGUUCUUUGAUUUUAAAGCAGCCAUGGGGAGGGCCCAAUCAGGAUUUGAACAACAGAGCAUUAGGGAGAGGGUUUAAUUGAGUCCCCCAGUGAAAACCAAAUAUCCCUUUUUCCCGGGGCAAAUUGCAACUUGGAGGGUUUGACAUUGAUAUUUUUAAUUAGGACUGCAGUUUUGGGGGCACAGGCAGCGGCUAUUUAAAAAAGAAAACUGAUUUGUUAAAACUGUGAUUGUACAUUUUAACAUGAUGUGUACUUUAGUUCUGUGUUUUAAUAGAUCAUAUAUUCUAUUAAUGUUUUAUUGUUUUUUAAUUACCGGUAUUGCUUCCCCACUCUAUGUGUUUAGCUGUUUCUAUUUUAGCUGUAGAGUCCCUGUCAGGGAAAAGGGCAGGAUAUAAUAAUAAUAAUAACAACAACAACAACAACAACAACAACAAUAAUAAUAAUAGCAAUCCUAUAUCCAAUUUGCUUUACUUCAAGCUGACAUUUAUAAGGAUUUUGCUUUUAACCUUUUAUGUUAUUGUUGCACACCACCCCAAUCUCUGAGUGAUGUGAGAUUCCAGAGGCUCCAGGCAAUAACCAAGGUUUUCAUUUUUCAUUUAGAAUGAUGCAUAGCGGAGACUGUGGUAUUUUUUUGAUAUAUUGUUUAUUUACACAUAUAUGCAACCUGAGCCUAUGAAGGAGGGGUUCAACACCCCAAGAGGGCCUUGCUUCUCCUAUAGCCACAGCCUUAGAUUCAAAACAGAAAUCAAGCAUUGCUCCCCCUCUCUCCUCAGCUUGCUGCUUUUCUUCUACCUAACACCACUUCGCUCUCUCUCAACUUUUGCUUUGUCCUUCUAACUAUCCAUGAGUUGAGGGAGGGUGCCCCACCUAUUUGCCAUCUCACACUGAUCCACUUAAUUUGUUCCCCUUAAUGGUGAUCACCUCACCAGGAAGUUAACCUGGCUUGUACUUUAACACUCGCUGGAUCCAGGGGUUAGAAGGGCCUCAGCCUUCUUCCCCUCCCAACUCAUAACAUUAUAAAACAUGUGUGUGAUUGGUGUGUGUUUGUGGUCUGUUUGUGUGUGAAAGAGUGGAUGUGAUCACACCAAUCUUUUGGAGGUUUGGCCAACAGUAAAUGCAGCCCUUGGGCCAAAGAAAAGGUUAUCCAGCCUUCUUUUAUAGCAUUCUCAAGAAAAAAUGAAAUGAACAGUCUCAUGGAGGGGUGCUGAACCACUUCUUUUAACUGAGCUACCCAUUCCUUAAUCUGUGUUUUUGGUUUUCUGUCAGUUUGAAAAACAACAACCAAAAGGCUUGUUCAGCUUGACAUUAUGAGGAGAGGGAGAAUGGAUCCCAUAAGAUAAGGUCCAAGCAGUAUUAAAUACUUGUUUGUGCAUUUACGUCAUGUUUAAUGAGGCAAUAAAAUUGUCCACAUAUGUUUCUGUUUUCAUUUCUCAUGUAACUGAUACUUGAAAUUGAGGCUAGCCAUGCUCCCAAAGUUCUAGGCAGACUGGCAUAGUUGAGAUAACAGAGGAUGCAUCAUUUCCUAUAGAGCCUUUCUUAAGAUUUUUAGUGGUUGUUUCCUCUAGCCCUGAUGUUUCUUGAGGCUAGAAUUGGAUGGUGUGAAUGCAAACUAUUUGUAAAUCUGUGGGAAAUGUGAUGUUAAAGAGAUUAUUUAUGUGGCUUAUUUUGUUGAUGGCGCAGCAGAUGUUGGGAAGAAGUAGUGAAGGGCCUUUGAGCAGCAUGCUCAGCAUGCUUUAAUCCAUAGUUUGUCUUAAGACCAAAUGACUGCAGUAUGUGGGAUUGUCCUUGGUUCUGGUUUGGAAGCUCCAGGUUGUGCAGAAAGCAAUGACCAGACUGCUUCCCUAGCCACAGACUGUGACUGUGACACACCAUUGUUAUGACAUCUGCACUGGCUGCAUGUCUGCUACUGAGCCAGGUUCAAGGUCGUAUUGAUUUACAAAACCCUGUGCAACAUAGGUCCAGGGUACUCUGGGGAUUACCCUAACCCUUAUAUUCCAGCUCGAUCACUGAGAUCAUCUACAGGAGCAUCGUUGGUCAUUCCCUAUGUUUGUCAGGCUCAUUUAACAACGAAAAGAAAACAAGCCUUUAGUGUCAUUGGCCCAGUCCUGUGGAAUUCAUCAGGCUCUUCUGUUUCAGCCUUUAAUUGCCUGCUAAAAACUUUUCUACUUCUCCAGUUUAUGCAGGAAAUUAAGAAUGCAUAUUUGCAUAACAGUUAGCUAUUUUUAUUUUAGCACCUUAAUUUUUAUAUUGUAUGAUUUUGCAUAUAAUUAUUGUAAACUGCCCUGAUAUUUCCAAUGAAUAGCGGUAUAUAAAUAUUUUAAUCAAUAAAUAAAGCAAUAUGCUUUGUGAACCAGGUCAUUGUGUUUGCUUAUCACCAUCAUUCUGUCCAAAUGGGAUUGUUUCAUGCCAGGCAAAUAUAUUCUCUUUAACAUGAAAUAAAUUUAUCUAACAUGCCUUUCAUGUUUAAGCUUGCUUUUUAAAAAAAACAAAAAACCAUGAGUGAUAAAUUUUACUCAGAGCAGCCCCAUUGAAAUUAAUGGACAUAGGUAAUUUAGGUCCGUUAAUUUAAAAGUACAACUUCAUUAAAUACCCCUCCAUGUUUACUUGGUCCAUUAGUGUCAUGUUUAGUCUUCCAGAAGCAAAUCUAGUCACAAUUUUAAUGAUUUUGAUAUGGUGUCCAUAAUCUGGGAUCUUAUCUGGCAGCUACUGAAAUCAACUGAAAUACUUCUUAUUGACUUGUAUAAAAACAUUGAAAUGUAUGUUUGAUUACAGCUUUCUUUGUUUGGUGCAGUGCUUCAAAACAUACUUCAAAGAGUCAGUUGUAGUUGUUCAUCUGAAGAUACUCUCAUUAGAUCAGAUAUUUUUGGGAAGGCUUCUAUGUCACCUUCCUGUUUACCAUGUUUACGGUACCAUGCAAACAUACCAUUGUGAAACACUGGUCUGUAUGAAAUCCUACUCGACUUCUUUUAACAAAUUAGUUUUAUAAUUGCAUGAAUUUCUUUAAACUGCGAGAGACAGUUGUUCAGCAAUUAAAUCCACAUGUUUGCUUCUCUUGCUACAUAGUUCAAAGCUGUAAUAAGUGUAUAAAAACUUUGAAGCAAUUAGUUGUUACAGCAAUGAUUGCUUUCUUUACAAAACAAAAUGCUACAACUUUUGAACUCUUGAUACUCCUGGUUUGUAGUGUUCUAGUGAUCAGACUAAUACAAGAACAGGAUAUCCUCAUACAUCCUUAGUAGACAUAAGUACAUUUUCUCUAGCUGUUGAGCCAUUUUUUUUAAGAGCACGUCCACAUGUUUAUUAAAAGCACCUAGCUGUUCCCUUUCUUCCUCCUCCUUAUCUUACCCAAGUGGUAUACAAAUGCUAUUGGUUCACAUUUAUUUGAAUGCAGGGAUAGACAACACAGUAUUCACUGGGUUGGUGGUUCUUGUUAUUUUAAGUCACUUUUUUAUUGAAAUGGCAGGCACUUUGGUCAUCCUUGGAGGGGCUUUUCUGAAUGUGUGAGUGGUGGGGUGCUCAAUUAUAUUCUGUGUGUGAGAUACAUUUGGGCAGAGAGAGGGGGGAACAAGGCAUGUGUGAUUGUGCAUAGAUGAAGUAUAUGAGUGCAUGUGUGUGAGGGAGGUGCUUGUGUGCAUGUGGUGUGUGUGUGUGUGUGUAUUGUGUGCUAGAGUGAGUAGCCACCUUGUAUACUUUUCCUAGUGCUGGGGAAUGCACCCUUUUAUUAUUAGAUAGCAACUACAUAAGUGUGUGUGCCCAGGGGAAUCAAUAUUGUGUGAUUUCCACAGUCAGCACCAGCAGGUCAUUGACGACCUCCCAUAGAAAGCAUGAGAUUGUCUGACAAAGGAGGGGGACAGCAGCAAUAACUGUACUUCCGAUCAGCAAGCCCAAGAGGCUCAGUGAUUUAGACCACAGCGCCAACAGCUCCCUUGAUUGUAAUUAGAUUACAGUUGUUCUAAAGAAACCAUCCUUGCACUCUUGGGGAUUGCAAUAACUACCUGUGCGAUUGCAAACAUCUUUUUCCUAGACAAAGUGCUUCAGCAGGUAGCUUGACAUCAAUAAUUUGAAUUCACUGCUAUCUAGUUUCAGGCCUGGGUUCAACACUGAAUCAAUCUUGAUUGUCUUGAUGAGUAAUCUAUGAUGGGAGUUGUAGAAGGACUGAUGGAGUGUGACCCUGUUAUUUUUCAUGAUCUUUCAGUUUCUUUUGUUAUUGUUGGCCAUGGUAUUCUUCUGAAGCAGCUGUUGGGAUCAUUAACGAUGGAAUCCAGUGGUCCUGGUCCUUCCUCAGUGACCUAUUUCAGAAGGUGGUGAUGGGAGGCUAUUGCUCUACUCCAGGGAUGUCUAAUUGGUCAACCACGAUUGACAGGUCGACCCUGGUUGAUAUUAGUUGAUUGCGGGCUCAUUUUCCUCUGCGGGGGGGGAAAGGAACAUCCGGCCCCACCCCCUCGCUCUUUUGUGUAUUCACACCCUAUUUCAAGAACGGAAGAGGGAGUUACCGCUGGUGGGAUUACUUCUUGUUUAUCGAUUAAUGCCACGCUCUCCCCCCCCCCAAAUCGGCAGAAGUAUUUGCUGUUUCCCUAAAAAAUGGUCAAUAACUUUGGCACUCUCCAAAAAAAAAAACUCAACAGCUUUGACUUGCCCCCCUUAAAAAAGGUCAACAACUUGGUUUCCCCCCCACCCAUGGGUAGAUCACUGCUAGUUUUUUUAUCUGGGGUAGAUCAGUUUCUUGGGAGUGGGACAUCCCUGCUCUACUCCAUGGCAGUUAGGCUGUUGUAUAGCACAUUUUGAAGCUGGGUGGCAAUGUUCAAAGCAGCACACUCUACUGAAAGUUUCUAAGACAUGGAAAACUUGCUACAGUUGAAAGAAAAGCAAUUCUAAAACAGUUAACAUAGGAGGAAUGAUUUUAAAAAUCAUGAAUUCACUUCUGUUCUAUUUGCAAUGCAAUAAUUAGGGCUUGAGGCUGCAAUCCUAUACACGGUUACACAGGUGUAAGUACCAUUUUACUUAAUAAGACUUACUUUUGUGUAGGCAUUUUUAGUAUUGCCCAGUAAGAAAUGUUUUUUGUUUUUGUUCAGUGCAGAACACAGAAUAUCGUUGGUAGACAAUGGCAUAUAUACAUAAUAUUGGAAGAUGAGCAGAUGGAUCAAUUCUGCUGUUGUGGAUAAUGUUAUUAACGUUAUUAGGUCCUGUAAUAGUGCUGCCAAAAUAGAUAUGCAGUAAACAAACAAACACCAGCGUUGCAAAAUGUGACUCAGCAAUAUCGAAAGCAACACGAUGGCCAGAAACAAUUACAGUAUAGAAAACUUUAUGGAAUAAGGCAAAACAUCAAAACUGUCAAACUGAAGUCUCUUAAAGUCCUUGAAUAAGUCACGGUGCCAGACUUUGCCCAGCGGAGAGCAAGCUUGUAAAGCUUUGUAUGAUUAGCAAAUGUCCAAUUCUGAUGUCCAACUCUGAACUCUGCACAGUGUUUCCAGGUAGCAACUACUGUUUUGUUCAGUUUUUCAUCAGCCAAUUAGUUCAACAAACACUCGUAAGUAGAAAGAUGUGUAUUUUCUUCACUAACCAAUCUUUUUUCAAACUGAUAUAGUAUACAUGAGGAUGAAAAAUACUCUGGAACAGUACUCAUAAUUGAAUAUUCAUGUAUAUUAUAUCAAUUCGAAAAAAGAUUGGUUGAAGAAAUUACGCAUCGAUCUGGCCAUCGUGUUGCUUUUGAUAUUGCUGAAAAUAGAUAUGCAGACAGAGUUGAAAUCUGGCUCUGGUCGCUCUGACCAUAUGCUUGUUGUGUAUCCUGUUCUGAAUGGUGAGUAGUUGUUUUAGAUUGGGAGGCUGUCUUGUCUGUAAGCCAGUACAGAGCUUUGAGAGGGCCAACUUAAAACAACUACUCACUAACAAGAGGACAAAACUUCAUGCAUCUGAUGGAGUGUAGUCUAUGAAAGCUUUUGUCCUGUUUUGAGCAGCUCAUAAUCUAAAGCAUAAAAACAUGUUGAGCUUGCACACUUCUGUUAGCUUUGGUUACAAAUUUGGUUACAAAAAUGUAUUAAAUUUGGGAAGAUGAGCAUUAAUGAUGCAGAAUAUAGAGCUCUUAAGGAAAUCUUCUAUUAGUGUUUCAGCUUUUUGCUGUGUUUUAUAGUCUUCCUACGAGUCCUUAGUUUCUUUGCACAGAAACUAAAGAGUUAAAUAAAGUUUAUCUGAAUAAGCUGACGGUCUCAGGGCUCACAAACUUGAGUGAGCACUUGAUUGGCUCAUCUACAAAUGCCCUUUUUCAUGAGAGCAGAUUUCUGUGAGUGAAGAGACAAGAUUGUCGUUUCCUUGUAUUGUUAAAGGUUCUGGGGAAGCCCUUUUGAAUGGGUGAUCAUUUUUGGAAAUUACACCAUCUUGGUAUUUUCUUGGAUUGUGAUGAAUCUACCUCCAUUUGAAGUUCUUUGGGUUCGAUUAUUUCUGCGCUCCACACUUUUUUGCCUCAAAGAUUUUGCAUGCUCUGAGAGUUUAGCAUCAUCCAUGUAAGUACCGUAAUUGACUCCUCUUUUACUUUUUCACAGGAAAAAUAUUAAGUUUUUCAUUUGAUUUUAUUGAAAGUGUGUUUUAAUGUUCUUGCUUAAAGUAUGUUUUUCAUACAGAAACUAAUUGCAUUGUGUGGGGAAAGCUUAAGACUUGCUGAAAUAUUGACACUCUUCUUACAAUAAGCAGACAGUCACAGAGUUUCUGCUAAAUGCCAGCUUUUCCACUAACGUAGGGAUAACUCCAUUUGCCCAUGUGCAGGAUGCUUUAGCAAAUUAUCCUGUUUGUGUUAUUUCAGUGAAUUUUCUUGUUUUGAAAAGAUAAAUUGAAAACUGGAGGGAGGCACCUUUAUAAAAAGGACCUUAUUCCUUAAAAUAUUAUUAGAACAUGUAAGAAAAACUUGUCCAUGCACUGAGAAAUCACCUUAUUCAAAAUAAUUCACAAUUAGCUCUAAAUAGGAAAGUUAUCUUUUAUUGUAACUUGGUCAACAAAGUCUUAAUUCUAUCUGCAUAUUACAGUGUCAGUUGCAGUACAAAAAUUCCAUCAAACUGACUAGUGACACUCUUUUAGAAUAGGAAGGUGUCCCGUCCCCCCCAUUCCUUUAACAAUGCUUUGAGGUCAUUUAUGCAUUGAUAUCCAGACUGACGCAUGGAAGCUCAAGUGAGCAUGCUGGGAUUUUGCAUAAUCCAUUUCCCUGUUCACUGCAUUGUGGGCCAUGCUCAGCAUAUAUUCCCAUUACUUGGCCCCCACAUUGUAGGGGUUGAAGCAAUCAUGUGUGCAUUGGGUUUUUUUGUUUUUGUUUUUUUGUUUUUUGGGGUGGAAACAGAGAUAAUAACUUUAUUGAAUGAAUUUAUUUAUGGAAGUUCAAGCAUAUUUUUAAGUGGAAUUUAUUUUGUGUACUAGUUCUGCAUAGAUUUAUUAUUAUUUUUAAAUCUAGGUUUGUAACCCAGUCACAGGUUGCAUGAAUCUGUAUUUUUUAUCUGUUUUUAAAUCUUAUAUUAAAGAGUUAGCCCUGGACAGUUUGUCAGGGCUGAAAUAUUUCCAUAUAAUCCCUUACAUAGUACAAUUUACCAGUCUUAAUAUACAGCAUGCAAGUUAACCAUAUACAGUAUGUGUUAUAAUUGUGGGAACUAUUGAUGCUGCUAACCCAUAUCUAAAGCCAGGGUAAUGACAGAUGGCUGACAAUGCACCAGUUUUUGUUCAAUGGUGACAUGGUUUCUAGUAUUAAAAGUGAGUUUAAUCACAUUUUCUAACGUUCUUAUUCUCUGAAAAACUCGAAUUGUUUUCCUGUUACAAUUGAAAACAACAUUUUGAGCUUGACUUUCACAAUGAAAGGCUUCCGCUCCGAAGUUGAAAUUCAUCAUAAUCUAUUUCCAACUGAAAGUAGGAUCUUGUAAUGGAAAAUUGUAUUUGUAGCCAGCAGUGGCUGAUAAAUCUCAGGAUACAUCAUCUUUUUAAUCCAGUAAUUAGUACUUUUAAUGCUUUUUCAUUCUGUGAAGAUUUUUGAAUAGGAGAUUAGAUGAGCACCUCUUAGGAUACUUUAGUGUUGAAAGCUCACAAAGCUUUGGGGUGAAACUGCUGCAGCUCUCGCCAUGGGAGCUGAGGCACUUCCAUCCCAGUGCCUUGUGGGCUGGGACGAUGCAGCUUCUUUGCACAACUCAGCUGGUGGGGGGCAGAAGAUCUUCUCCCCCAGCUGAGUGAGCCCUGAUGUCCCUGCUGCUCACACACAAGCGUCAGGGACCUCAGGGCUUCUUUGCAUGGCUCAGCUGGGGGUGCAGGAAGGCUCCCCCCCCCCCCAGCUGAGCAAGCGCCAUGCUUUUCCAGCUUAUAUGUGAGGCAUCAGGGCUUGCUCCUCUGGGGGCCAGGAGCAGUAUAAGGAAGCCGAGGGAGGAACAAGCUGUAUCGGCCGGGUGAUACAGCUUGCUCCUCCCUCUGUGGUAUGAGGGGCAGAGUGAUGACAGCUUCACCUGGCGGCAUAUUGCAGGUGAAACUGCCGCUGCUCCUGAGUCCCUCUGCUACCAGUGGCCCAAUGUUGAAAGCGGUGCUGGUAACAGAGGGACUCAAGAGCAGCAUCAGUUUCAUCCACAAUAUACUGCUAUCGCACUCUGCCCCUCAUAUUGGUCCUGGGUGAUGGAUCAGUGCAAUCCAGUGAUAGGCUAAGGCAUCUCCUCAGAAGCUCCAGACGGCAUAAAACUGUAAAGCCACCAUACAGGUAACAUGUAAAUACUGAAUCAAACUAUGGCCUCCUACUGCCAAACUACUCAGAGCUAAGCCAUGGAGUCUGGUCUUGCUCCAGACAAACCACAACCUAUAGCUACAGUUUGUUCUUGGCUUACCACUUGUGAUUUGUUUGGGGAAACAAACCAUGAGGCCAGGUUCGGACGUAAUGCUAACCCAUGGCUUAGCUCUGAGUAGCACAGCAACAGCAGGACCAAAAAAGGAGUGAAGUGGCUACAAUUUUUGUUCUGAGUAUCCACACACUUUCUCAUUCACACUUAGUCAUGGUUUGGCUUGGGGAACCAGACCUUUGUCUCAUAGCCCCACCCAGCUAUUUUCUAGGAAAGGAUGUGGACACUGAGACAUACGUAUAGAGCAGCAAAUCUUUUUCACCCACCCUUGCAUCAACCCCAAGGCUUUCUAAUACAUUCAAGUAACACAUAUUUUAAAUAACUUAUCGUGUUAUGCUAGAGAGGUUAAAUCAAGAAAUGCUAAUUUGGACUUAAUUUGGAUUUCAUAGUGUGUUCUGGUAUCCUAAAUGUAUCUGUUAUAAAAUGUUUGUGGGAAUGGUUACACAGCAGAGUAAUUGCUUCUCUCUUCUCAGAUAGAAAUAGCUGGCUAGAACAGCCUUUGAAGCAAUUCAUUGCUCAUUUCUACAGAGUGCACAUUAAAUCUAACUGUUCAUUAAUGGUCUUGAGGGAAGGACUAUAGUGGGUCAGUAUGGUGCUGGUUAGCACAUUAGAUGACUUUAAGUUGGAAAAAAUGGCAUAAUUGGAGUAAUAUCAAAGCAUGUACUUGUACCAAAGCUUUCUGUGUCCUGAAAAAUUAGCCAGCCUACCGUGUUGCUGGAGGGGCUCUGCAAAACUCAAAAUUGUUUAUACUCUUGCAUUGUUAGGAGCUGCAGCAAUGUAAUAUUUCCCAUAUUCUGUCUUGAAGGAAAAGGGCAUUGAGACUGAGGGAAAGCAGGUGGUAAUGAGUUAUUUCCUUAUCAAAGUUUUAUGAAUAUACGUAGUUAUCUUUUUGAUAUAUAUUUUUGUCAGCAAAAGCAGAUAAAGUAUUUAAAAUAACUACUAUAUGCAUAAUGUUCUCUGAGUCUCUCAAGUAUGUGAGCCAAGAAGAUCCUUCUUUUUCUCUUUCUUUUCUUUAUGAAUUUGUAAAAAUAAUACUCUGGUGUAAUUGUGUAAGAAUAUAUUGACCCUGCCAAAUUUGAUAUACGUCCUUGGGGAAUUGUUUGUUUUCACUGCAAUUGCCAGGAAGCCCUUUUUUGGCUGGCCCUCACUUCUCAACAGUAUGGCUUAUUUUUUCUCACGCUUAAUAAAUAAUAGUUGUACUGAAGUGGUGGGAAAACUAAGUUGAUUUAUGGAGUUGUUAGUGUUUUUGAACAGUAAAAAGAUCACCAUGAAAGAAGAUUUAUUAUAACAUAAAGAUUGAUCUCACUUCAUUUGGAUAGAAGGGUGAGAUCAUUUCAAACCAUAUACUUGACAAACAUUAUCUUUUCCCAUCAAUGGGACUACAUGUUACUGAAGGGAAGAAUGAUUAAAGUUAGGAAUAAGGCAUUUAAAAAACACAGGAAGAAAGAGGAAAUUUAGCAAGCUGCAUAGAAAGCAACAGAAAGAAUAAAUUCUACAUAGCCUAACCAUCUAGGAGGAUACAUUUUCAUAGGGAACAAUUUUCAGCUUGAACCAUGGGGGAACCAGGGGAGAGGCUGACAGUAGAACUGGAUACUCCAAUAAAAUAUGACCAUGUGGAACUGGAUACAGCUCAAGUGGCAGAGUUGGGCCAUUGGUACCUUUUAAAAAUUCAGGAAGGUGCAAGUAAAAGCCUCCAAAGUCCAUUUUCAGGACAAUACCUUUAUGAGGCCAACUGAAACAUCACAGCAUAGUGUACAAACAUUCAAGUUCUCCGGAACUCUUGAUCAGGCUAGAUGAAAGACAGAACACUGGUUAGGCUAAUGCUGAAGCCAUGCUGCCUCUCUCUCUAGUCACAGUCUUUAGAUUGAUUGGGAGGACAUAGCAGACAUUCAAAUGAGGCUGUUGAGGUGCUAUGUAGGUAUCAGGUUUCACCUUGGACAUCUGGUAGCAACAAGCAUAGCAGUGGAUGUACUUGUAUAAAAUUCAUCAAUUUCAUCAUUUUUUGCAAUAUGCCCGUUGGGUAUUUUAUUCAGUUUAAAAUCUUUCUUAAUUGACUUCAGUUGAUGGACUGCAACCUUGUUGAGAAAUUAUUUUGUUGAGUAUUAUGAGCAAUUAGUACAGGAAAAAAAUCCAUUAUAUUAUUUUACUUCAAUGCAGUCCCCCCCUCCCAAAAAAAGUAGAGGCUUUACGUAUUUAACCACCCAAAAUGUGUUUUCUGCUAAUUUUUUAUUCCCUGCCAUAAAUGAUAGUUCCUUUGGUUUCUGCUGAAUGCCUUCAUUUUAAAGCAUUCUAGCCCACCAUUUUGGAGGUUUGUUUGGUGCAUUAUAUUAUGACAAUAUAAUCUUCAGUUUGCCUUUACAACAGAUUCUUGCUGGCAAUAAGUGUGGGCCAUAGCAACAGUGGUAAGCUACUCCCUCAGUGAGGAACCUGCUGUUUUUCUUUUUAAUGAGAUUCUGCUUCCAUAGUGCUACUGUUUUUUGUUUUUUUAAAUGCUACUUUCAGAUUGAUUAUAUAGAGGGAUUCAAUGUUGUGCUAUGCCAAUCAUUAUUUCAGGGCCAGCAUUUCAACUUGCCAGAUGGAACAAUUCCCCCCUCUCCUCCCAUGCACUGAUUUGAGGGUUCUCCAGACCCCCAAGUCAGUUUUGGGGAAAUGGGAAAGAGAGGGGGUGGGACUUUGUUGAGCAAGCAGAAGUCAUUUUGUGGGCAUCUGCUGACAGGACUAAUUAGUUUAUUUUAUUUAUUUAUUUAUUUAUUUAUUUCAUAAAAAUAUUUACUGAUUGAUUUUUUUUAAAAAAGCACCUCAAAGGUUAAAAACAGUAAAUGUGUUUUAAAAAAUGGUUAAAAACUAUGAAAAAUGUACACCUGUAAUUUGAGACAUUUGAAAAGUUAAAAUGACAAUAGCCUAAAAACAGAUUAAGACCUGCAUCUUAGUGUUUUUGUGACAGUUGAAUAUGUUUGGGGGUUAACCUGCUAGUCCAGUCUAGUUGAGUGAGAAGCAUUAGGAGGCUUUGGUAGGUUGAAUGUAUUGUUCAAUUUAGUAAACUAGAUUGCUUUAGUUGAAUAACUUGCAGGGUUUUGUUGAAGCCUGUAAGGUGAAUUUGGUAACCAGAGCAGCAUAGGGGCAACAAAAUUAGCUGACAUUUGAGUAAUUUCCUUUUGCCACAAAAAUUGUCUCUGGUUGCUCCAAAGGAUUCCAGGGGACCUUUAAGGAAAACUGGAGUGAUGUAAUGAGGGUAAAGUGCUGCUGCACUAAGAAAGCAAUUGAAGUUUGCUACUUUAGAAAUGCUACAUGGAAUAAAAUGAGAAGAGAGCCAUGGCACUGUAUGCUCAUUGUAGAGCGAGAAUAGCAGCAUUUGUAUUGCUUUCAUGUUUCACUUUAUGCUAGUGAGAUGGCCCUCAAGUGUUGAAACACAGCCAUAAAGAUUUGAUAUAGGAGAGUGGGCAGGUGAGUGCCAACCCCAACUUUCCUUCUCUGAUUUCAGCUGGUUUUGCCUUGUCUUAUCAUCCUUUAUUUCUGGUUCCUGCAGCUUUCCUGCAGUUUUCCUUUUUUUACACCCCCCCCCCCCAAAUUCUGACACCAUUCUUAGCUCCUCUUCCACCAGCCACUGGUCCUACCUCACUUUCCUUUCCUUAGCAUGCACUUCUUCCAUACCUAAAUUAUCUACUCUUCUUCACUUCAGUCUUGCCCAGCUGUAGCCAGUCCUUAUUGAUGUAUGGAAAUGUUGCAUAAACGUAGGUGAGUCCUGUCACAAUGAGCAGAUUUGCUUACUUUCUUCUUAUUGGAUGUGUCCUUCCUACCCUAAGUCUGGCACCGUCACUCAUUUGUGUGUCCAAUUCUGUAGCAGUUCUAUCUUUUGUUCAACUUUGUAUGACUGCAAUCCAAUAAAGCCUAAACAAGGCCCCUGCUUUAUGACCUAGUGCCUUAUUGAGCUCUUUACAGAUGCCUUCUUUCUUUGCACACUAGAAAUACAUGUGUGGAUGCUGUUAGUGAGGAAGCUUAUCAGUUGUUAUUCUUGGGUGUCUGUGAGAAAAGUGAUUGGAUCGGGGCAUUGGCUGGUGAUGUCACAGAAGCACUGAAGGUUUCCUUCUCAGGUUGCUUUGAAGUGUGUUUCCUGCAUCUUGGAUUCACUUCCAGACAAUAAUGUCACAUACUCCCCAAACAUCUUUCUCUCUUUUCCAAUACUGUAGUACCUCUUUAGCCCGGGCUGCCAAAGUGAUUUGGGGGAAAAGGCAGACAGAAAGGUUAUCCUGCCUGUGGACAUGCAGAAUGCUGUUAAAUUCAGUUUCUUGAAAUGAACACAUGUACACAAUUCUAGUUGCUUUACCACCACCACCCUCCUUUUACUUCUGAUGCUACAGAUAACUCCUUGAUUAUUGUUUUGCAUCAUGUUCUUAAACACCAUAAAAUGCUUCUACAGCUAUGGCAGUAGUGGGAGAAAGAGAGAGAGAGAGAGAGAGAGAGACCACAACAUCAAUAUGUCAUCUUAGGUAUUGCCAAAUGCUGCUCCUUCCAACUGCUGAGAUUUAUUUUUAACUGCUUGACUCAGUGUUUGUCAGAUGAUUCUGGCCAUCAAACUGCAUAUUGAAUGCAAAGUACAGAGAAAGCGAGGGUGGCUGAAAAAGGGGAGGGAUGAGGGGUGGUUGUCUGGGGAAGGAGGUGGGACUUGGAAGCUCUCCACAUAGGCUCACAGUCUUCUUAUCUCAGAGAGAGUUAUGUGCUCCUAGCAGUUUGAGUGUACUUUCAGGUCAAGCUGAGAAGUAAAGGGUAAUGGCUGCUUUCAAAUGCUUUAAAGACAUAAUUGCUCAAUUAUUGCUACAUUGAGCAGAAGGAGCAGCAUACUGCUGGUUUGUAAAUUGGUCUCUUUCCUGUGCUGGAUGUUGCCUUUCUAAAGGAGUCCCAUCAUGAUCGAUAGCUCUAAGAAGCAGCAACAGGGUUUCCCAGAGAUUUUGCCUGUUGGGGAUAUUGAAUCAUUGAAAGAAAAGGAAUGUCUUGACACGAACAACCAGAAAAGUCUUAAGGAAGGUCAGUUUCAUGGCUUGGGAGAUAAAUGGGAAGGCAAAUAUGUAAUUGGGUCUGGCUUAAUUUUGAAGGGUUAGAGUUAUAAGUGUGUGUGUGUGUGUGUGUGUGUGUGUGUGUGUAAAGAUUGCAAAGCAGUGCUCUGAAAUCUUUGGUUUGUUACUUAGCUGUUUAGCAGUGCUGGUUCUUGAAGAGAAAGUAUUGUAAUCUUCCAAUGAUAUCUUGGAGGUAAAUGCUCUUAUCAGGAUCACUUCGGUUCACAAAACCUGCUGUUUCACAAUUUGAAGUCCAAUAGAGACAACAGAAUCAGAAAUAUCUGCUUAGGAAUCUCAUUCACAGUCAUUUCUGACUUCCUCCUGCUGCUAAGUACAGUUCUGCUUUGCCAUGUUUUUAUAUCUAGCAGCUUCAUAUUGUGUCUCUUGUUAAAUGGCCAACAGUGCAAUAAAAUAAAGGAAAGCCCCUUAUCCCCCCUCCCCAAAGUCUAGGGAAGUUGGGAGAGUUAUAAACACUCCAUUAUGGCAUCUCUACUAGCAAAUUGUAAAAAGACACAGCAGGAUGUAUCCAAUGUAUUGUUCUAGUUGUAGCAGAAAUGUAUCUAUUCUCUGAAUCAACAAUUGUGGCAUUUUUAUAUUGUGAGGCAAAUAGCAUUAUAGGCAAUUGUGGUUUUAUUUUAUUCCUCAAGCAUGAGUCCCUGAUUUUUUAGACAUUAUGCCCCUCCCCCCAAGCAAUAUUCCUGCUUCCCUGACGAAUCUCUCUCAGUUUUCCUUUUUGGAGUCUUAUACCUAAUUGCUUUGGAAUAUCUGGUAGUGAGCCAGAGAACACUGUUUGUUUCCUUUGAUACAGAACUGGCACUUCCUUCAAACCAGAGAUUGUUUUUCCUUCUUGACGGAAAGUGUAUAAAUGCAAGGAACAAAAGUACAUUGGGAAAUUGAGGAAAAGACCAUUUCAUUGCAGUUCAUGUUAGAGACCAGUUUCUUUUAAGAGGAAAAUGUUACAGUUCCAUCCCUUCUAAUAUUGAAUGUCAGUUUAUGCUUUUAAUUGUCACCUUCUUGAAAGAGUGACCACUUUUCUUGCAUAAAUGGAAAGCAGGAUGUCAGGAAUAUAAAUAACUGUAGCUAAGAGCAAAACGGUAGUUCUGUAUCUUACCACAAAACAAAACCACUAAUAAAAAUAGUGAACAACAACAACAACAAGAAGAAGACAUGCACUGCCAUUUUUGACUGUAAGUAGAAUUUUAUUCUUAUUCUACUGUAAAUUAUCCCCCUACCACCACACAUGAGAAGUUAUAGCUCCUCCUAAUGCCCAGAGUUAAAAUGUUUUGUGUUAACUGGUUCUACACAGGUAAAACCACAGCUCCUCCUGCAACUGUGACUGCUGGGAUAAAUGCAACAAUGAUCAAAACAGCUGCCCGUGGUCUUUAUGUACAGCUUUGGCAUCCUUCCCCAUGCUGGUGUAAUGCCAUGAUUGCUCACAUGCAGGGGACUUUGUAUAAACCAGAUGUCAGGGUGUAGAAGUCAGCAUUUGUUUUCAUCUUUCAAAUGCUAUUCAUGUCUAUAUCAUUUUAAGGCAUGCCCUUGAACCUUAUCACAUUUGUAUCCCACUUUUCCUCCAAGGAGCUCAGGUGGUGUAUAUGUAUAUUUUGUCCUCACAGCAAUCCUGCAUGGUAGGUUGAACUGAGAGAUAGUGAUUGAUGCAAACUCCUCCAGUGAGCGUCAUGACCAAGCAAUCUGUUGGUAAAGAACAUGGUGGACCAGUCUUUGACAGUCAGGUCAAGCAGGAAUAUCUUCAUUUGAUUAGUGCUUUAGCGUCUGUAGUGGCAUUCUGUCUUCAGGGAACAAAUUCAAUGUGUUGGUUUUUGUCUCUGUGUGUAGAGCCCAAAAAUAUAUAGGGCUGGGCCCCAUAUACUUAAGCCAGACCAAUCUCAUACUACCACCAUUCUCAUAACAUCCAGUCCCUUUCUACAUAUGAAGGUUCCAUCCCUUUAAAAUGUACCCUGAACUUCAACACCAUUCAGAAGACCUUUCUGUUAGACCCAACUUUUAGCAUGUGGGUUUAUUUUGAUUUACUUGGAUAUCUUAUAUAUAUUUGUUUGUUUAUUUUAAAAAUGUUUAUAUACCACUAUAUCAAAAAACAUAUCAAAAUGGUUCAUAAUGACAAUAUCUAUGCAUUUAAAACCAAGGAUAAUCAACUAACUAUUACAGAAAGAUAUUUUUCAACUUUGGCAUUGUAGUUAACCUUGAGCCUUAAAAAUCAGGUGGGUUAGAAAUCUAAAUUAAUCGUGUUACAGACUCCUCACAGUUGAUUGUUUACAGUUUAGUGCAGCUUUUAGUAUCAGUGCAUCCAAAAAGAUCCUGAGAGCUAGUACAGGGUUAUUGAGAAUGGUAUGACAGGAUGAAAACAACACCACCAUACUGGAGGAAACAGAACGAUAAGGUGUACAUAGCAGCUAGCAUGUUCUUAUAUAUCCCUAAUGUGUGUUUUCUAAACUUACUGUUCCUGCAGAGGAAGGAUAUCCAUGCAUGUUGUCCCCUCCCACUUGCUCCACUGGGCAGGAAAAAGUACCGGUAAAUGAAAAGAGGUCACCUAAGCUGUCAGAGCAACUUUUCCCCAGUUCACAUCCUGCCCAUCUCCACAUCAGGUUGCUUUUGGGAUGGCUCCAAGUCUGUCUUGGACCAUGGGAUCUUUCCCCUUGGCUGGCAGCCCAUCACCUUCCAGUCUUAGGACCGCAGUUAUUUUAAUCAUCAUCAUCAACAAAAAGGGAGAUCAGGAAAUUUUGGGUCAGAUAGCAGAGGGGGUGGAUAGGAUGAGUUCUCCAGCCAUCUCUGAUGACUCCUCUGAGGACUCUGAGAUGUCCCAGGUUGCCUGCGUUUCUUGAGGAGUGGUUUUACCCACUGCCUCCUUCAAGCAGGCAGAGACCACCCUUUCUCACAGAGAGGCAUUAAUCACCUCCCUAGCCCAGCCAGCUGUCUCUUCCCUGGUAGUUUUUUUAUCAGCCACGAGGGACAAGGGUCCAGAGCGCAAGGCAUCACCCUGACCAAUCCGAGCACCUUGUCCACACAGUUAGUAAAUUAGCCUUUACUAUCUAAAACUCAUCCAACACAAAAGGACUAGACAGUGCUCUGGACACCCCUUCCAUCCUUUUAUCUCCCCCCCUCCUGCUUUUAUCUUACAAACUGUAAUUAGUGUCAUUUAGUAAACAUACAGAUAAUAACUAUCAAUAUUAAUUUACCCCUCAAACUCUGCUGCCAGGAUCUUUAACAAACCAUUUAAAAUUGUUUCCAGUAAAGGGGUUUGGUUGCACUUUUUAAAAUCACGAUAUUAAAAAAAAAUCUGUGCUUUAUACCAGUCAUGGUUCUGUACUCAUUUUUAGUGAGUUACCAUACAGAAAUUCUAAAUUACUGGGCUUCUCUCCCCCCCCCCCUUUCAAAAUUGGAGUAGAAUGAUAACUCAUUAAAAUGGUGAGCUGGCAUCUUCUAUCACCCUUCAUCUUGAAAUCUUUCUUGAUGGGGCAGAAAAGGAUUUUACAAAGAGCAUUCAUUAAUGCACAAGCCCAUGAAGAUUUUGACAAUAAAAAAAUGCAGAAGUAGAAUCCUCUUAGUAUCAGAUGUCUUAGGUUAAUCCAUAAAGAUGUUAACCCUUUGGAGUGACUUACAGAGGUGAAGCCUGUAUUGGUCCAAGCACAAUCAUUUUGAUUAAUUUUAUUUAUCUAUCCACUGUUUUCACAAAUUCCAGUCUUUCUUUGGAAAUUAACAACAACUUUUUAAAAAUCCAUUGGCUCUUUGCUAUUUCAUGUUAAUCUUAAUAUGUUUACAGUAGUUCUGUGUGAUUUGUUGUUGAAAAAUACAAUAUUUGUUACUAAUUGUCACAAUUUGCCCUGAAAGCCACUAGUGUGAAAAAGUAAUACACCUUUGGGUGACAAGGAUUAUGGCUGCUAUCCUAAACACUAAGGAUAGGAUAUCCUAAACGUUAAGCAGCAAGCCACAUUGAUUAGACUGGGGCUUCUAGGCAUACGAAUGCCCUGUAAAUGUUUUUGCUACAAGUCAUAAGCACUUUACUGGGAUUUUCUGUUUAAUGAAAGCAGGAAAAAUCUCUCUCUCCAUGUAAAACUAAAAGAAUACCCUGGCAUUCUGCCAUUAUUUGAGACUUAGUUUUACUGAAUCCACAUUUUAUAGGUUGAUAGAAAAGCUAGGGAAAAUACAUCUGGGUUGAUGUCAGUGUGACAAUAUAUUCUUGAACAGCUUCAACCUAUCAAGUUUAUUUCAUUUCAUUAUACACCAGAGUAUCUUAGAAUCAUGGAGUUGGAAGGGACCUCAGUGGUCAUCUAACCCAACCUCUUGCUAAUGUAGAAAGUCGAUUGCUAAUUGAGUAGGAUCCUAGAUCAUCACAGUAAAUGUUCAAUACAGGGUUAUAUCCUAGAAGAACAGCUAAGUAAUCCACAGGAAUAAUAGAUCUCACAUGGGAAGGAUCACAUCAUAUUCUGCAUUUCACUGAUUAGGAAGGUGGGAUUUUGCCUUGAGUCAAUCAAGGCAUAAGCUCGGGUGAUCAUAAAGGAACUACCUACAAAGCCCAAGGGAGCCCUGCUUCCCACUUUUAGCUCUUUUUUCCUUUGCUGAAUUAAUAGCAUUUCAGUUAUAACUGUUAAUAGAUAUGUAAUUUGGAAGCAUGCAAGAUGAGUUAUAGGGAGUCAAAAACAACAUAUUUUAUGACCUUUUCCAAGCUUGCAUCGUGAACAAUUAAAAGAUUAUAAUGUGCAUUCUAAUUUUUGAGAUGUUGAAUUUAAUUAAAUGAAGGCAAGUCUAUCAUCUUUUAACAAAAUCAAAUUAUUUCUGGAAUCAGUUUACAACAACAACAACAACAACAACAAUAAUAUAAUUACAAUCUGUAUAUACAGGGCAAAAUGUGUAUUUAUGUACUCUUGAAAUACUUAGUGACCAAAUUUCCAAAACCCAGUGAGUUGUUAGAAAUGUUUCCAUUUUCAACUGAAUUUUUAGCUGUCUGUAUAAAAUAGGCAUGAUCUUCAAUAUUCAAAUACUGUAUUUUUCUGUGUCUAUAAGACACCCCAUGUAUUAAAACACCCCCUAUUUUGGGGGCCUCCGAUUUAAGAAAACGGGGGGGAGAUCUAUCCGUGUAUAAGAUGCCUCCAAAUUUUGGACAUUAUUUUUUAGGGGGGGAAAUAGUCUUAUACAUGGAAAAAUACGGUACUUCAUCUCUCUUUUUGCACUUUUAGACUCAUUCUAAUUGAUGCAGCCACACAAUAAAUUAUUUGGUCCAACAUUAGGACAGCAUCAUAUAUUGCAUUGUGAGCAAUUGCCAAAGUGGAAAAAUUGCUCUAUUUAUUGUUUUUUAAAGGAGGGGAAAUCGUUUUUGUAACAACUGUGAUAAAUUCAAAGGAACUCACCAGAUUUCUGCACCGUUUCCAUGGCAGCAAGAAGAACAGCUGUAGUGCCUUCUGUAAAUGUCCAAAGUCAAAUACUGGAAAACCUGUUUUUCUAAGCUCUUACUACUUUACUUCAUUGCAGCUGGUUACCUUCUGUUGAAGAACGGAAUAUAGUACUAGAUGGAAGAUUAAAUUUUGACCAAGAUUGCAAUUCAUAUCUCUUUAGUGUGCUCAAGUUUAAGCAGAUGUACCCCCAUCCCUACUAUAAAAAUGAUAUCCAAAGUAGCAGAAUAAAAAGAUAAUGAUAAAAUGACAAGAUCUGGGAUUGCCUGUUGUUCGCACACAUGCAAAUACCAACAAACUCUUACAUGUAACAGGAGAUUCACAAAAAUUUCAAUUUUAUAAUUAAUAACAACUGCUAGGAUCAGCAUCCCUUAAGCAAAUUUCCAUUUCCAGACACACUGUCUACUGAAUAUGACCAGUUUGGGGGGGCAGGGAGAAAGAAACUCUUGCACUGCACACAAAUGGAAAAAAGAAGCCAAAAUUUAUCACUCAGAGCACAUAUUUAGAAAUGGUUGCCAAAUUGAGUUUCAUUUCUUGCAAUUAGCCCUGCUGUGAUUUGCAGCUGGUUAUUUAGUGGAUGAAUCGAAUAGGUCUUCAACACACUCUUCUGUUGUUGGCAAAGAGUGUGACUUCCCAAACUACAGCACAAUUAGUUUUACGAAGAGCGGUGUUUUAACUGUUCAAAGCACAGCUGUUUGUGGAUGGAUCCAAAUUAGCUGGCUGUAACCCAGAAUAAAUGUAUUUAUCUAUUUAUGACAUUUAUGGGGUUCCUCUCAAGAAAGCCUCCCACCUGUCUGCUGCAACAUGCAUCCUGGUCUAAUUAAUGACUGUGUUGCUGUUUUGCUAGAAAUUAAUUUAAUUGGCUUGUAUUCUUCUUAUUGACUUGGUUUUAUUGUGUGCUUCCCUGGGAAUCCUUGAAGGCUGACAGGCAGUGCCUAAAUAAAUAAAUAAAAUGGGGGGUUGGUACAUCUGCGUGGGAUAGUACCAGGGACACAAUGCAGCAGUGAUGACAACACUAUCUCCUGGGGGGUUUAUGUGAGAAUUGCAUGUGUUCUUUUUGUUGUUUGUAAAUCUAUGCUACAUAUUUUAUUUAUUAAUUGGUUUAUUAUUAAAUAUAUAUUUCAGUGGUGCCUAGGGCAGCAAACACGAACAGUAAAAGAAAACAUCUAGAAACAAUUCCAAAACAAACGCAGGCUGGGAAAGCUCUUUACUUGAAAGACUUGUUGAAAGAGAAAGGGUUUCACUAGCUGCCAAAAAAACCCCAAUGAAGAUGGUGCCUGUAUAAUAUUUGAUGGGAGGGAAUUGCAAAAGAUAGGUGCUCGAUUCCUAUAUUAUGUGGAACACACCUCCUGAUAAGAUGGUAUCUGCAGGAGGCCUUUGCUCACAGAGUGCAAAUUAUUCAUUCAUUUAUUAAAAGUUCUAUACUUCCCUUCAUCAAUGCAUCGCAGGGCCGCUUAAAAUACGUAACACAAAAAUGCACACCAUAGUAACAAACGGAAACAAUACCUCUCACAGUUCAAAAGGGCACAGAUUGUUUUUGCCUGGCACCUAAAUAUAUGUAACAAAUGUGGUAGGCCAGCCGCCCUGGGAAGAACAUUGCACAAGUGGGGAGCUGCCACAAAAAAAAAAGGCCCACUUUUGUGUUGUCCCCCUCCGGACCUCUCAAUUGGGUUUAUAAGGGGUGAGAUGAUCUUUCAAGUAUUCUGGUCCCAUGCUUUAUAGGACUUUAAUACACCAGAACCAGAAGCUUGAACAUAGCCCCGUAGCUAAUUGGCAACCAGUACAAUUCUUUCUGUAAUGCAUUUUGCACUUGCUGCAGCUUCUGGGCCUCAAAGGCAGCCAUACAUAGAGUGCAUUGUAGACCCUCCAAGUGUCCCUAUUUUCCAGGGACUUCCCAGAUUUAGAGAAGAUGUCCCGGUUUCUGAUUUGAUCCUGGAAUGUCCCCCUUUUCCUUAGGAUGUCCCUAUUUUUAUUGGAGAAAUGUUCGAGGGUAUGGAGUUAUCCAAGCCAUCUGAGGGCAAUGCUGUAUAGAUUUUUUUCAGUGUUUAAUGUUUUAUUAUGUUUUUAUAUAUGUAGGAAGCUGCCCAGAUUGGCUGGGGCAACCCAGUAAGAUGUGUGGGGUAUAAAUGGCAAAAUUAUCAUUAUGGAAUGGGACGUCCCUAUUUUCAUCGGAGAAAUGUUGGAGGGUAUGGCAUGACAGUAAUUUAAGCUCUCUUAGCUCCUCUUCUUUUGAUGUGGUGGCAACAGCUCAAGGCUAAAUUGAUUCCUAGCUAUGGUUUGUGCAGAUGGGCAAUAAAGUCACAUUAAAUUAUAAUUAAGAUGCCUGCAGGGGAAAGCCUAUCUAUUUUUUUAAAAAACAACAGCCCAUCUUGCUUUAAAUAAAGAGAAUACAUGCUUUACACUUUGUGUCCUGCUUCCCCCCACUGUUCAUACUUCUUUUGAUAUGUGUAUAUAUGCCAGUGAAUCCCACAUUAUAAAUCACAGUGUUUAUAAUACUUGUACACUCAAAAUGCAGCUGGACAUUUUAGAUGACACAUUUAAAAACACAGACAGAAAUUGAACAGAACAUGCUACAAAACUCAUUGGAGCUGGAAUUAAAUAGUUCUAUCACCUUAUAAUUGCUGAGGAUCUUGGUGGACUAUUUAGUUAUUCUUUUCUGCCUGUUGUAGCUAUUAUAAUGCACUGUGCUAUAUGCCAGGGUUGCCAUAUUUCAAAAAGUGAAAAUCCAGACAAAGUUGUUGAGCUUCUUUUUCAAAAUCGCAACACAAAAAAAGAAGAUGAGGAACAUAAAUUUUUAAGGAAGUUUUCCCAGACAUUCAAGCAAUUUCCGCUCAGAUGAUAUUUACGAGGUCCAAAUCUGGAAAAUUUCAGACAUAUGGCAGCCCUACUAUAUGUUAUGAUUUUAAAUUGUAUUUUAUUGCUUCUUUUAUUUCUUACUUUGCAUUUUAUUGUACAGUAUUAUAAUUUGAAUCACAUCUAAAUAAAGCUUGUUUAGGGAAGCCUUGGUAUAGAUAACACUAUAAGGAUAGAAAAUACCAUUUUUCUUUGAUUGCCACAAGUAUGAAUCCUUGCAUCAGGUGGCAUCAUCAGAUCACUCUCUGGUCCAUAUGGCUUAUUAUGUAUGAUAAAAUAAUAAACUCUUAGUAGCAAGGCUUUAACUGUAGUCACCUCGGAUCUUUGGGAUGUCCUUCCUACCAAGAUCAGAAACUAUUGAUGGCAACUUUGCAGAGGUGUCACAUAGAGUAAUGUGUAAGUGAAUGAGCCAUUUGUGAAAUCCCCAUUGCAACGUGAACUGAAUGGUAGCUUGGUAUUGGGCAAGCUACCAUUUUUCUGCCAAUCAAUACAUUUAUGUGAGUUGUGGCAAUCUUGUGGAAUAAAAACAUAAGAGCACAAAGAGCUACCACUGCGUAGUGCUGUAAAUGUCUACUCAGAAGUAAGUCUUAUUUUCAUGGGACUUACUCGCAGGUAAGUGUGUGUGGAACUGCAGCAAGUUAAACAAGGGAUUUGCUCUAUAUAAUUUUUUUUUGAACAGCUGAUCUCCAUGACAUACCACAUACUGUUUCCCAGAGUGCUCAACUAUUUAAAAACAGAGUGCCAUGGGGUUGGCUGGGGUACUGUUUGAGAAGAACAAGUUGAGAAAUUGGAAUUGUGGGAUCAUGGUAUAAUUCACAUUGUAAAGGUACAGUAAAGGGACUACUGACUGUUAAGUCCAGUCGCAGACGACUCUGGGGUUGCGGCGCUCAUCUUGCUUUACCGGCCGAGGGAGCUGGUUUACAGCUUCCGGGUCAUGAGGCCAGCAUGACUAAGCUGCUUCUGGCGAACCAGAGCAGUGCAUGGAAACGCUGUUUACCUUCCCACCAGAGCGGUACCUAUUUAUCUACUUGCACUUUGACAUGCUUUUGAACUGCUAGGUUGGCAGGAGCUGGGACAGAGCAACGGUGAGGAUUCGAACCGCCGACCUUCUGAUCGGCAAGCCCUAAGCUCUGUGGUUUAGACCACAGCGCCACCCGCAUCCCAUCAAUUCACAUUGUAGCAUAGGUAAAACUCAGAUAAGAAACAAACAAAAUAUGGCAGAUAUCCAUGCAAAUGUAAAAGCGCCAACUAAAGGCCUAAAACCUAGUAAUUCACCUUGUAUUCUUGAUUAAUUUAUUACAAAUAUUUAUAUCCCAGUUUUCUGGUUCAAAAGUGAACAACUGAGGUGACUAACACAAGCAGAUGUUUAAUACCACACAAAAGAGAGAGAGAUUAAAAAGCUAACUGAUGAGCAGCACACAAGCACACAUUCUAUAAUCCUGGUGGACAUUUUAUUAGAUUUUAAUAGAACCUUGUGACAAACCUUCUGAAAUAAUGACAGUGCUUGCAUUUUAAAAGUAUGAGAUUAUAACAACAUCAGAGCUCUGAGCAAUUUGAAAUAAUUAAAAAGGCAAACAAUUUGCUCUCUAAUUUAUUAUGAAAAAGGUUGCUCGACGGUGUGUAUACACACACACACACACACACACACACACACAAAUAUACUUGGCAACAUUUCAGUUUGACUCAUUUUAUUUGGGGAAUGGCUCUUAUUAUAUUGUUUGGGGUAUAGUUCCCACUCUGGAGCCUUCACAUUGGAACCUUGGCUUGCACUGCAUUUCUGGCAAUGGCAAAUGCAUUGUUAAUCCCCAUAACUAAUAGCAUUUCUGCUCGUCUCAUGUCGCUUUUGGCAGCAGGCUUUUUAAAGUGCUAGUCUUUCUGAUAGACUCAAGGCAUCAAAUGUGUUUAUACUAUCCUGAGCCCAUGCUACAUUAUAAAAUGAGCACCAGCAUCUUCUGGCAUGUCCAUUGCACUAAGCAGGUAUACUUCACAACAGGACACUAGAUAAAAAUGUUUGGCACUGCAACACAAUUGAAUUGUUCGAUGUGCUGUUAACUGGAAAAAAUUAUUUUUGAAACAUUAUUCUAAAAGAUGAGCUACAGUUUAGUAUUAAUUUGUUUUCAUUGGUAAGUUUCAACUGUUGCUCUCCACAUGGAGGAACAAGUCUUCAAAAGUUAAGACACAGGCUUAGCUCAAGUAUUUGUUGUUUUAAAUAUGCUAUAAAAGCAAAUGUUACUAAAGGUGUAUAUAAAAGGUUUUUAAAGUGAUCUGGGGAUUCCUUGCCCUUCAUGUCCAGUAACUACUUGACCCUACUUAGAGAUUUUAGCCUGUAAGUGUAGAGAUAACCAAAAAGACUUUCCUGUGUAAUCCAUUUCUCCUCUCUCUCUUUCUCUUCUCACAGUGACUUAAUGUUCAUACCAGUGAAAGAACUGAACACUCUAAUUUAGAAUGUUCUAAGAUGGUAUCUGAAGUAUUCUUCACAAACUGAUCAAAGGCUAAUUUUACUCUUCUGUACAGACCUCACAGAUUCCCUGCUGUUAUGACUGAAAAGAAAGGCUGCACAUUUACACUUCAGUGUUACAGCUGCGUGGAGUGGUCAACCUGUAUCUUAUUAGGCCAAUGUUUGCUGCAGAUAAGAAAAGAUUAUACCCAUGACUUAAGCCAGCAAAUAAAUAAAUAAAUAAUUUCCAACAAAUUUGACCAUACUUGUGUAUAACUGAAUGUGGCAGCAAACCUUUACCCUCGAAUACUGGUUGUUGUUUAGUCGUGUCUAACUCUUUGUGACCCCACAGACCAGAGCAUGCCAGGCUCUGUGAUCUCAUCUAUUAGCCUCGCUAUAGAUACUGAAAAGAUGGAAGGGGUGAGAGAAUAGAUAGUGACCCAUAUUUUGUUGGUGCAGAUGUGUGAUUACACAAGGCAAAAGUCAUGAACUAGAAAGAAUUAACUCCCUAUGUGCUCUUUCCAGUCAUGGAGAAUUAGAGUUGCUUUAUUCUAAGUUCUCUAUUCUGAGUGUGCUGCGCAAUUUAUAAACCUAGUGCUCUAGAUUUAUUAGGAUCAGAAUUACAAAUAGGGGCAUGCAAACAAGUUCCUUUUUUUUUGGUUAGUAGAGACAGUGUUGAGGCAGUGUGCAGUGCAUUACCUGGAACAUUGCACUGCAGAAUAUGGCCUAGUUGCACACCACUCUAAGCCAAAAUUGAAUCACAGGUUAUUGAACAAAUGGCGUGUAAACCACAAGUCAGUGUUUCAGUUGACUGCAGCAUGCCUUGUUUGUGUGUGGGGUGGGGAUAAGUUGUUGGGUCAGGUUAGCCAUAUUGAUUUGUAUGCUGUUGGGGGGGGGGAUAGGUAAUUGUUCUGUUGUGCUGUGUAGGUGAUGAAGGGGAGCCAUAAGGAGGAGAGGACUUAACCACAAGCCAGAGUUGGGGCAACAUGCUAAGCCAAACAUUGAUCUAGCUGCUGUGCUGGAUUUAGCUAGAAAGAUUUGGGAGGAGCAAAACAGCUGCCGUCUCUCCCUGGCAGCUCACACAUUUGCACUAAUCCAUAGUUUGACUUAGCAUUGCGUGCGAAUGUGGCACUUUUUGGGGGAGAGGGGUCCUUUCUAGAAUAAUAGAAUGGCAUUGUUUUCUAGGUUUGUUACACACACACUUAUUUUUGGUGCCUGCUAAAACAUUUUUGUUUAGACAAGCCUACACAGAUAUCUAGAAUGGUGAUAUAAUGUUUAGCUUUAUGCCUAUUUUUUGAAUGUUUAAAAUAAUUGUUUCAAUUAUUUUUUAAACAAUAAUUUUAUUUUUUUAUUCUCUUUGUAAACCUCUUUAAGGAUUUUUUUUAAAUCAAGUGAUAUAUAAAUUUUAUGAAAUAAAUAUAGAACCAACAGAACUCAUAUUUUAGACUAGUAACUUAUUUAUAUGUUGAUAUCAUACUGAAAAUCAUGUUUUUUUGGGAAAAAACACUUUGCACAUUGAAAGUGUUUGUCAUUCAAAAACAAACAGUGUCCUAAAAUUACAGUAUUGAGUUUCUUUUGACCGUCUGGCAACUACUUUUGUUUUGUUUCCAUUUUAAAAAAAGUAGAAUGGAAACUUCACAUCCUAAACAUACAUUCAUAAGCUAUCAAGAAAAAACAGGAGAAUGCAAUGUAGUUUAUUAUAUAUAUUUCCUAUCUUAAAUCCCUUUUCAAAAAAACUUUAUUUGAAGAGAGAAUGUAUGCAUGCUUAAAUUAAUUGUUUGCUUAGAUUCCCUUUUCUUAUCUCAUAUCAAGUCUCAAGGAGAAUUAUUAAGAUGUAAUCAUUUUGUUUUGACAACUAACUUUAAAAAACACACACCAAGAUCUACGGAACCAAUUUAGUUUUGGCCUGCGAUUCUUGGACUAGGAACUAAGACCUAUUGAUAUCCUUGCUGUCUAAAAGUUUGUAACUGCCUCCCACAAUGUGGUAUCCGGCAGAUGUUUUGGACUACAGCUCCCAUCACCCACAGGCAGUGUGGACAUUGGUUUAGGUCAGGGGUAGGCAACCUAAGGCCCGGGGGCCAGAUGCGGCCCAAUCGCUUUCUCAGUCCAGCCCGCGGACGGUCCAAUAAUCAGCGUGUUUUUACAUGAGUAGAAUGUGUCCUUUUAUUUAAAAUGCAUCUCUGGGUUAUUUGUGGGGCAUAGGAAUUCGUUCAUUACAAUGGUACCUCGGGUUACAUACGCGUCAGGUUACAGACUCCGCUAACCCAGAAAUAGUGCUUCAGGUUAAGAACUUUGCUUCAGGAUGAGAACAGAAAUUGUGCUACGGCGGCAGCAGGAGGCCCCAUUAGAACAGUUUCAGGUUAAGUACGGACCUCUGGAAUGAAUUAAGUACUUAACCCGAGGUACCACUGUAUUUCCCCCCCAAAAUAUAGUCCGGCCCACCACAUGGUCUGAGGGAUGGUGGACUGGCCCACAGCUGAAAAAAGUUGCUGACCCCUGGUCUAGGUCCUAGGAUGAUGGGGAGUUGUAGUCCAACAACAUCUGGAAGGCACCUUGUUGGGGAAGGCUGAUUUACAGGAUCAGGUCCACUAUGGCUAAGUUACUGAUUUAAACCAGCCUGUAAAUGUAUUGGUAGUGUCAUUUGAUUGCUGAGUGGAAAUUUAAAAAGCAAGCAAGGUUGCUGUGGUCCUGAAGGUGUGACCUAAUUUUCAAAACAGAGAAACAGUCUUUUUCUUAAAACUCUGUGAGAGAAACUUAUUGACCUUUUGCCACACACAUGGCAUUUUAUAUGAGGCAUACACACAACUGUGGAGUUGUGAUAACUGAGGAAGCCUGUAAUGAGUUAUGCCAACUCAGAAAUCUAAGAAUUGAAUAAGUAGGUGGAGAGUCAGUUAUUCAGUUUGGACCAAAAGCAGAUGUAAAAUACCCCCAUUAAAAAUGGAUAACCAGAAACCUUACAAUAGAUCUUUAACCUCUACAUGAUUCCCUGAGCACACAACAGAACAUGUCAAACUUCCAGUGAUAGUUCUUUAAUAACGAAUAUAUAGUGGGUUGGAUUGAAUAAUAUGUGAAAAUACAUUUUCUUUUUUUGCCUACCCAGUCAGCCUUCCCUGCUUACAGGCAUUCAUGCAGGAGCAUAGCAUUUGAGUAGGGCCACUGUGUGUAACAAUCUUGCACAUGGAUGAUUCCUGGAUUUUAUCUGGGGUAGAACUAUGCUUUGAGACUAUUCACAUAGGACUUCAUGCUAGUAGGUCCUAAUUAAAUGUUAUUGUAUGGAUGACUGAGGACACUGGAAAAGAGUUGGAUAGGGAGUGAGAUGACUGUGGUGGAUUGGGGUUAGGUCUGAUCCUAGCCCAAUUUGUAUUAAGUGUUAAAAUCACUCCUUACAAUUGAUUUUAGUAAUCAACAGUCCUGACAGACUAGUGUCCUGACAGACAUCGUAGAUGCAGGGCUAAAAGAAUAGUGCCGUCCCUUAAAUCAUUUAGUACGUUGGGUGAUAUUUGAUCUGGGGACUUCCCUGCACUAACAGCACCAGCUCCUAGGGAAUUGAUUGUAGAUAUGGACAUUUACAAAGAGAAAUCUUCCGCAGAUAAUAUGCCUAGUGUCUUGGCAAUAUUCCACUACCAUCAAAACACAAUGCAAUGUAAUAAUGCAUGAAGUCAAGUUAAAAUGCCUGUGCCACUCUACCGUGGAAAGGAGCAUAUUCUGUCUGUGUUGAUGCACCUAAAUCCUAUGGAAAGCAAGGGGUCGUAAUGAAACAUUAAGCUGUAGGGCUUAAGUCCGAUUAAUUUAGUGAGAAUUAUGUAUUCCUCUAACUUUCUCUGGAUUGCACCCAUUGUACUUAGCUACUCGUAAAACUGCGUUCCUGAUUGUCAAAUAAUUAUUCCCUUUUUUCUGUUGCCAGUACUUCAGCUAAGGCUACAGCAAAGGCGGACAAGAGAACAGCUGGUGGAUCAGGGAAUCAUGCCACGUAAGACUAAUUUUAUUUUUUGCAGCUUGUGCAGCACUGAAUUCUCAGACUUCUUGCUGAAGACAAAAGGAAAUAACCAAUAACAUUUAUGGCCCCCAGAAAACAAAAGGGAUAAUCAAAAUUAUGUGCUUUCACUGUCUUUUCUUUCUCAGACACAAAUACACACACACAAAAAUAUUUCACCUUUGUGGAAUUUGUCUACCAUUUUUAAGUUGUAUGUCAAUUUAGAAUUAUUGCUUCAGAAGCAACUAAAAAACCUUUAUUGCUUGGAGAUAUAUACUGUUUCUAAAACAUGAUUCAGUUGGUCAGAACCCAAAGAUACCUUCCACAUGAGAAAGUUGCGUAACACAUGUGGAAGUUACAAUGGAAAACCUAAUCAUGUGGAGCUGGGUGGGUUUUUGGUGUGAGAGGCUAGAAUGAGGGGCUGGUUUUGUAAGGUUGCUGAGUGGCGGUUUGGGAAGAGGUGGCCCAAGGCAAGAGUCUGGGUUACACUUUUUAGUAGACUGCUAGGGUCUGUUUCCACUGCACUUUCAAUAAACCUUAAAGAUAAGCCUCUUAGGGUGUGCCUCUUAUAAGCCUCUUAGGGUGUGUAGGAAAUGGGCUUUUUGUGUGCAUUUUUAGAAACAUCAUAUGCACUUUGUUUGCUGCUAAUUGUUUUAUUUUAGCUUUGCUAUCUUGUGAUAAAUUUCGAGCAGGCUUGCUUUCCAUGGAGUUUGUUCCUAUUUAUGUCUUCUUCUAAACUUUUCCUUCAUUUGUGUGUUUGUGAGUUGGAUAGCUUAUGUGUUUGGGUGGAGGAAGAGGUGGGUGAGGCGGAGGGGAAGAGAUGCCCCAAUCCGGACAUUCAGUGGCAAAGUGGGAUGCAGCACAGGUGGAUGAAGAGAAGAUAAUAGCAAGCAGUUAAUUGUGGCCUUUUCUCUUCUACCAAUCUGUCCUCCAGGCUGGUAGUGCUGUUGCUGUAUGCCAGGUUGGUCAUUGCCAUUCCUUAUUUACAAAUUGAUUUUGGGUGAAGGAGCUGACCUGGCAUGCAGUACCAUGAUGUGAGUGUGUGUGCUAGGUGAGACAGAUUUCACUAGUUUGUCCCUAUGGUACUUGGUACAAUAUCAGCGUAGGCUGGGUAGAUGACACUUUGAGUGCAAGUGACAUAAGUCUCAUAACCAAGACAACUGAUGAUAAAGGCAUGUAAUCUAGCCCACCCUGUGCUGUUGGUGAUAUCAGCAAAGAAAGCUUACUUCUGCCCCCAUUGCAUCCUCCAGUAUUCAUCCAGCAGAGUUUUUCUGUGAUGAAUGAUUUAAGAUCUUGCCCUGUGGAAAUGGCCUGGAACCCUCAGAAACCUGCUAUGACAAGUUUGCUAGGCAUUUUGAGAGCAAAGUUAUUUGAUGUCAUUGAUAAUACAGCUCUAGAGGAGGUGUUUAGAUCCCCCUCAAGCCUGGAUGUUUGGUAUCAGUUUCAGAUAUCAGGGCCUGAUGAUGCAAAACAAGAUGCUUGAGGAUACUUGAAGAUGUCUAUCACAUGCAGGUCUAACCCUUGUCCAACUUGGGUUGUUAGAGUUAGCUGGGGUAUUGAAUGAGCGAGCCCAGAGGGUAUUUAAUUCUUCAUUGCAGGAGUAGGUAAUGCCUUCUGCAUUAGAGGUGGCAGUAGUGCACCCUCUCCUCAAGAGAUCUCCCUGGAUUCUAGAGGUUUGCAUCAAGUACCACCCAGUUACAAAGAUUCCCCUUUCGACAAGAUGCUUGAGAAGGUGGUGGCUGCUCAACUUCAUAUGCAUGUGGAGGAAGCAGGCCAAAUUAUGCUGUUUGGGAACUCCUGAGUACAACCAAUCCCUGGCGAAAGUGAGGUUGCCAGUCAGCUAAUCAGUGCUAACUGUGAGUCCCUUUUGGCAGGGAUGGGGAAGAGUAAUGCAAGGGAAAUGGGAGAAUAAUGAGAGUGCGUGAACAUUAUUUUUGUUGAUGUAAGGCAGACACCUGAACCAACCUUUUAUUCUCCAUACACAUAUAUUUGGUUUCUGUUUGCUGUUUCUACACAAUUGUCACCUCAUUCUCUAAUACUUACUGGUAUAUAGAGGGAAAUUAAUGCAAGCACCUCAUUUUUCUGCUCAUGGUCCUUUAGAACCCACUCAAUAUUAAUGAUGUUCAUUGAACUUAUUGGUCGAUGUAGGUUUUAUUAUUACUAACAAAAAGCUCGUCAUUAUGACAGGUGGGGGAGGGCAACAAAGAGGAGGCCAUAUACAGUGGACAGAGUGCAUUCAAUGUUAGUUAGUAGAAACAAAUAUCAAGGAGUAUAAAGUAUCUGUCUUUAACAGUAUGUUCUGAUAGUUUCAUGUCAGUCUUUUACUUCUCCAUUGUAGCUUUGAAGAGCCCAGCUGCAUUCCAUGAGCAGAUAAAGAGCUUGGAAAGAGCCAGGGUAAGGAAUCAAGUUUAAACGUGUUGCUUCAUUCCUCACAUAUAUUUGCAUUUGGAAAGGGUGAGAUAUGCAAGAUAUGUGAAACAAGAUGAAACAAAACUAGAUUAUAAUCUCUGGAACUAAAUUUUGGGGUCAUUUUUAAUGAAAUUUAAAGUCCUACAGUAACUACUACAAACAAGCCAAAAACAGGCAACAGUAUGAUUACUUAUAAUAUUCUUCAGCCCUUUCCCCAGUCACCCUCAUCUUCCACUGAAUAUAGAUUUACAGUAGAUAAUCCCAGCCGAGAUUCAUUUUCUGUCCAAACAAACCACAAUGAUGUAAAGCCAAGGGUUGUUCUUGGCUUACGAAUUGUGGUUUGUCUGGUAGAAGCAAACCCAGAGCACUGGUUUGCAUGUCCCUCUAAGCCAAGGCUCAUGAUUUGUUACUCCUGGCCCAACAAAAUGAGCAUUAGUACACUGCUCAUUCACAGUAAGCCAUGGUUUAUGGUUUACCAUGAUAGGUGCCAGUGUGUUUCAUUGUAAUGCAAUAUAGGACUCAAUCAUAGAGUAGCUUAAACUCAGUGCUGCUUAAUGACAUUCGGGGGAAAUGCUGACUUGUAUUUCCUGUGGUAAGUGUGUUGCGUAUUCACAUUCAAUCUGCUCAAUAGAAGUGGCCUUAAAAAAUGGGCAAACUGCACUAUUGGGAAGUCAUUAUUGUAUUUAAAAAAUCAAACAGUUCAAAUACAACAUAAAGUCUGGUGGUUGUAACUGCUGACUUGCUAGGAAUCCUAAAUUAGAUUUAUACCACAUUUUGUUCACUAGCGUCACUAUGUAGAGGAAUAGGUUUGAAAUACGUCAUCUACAAAGAGUAAAUUUGUAUGAGUUGGAUCUUGGAUUGUAAAAUGUGAAGGGGAGAAGUCUGCAUUUUAUCCCUUAUUGUGUGAGUUGCCAAGAACCUGAUGUUCUGUAGUAUUCUCUAAAUGAUUUAAUAAUAAACAUAAAACAUAAUCUUCCGAUGUAAGGCAACGUCUUGCAAAACAUUCUCAGAUGGUUACUCUUUUUCUGUGACCAAAGAAUUUUAAUAAUUUCCUUCAAUGACAGCCGUUCAGGACUUCAAUAAAGACAUGUACUCUGAAAGCCAUUUCCCAAAAAUGUUUCCUUAAAGUGAACUGUUUUGGGUGAAUUGCCAGUAAAUGUGGUAUAUUUAACGUUCAUGCAUUUUUUCCUUCAGACUGAAAAUUUUCUGAAGCACAAGAUACGCAGUAGACCUGAUAGAUCAGAGUUGGUCAGAAUGCACAUUCUUGAAGGUGAGGACCCUGAUGUCAUAUUUUCUGGCUGAACAUUUUAAAACGCUCAAUAUGGCUUCAGAACUUGAAUAUAUUCCAAACCUUUAGAAAAGCCAAUGAAUCUCCCUUGAUAAAACUAAUUAUUAAUAUGUGUUGAUAAAAUCUAAUUUUCUCGAUUUACAUAUUUAGCAAUCUUUGAUUUAAGGUAAAGUGGAUAUUAGGGACAUUAACUGUGUUGUGGUGUUUCUAGACCUCUUAAGAAAUAAUAUUUAUCUGCUUGUUUCAAAAAUAUAUACUUUGAUUUCUGCUUCAAAAACAAAUGUAGCUGCAAAGAUUGUACAGUGCCAGAAAUGCAUAGCUUGUGGUGAACUGUGAUAGCCAUUUAAAAUGGUCAGCAAAUGCUCUCUAGAAAUGCAUGAAUAAUGUGAUCUAGAUGUUGAAAAUAUGGUUGUAAUAUUAAAAUCAAAACAAAUGUUCAUAAAAAGGAGUUGGAAAUGGUAUAGUUCUUUUUAAAAUGUGUCCCCUUUCUUCCAGAGACCUUUGCGGAACCCUCUCUACAGGCAACUCAGAUGAAACUGAAAAGAGCACGAUUGGCAGAUGAUCUGAAUGAAAAGAUUGCUCAGAGGCCUGGUCCUAUGGAACUUGUAGAAAAAAACAUCCUUCCUGUAGACUCCAGUGUCAAAGAAGCGAUUAUAGGCAAGUAGGGAAGCUGUGACAUCAUCAACACCAUCAUCAUUUAUUAUUUAUACCCCGCCCACCUGGCUGGGUUUCCCCAGCCACUCUGGGCAGCUCCCAACCAGAUAUUAAAAACACAAUACAGCAUUAAACAUUAAAAACUUCCCUAAACAGGGCUGCCUUCAGAUGUCUUUUAAAAGUAAGAUAGUUGCUUUUCCCCUUGACAUCUGAUGGGAGGAUGUUCCACAGGGCAGGCGCCACUACCGAGAAGGCCCUCUGUCUGGUUCCCUGUAACCUCACUUCUCGCAGUGAGGGAACCGCCAGAAGGCCCUCGGUGCUGGACAUGGGUCUAUUGAUGCAGAAAAGAAUGAGAGGUGAAAACCUGAGCCUUAAAGGACCUUCCAAGUUAUGAGGUUUUGAAAAUAUACAUUUAAAAAGGUGCAUUUGUGAAGUCAUUUGUUGUAGAAGAUCCAGAUGGUUUCCCUCAAAAAACAUUUUUAAUCAUAAUUUAUUUAUUUUAAAUAAUAAUAAUAAAUUAAAAAUAAAAAUGUGUGCCCCAUCCCCAGACCAUUUCAUUCUAACUAUCCGACCUCCCAAAAUUUUAACACCUCUUGUGAUGGUUUGACCCUUUCCAUUUUAACAGUACAAAUUCUACAAAUACCUUCCUCAAAAUCAUUUCACCUGCAUAUUUCCCGUCUUAGCACAUGUUAAUUUAUCAUUAAUAGCUAUGGCUAUCAUAAUUUAUUUCUGUGAGUAUAAAUACCUGUGUUAUGACUCACAUAUUUAUUUAUAUGUUUGUUCUGCUGGUGUUGUGGUUGUCAUCAACGGAAAUGCAAAGCAUAUUUUUUGCAAACGCAAUUAUUAAUUGAUAAAGAUUUGUCUUUCAGUGUCAUCUGCUUCCUUUAUGGGGGUUUUUUUGUUCCCUUUUCAUUCUCCGUGUCCCUUACAGUUGGAGGUGCUGUAUAUCUGACACUCAUUGGAUAGUACCUAUGACAUCACUAGUGAUGUCACUAGUGGCACAACUCCUUUCCAUGAUAUCCAAGCCAUUUUGUGUCCUUUAAAAUUUUGAGAAGCAUUUCUUACACCACCUCGUUUUUAAAAAAUACUAAAUACUCUGCACUCCUCUCCAGAUCUGAAACACAUGUUUCCCUUAUACUUUCCCCCCAAAAGCAAAACACAUAGAUGUAGUUAUGUCCCACAGCAAUGCUACCAUUUGCCCCUUGUUCAUUUUGUGGAACAGGAUACUGACACCAGACCAGGGAUUGUUCUAUUUUAAAACUAAUGGGGAAAAUAGCAGUAUAUUAAAGGAAUCCUAAGAGCAUAUUUAAAUGUCUGUUUUGUGGAACUGUGGACCUGCAGUCAGUGCACAUUUGAGCCCCACAUUCCACAUACAUAUGUCAUUCAGAUUAUGUCACACUCACACUUGCACUUGAAAGAAAAUGAGCUUGCUUUUUCAAGGUACACAUGACAUUCUCCACUACCCUGAUUUUUGAAUCUUUCUUCAAUAUGAUAAUAAGUAAGCCAGUUACUGCCUUCAAGAGUACUGCUUUGUCCUCAUCCUCAGCUACAGGAGAGGUUCCCCCCCACCCCGCUUUUCCUAGAACACAUUCAUUUAAUCAGGUUAGUCUUUCUUAUUACCCUCUCAGUUUUGUUCCGCUUAAUAUUUAACUUACGGCAUAAAGCAUGUUUAUGGAAUAGUUGCACAGAAUGUGCAGUGUAAAUCAAAUUUCUCAGUAGUAAUUAGGAAAAAAAUAGGAAAAAAUGCAGCCAAACUAGACACAACAGGGCCAUUGUUCCUGGCCUGCCCUGUUCUCUCAUAUAAAGGAGGAGGCGGAGGACAUGGAAGAGGGGAGCCAAAUGCCCCCAUACCUUGCUUCUACACAGUUUGUUGCUCCAGGCACUUUCUUUAUUUUCUUGACCUCAAUACUGAGUCAGAAAUGGAGAAGAUUACCUGGAGAAAAGAGAUUAUCCUCAUUAAAACAUGGAACCAAGGAAAGUUUAGCACCUCUCUGCCAUGCACUCUUGUACUAUUAAAAUCUCCAACCUCUUUUAUGUGGAACUGGAGUACUGUAGACGUAUGAUGAAAACAAAUGUCCAACGCUACUUUGUUUAGUUUGGCCCAAACUCACACAAAGAAGACCUUCAUACAAGAAGGUCUGUUACUUGUGAAAUGUCCAUAGGUCUUCACAGAAUGAGUGCUGGAUACAUGUCAAAAAUAACAAGUAUAUUGUUUCUUCAUUAUCAUGGCAUUAAAAGGUGAUUUCUCACCCCCCCCCCUUUCAUUUUAGCGGUUGGUCAGGAGAACUAUCCUCAAGGAUUGGAUGAAUCCUUUGAUGAAGACAGCAGUGAUGCUUUAUCUCCAGAUCAGCCUGCUAGUCAGGAAUCCCAGGGCUCGGCAGCAUCCCCUGGUGAGCCCAAAACAAGAGAGGCACCAUCUCCAGUCUUGCCAACCCCCGCUACUAAUCAGGUAAAGUGUCUUUAUUCCAUUCCAUAACCUUAGUUAUUGUCAUAUUUUGCUGUUAACCAAGUAUUCUUAAGAUAUUCUUUCUCUAUUUGAUAAAUGUCUGUUGUGUUUUAUGAAAACCCUGAAGUUUUGGUGGGUAGAAAAUGUUCAUUACUUCAAGCAAGUCUGUCCAUUUUUGUUAGAUGCAUAUGCUCAGCAGGUAGAUAUCAAACUCUGCUCUGAAAAGCAGUAGAAAGUCUUCCCUGUCGUUCUUCAAUAUGAGCUCCAACAUGCAUAAUAGUCAGGGAUUUCUGUGCCAAGAAAACCCCCGGAAUCCGUAUAUUUUCCAUGAAACUUACAUAUAGUGGCUUCCUUUGCAUACUUUCUUUUUCCUCCCAAACUUAAUGGCAAUGAAGGGAUUGCAGUGGGGAGUGUUAACUCUCUCCUCUUCAGCCAUGACCAACCCCUUGAAAUCUCCCCCUGCUGCAAAUUGGCUUGGAAGAAGCCUUCUGUUGGCUUUAAUAAAAGACUCCACACACACACACACACACACACACACACACCCACCCACCCACCAGCUUGGUUAUUGUAUGUGGUGGUGGUAGGAUCUUUUUGGAGAGUGUAGCUGGGGAACUCAAAAAGGUUGACCCUGUGAUAUCUUGAUGUCUAUAGAUGAAAGUGCUGGACCUUUUUGAUUCAUCUAGAAUAAAUACACACAGCACUGUGGCCAGGAAAUCUGUUAAAUAAGUAUGUGUUAACUAUCCACACAUCACACAGAACGGCCGUAGCAUAUUUAUUUUUAGAUGCAGUGUCUUUAAAAUGUGACGUGGAAGAUCAUUUUGACUGGAAAUGAAUUCUCUUCUCCUUUUUACAGUUGUACUUGGGCUGAAAAAUCUCCCUUAUUAUUAUUAUUAUUAUUAUUAUUACUCAGAUUUGCUGGAAAUAUCUGUCUGUGGUGUCAUAGCUGUUUCUUCUCUCUUCAUGGUCUAGAUAUUUAACAUUUCUUCAUAUGUGCAAUCAAAUAGUUAGCCAAGAACAUAAAUUUCUUUUCGUUACUGUUAGUACAAAAAUAAAUUAGAUUCUUUUCCUUCUAAAAACUAAAAGCAGGAUGAAGAAGUGAUUGCACAACACAAGGUGUUCCUUGCUAUCGUGCUCUUCCCAACUAGUUUUGAAGUAACAUUUAAGAACACUUUUAUUCAUUUAGUUCAAUUGAGAAACACUUGUAAUUUAAAGUAUUUCAGUGCUGGAAAUUGUAGGUUUUUCUUGCAGAGGUUUUCUCUUGUGGUUAACGAUUUUUGUGUAAAAUUGCUAAAUCCAAUCUUUACCAUACUUCCUUGAGACCAGACCAGAUAUUACACAAUAGAUUCAUGUAACUAUGUAUGAAUGAUUGGAUUUUAAUUACAAGGAUGGCAGUUUAAAUGGAGAAUUUUACAGAGAGGGGCUGCUUAGUUCUCUUCUACCCAUUGGGGAAAAGAUAGGGAUAUAGCAGCUUGGGGCAGGGGUUGAAUUUGAGCAGCAAAAUAGCUUAUAGGGGGAGGCACUGGGAAACUCUUGCACACAUCUCCGUUAUAGUGUCCAGUUUAUCAUUACAUGAGAUAUGAAGAAUUUCAUAUCCUUUAUCAUUUGUAUAUGAUUUAAGCAGUGUAAUUACUUUUAAAUAUUUGAUCAAAGCAGCCUUGAUCUAAAUUUUUCCCUUACUACUGUUUUCUCCACAUUUCUCUCUCUCUCUCUCUCUCUCUCUCUCUCUCUCUCUCACACACACACACACACACACACACACACACACGAAAUGUCCAGUGCUGCCCAGGAAUUUGAAGACAUUAAAAUAUAUUGUAAUUUUUAAACGGAUAGUGUAAUUUGGGGGUUUGGGGGUUGUGUGCACACACACACACACACCAACUCAGGACUCCAACCUGACCUGGGGAAGAAGCUGAACUGGCACUGAAUAAUGAUAAUAAAAUGUUGUGGAGCUAUUAUUUAAUUAUGGUUAGUUUGGCCCACCAUCUUGAUUCAAAAUGGUGCCUGGCAUCCAAACAUAGAUGAAGACUGGUGAUGAUAUUUCCAGAGGCAUCCACAUUUGUGCAGGUUGAUGCCAUCCUGCCAAAUUGGGCAGCAAAACUUUCAAAGCUAUCCAGAUUGGCACAGGUUAGAACUGUCACACCAAAAUUUGUGAAGACCUGCCAAAUGGUAUGAUGAAAUUUUCAGAGGUGUCAAAAGUAGUGGACCCAACAUGCCAAAAAAGAGCAAAAUCAUGCCAGAGUCAUGCUUGGAUGUGCUAUCUUGAUUCAGAAUGCUGUCCGGCAUCCAAAGUUGUUGUUGUUAUUUUUUUAACAAACUUGUCCUUCUCCCAGAGAAAAAACAAGCAAACAUGGUUCCAAAAUAGAGAGGACAAUGAUUCCCAUUUUAAGUAAUCCAAAUCUUUAUUAUGUAACCAAAGGCCAUCAGGACCAGGGCAAGAGCACAGGGGCUGCAGUCUUCAGUUUGGGAACACAUGUUUUCUCCUUUGCACUAAGUCAUGGUUUGGCUUAGCAAAUCAGAUCUGUAUAUCCUUGCCUCUCUAACAGGAAUUCUGUUCAGAAUGCCUGCCAGCCAGCUAGCCAUUCCCUCCUCCAGCAGGCCGUUCCAUCCCGUUCCACCUCUCUUCUCCUUUUUCCAUGUUUUCCCUUUUUCCAACUGAUACUAUGUCUGUGACUAAUGAGCUUGCACAAUCCUUAUAGGGCUGGGUUUCUUUGGGUGGAGUGGGGGGUUAGCUCCAUCAUUAUGAUCAUCAUCAAAAUCAUCAUUAUUUGUAGUUCUGCAAAUAAUGUUCUAGGGGUUUCCCCAAGCAUUCUGAUUCCUCCCUUUUUUCAAUGAUUUCAUUUUGACUCCACUUCUAUUGACAGUCACUGCCUGAAUGCACAAGGAGAAGAAAUGACAAAUUGUUAUUAAUAACGUUCCAAAUAUUUGUUAAAUGCACUUUUGUAGGCUUAAUUUUUUUGUUUAAUUUUGCCAAAUUAAAAUGUAAUUCAUGCAGCCAGUAUGCUUGCAGCUGGUGAGUGCUGGGAACAUUGUUUUCAGCAGUCCUAGUGCUUUGACCUAGAGAAAACUUGGCAGCAGUGGGAUAGAUUGGAGGAACCAAACCCUGAGUGUGGAGGGGAACCCUGGCCACACUCAACAAAAUGUUCUCAACCUUUAGCGUGAAUUUACUCUCUCUGACAUGCUAUUUCCAGUGACUUUUUCUGACAAAUUUGGAUACUUUCAGUAGCAAAAGGAAGACACAAACCAUUUAAGGGGGGAUGUUUAAUUCUACAGGCCACUUAAAAAAAUAUUUUAUUGAUUUUUCAAAAUUCUGCUGGUGACUUUUGAGACAUAAAUGUAUCUAGAGUAAGACUUUCCUUUGGUUGCUCUUCUUGAGAAAUUUUGGAGAAUUUUGUGGCUCUAGUUCUUUUGGGGAAUAUGUGUGAUGUACAUUCUUUUAGAAAAGCCAAUGCCAAUGUUGAAAAAAUAGUUACUCAUUUUGUUUUGUUUUCUUUAUGAUCAGUAUCCCACAUUAACACCAUCACUACCUGAAUUUCUGAAGCCGCCUGUCACUGAUCAGCACACUACACGCUCUGCAGCUGCUGCUUCUCUUACCCCAAAUACCGUGUUGGCAACAAAACUCAGCAGUGGGCCAACACUAAUAAAGGUAUGAGAAAACAGUCAUGCUUAAUUUGUUUGGUUUAUUUACUCUAUUAACAAAGAAAAAUCUCACAACAGGAGAGGUGAGAAAUAUUGCCAGAUUCCUGUACUAGUAUUAUGGAUCUUGCAAGACAGACAUUUGAAAAAUGAAACAGCAUAAGUAAAGAUAACUUUGUAUAAGUACAGGUGCCACUGAAGCCAUCACAGAAGAGCACAAAUCAUGGUCAAGUUGUUAUUUGGCUGAUAUGUUAAUUUUAAGCAUCACAUUUUUGCCAGAAUCCAGUUCUAUACGUUAAAGUAGAAGGUACUUCUGAAGGAAAAUAAGUGAUGUAAAAAUGUAUGACAUUUACAAAAUUCACUGAACAGUUAUUUGUAGUUGGACUUAUGGUGGUGGGGUUUUUUUUGCAAGUGUUUUGUUCCCGACACUGCAUUUUCUGAGAUGAUGUGGGAGAAAGUAGGAUGUUGGCAAGGGAUGUUCAGCCUUCCUUGAAACACACACACACCUACGCACAAAGCCUUGCAUUUCAGUGUCAAUACAGAUUUAGUUUUGCUAUCUCCAAGGUUUAUUAUUAUGCCAGCUGGAUUAGUGGCCUUCAGAGGAUUGCAGGCAAGGACAACCCUCUGCCAGUUUCUAUAAAAUUGUUUUAUAAGGCAUUUCCCUCAGUCAAAUAGACCCAGUGGUGAUGUCACCUAUAAGCUAACCCAGCUUUUCCUGCAGUGGUUAGAUUUUAAAGAUCAAAUAUCACCUAAAGCUGUGUAAUGCAACAGAUCUCUGCCUUGUGAGGCAACUGUCCCUAAGAAGGGACAGGUAAUUAUUGGGAGUAGGAUAGUCUGAUAGGCCAAUAUUUGUGCCCUAACAAAUACAAGCCAAUGCUGCCUCUGCAUCACAUUUCCACCAACACUUACUGCUCAUCCCUAGCAUUUAGGAAGCCACAGACUGGAACUAUCUAAGUUUGCUAGGCUUUGGAGAGUUUGCUUAGCAAAAUAGUCAACAGCAUGGGUUUAAGCGAACUGAACCUGCAAAUGGUAUCUGGAAGAUGCUACCAAUAUACACUGGCAGUUAUUGAGGACAAGUCAGAACUUUGCAUGGUUGUGAGCAUAUGGAACUUGGUGCAGGGGAUGUGUUGCAUGUGUAAUGGGAGUCCCCAUUUUCUCCACUCCAAGUGCUAGUUCAGAAAUGCAGAUACGUAAGUUCAAAUGUGUGUGGGAGCCUCUGUGGACAUAUGAAACAUGUGGACAUAUGGUUUCAAAUUUGGAAGACUUGGGGAGGGGACUUUUUGGAUAUGGUUAGCAUAAAUAGGAGACUAGUGUUUUUGAUUAGUGAAUCUGUGCUAUAGUUGUUUUUUAAUUCUUGAUUGUAGCCAAGUCAGUUUGUUGCAGUGGUUGUGAAGAAUUUCCUUAAUAAAGUUCCUGUAACUGUAAUACUGGACUGUCAUCUGCCGUUUUUGUUUAUAAGCAUGGCCUGCAGCCCAACAAAAAAAAAGUUGACUGUUACAUUUGCUUUCUGUUCUCAUUCAUUCAUGAUUAUUUGUUCCAAAGCUACAAAUUAUUACAGACUAGUAGGACAGCCUGCACAUUCAAAUUGCUAAUUGACACAUUUGAAGUAUCCUUCAGAGGCUCAUGAAAACCAGCCAAGAUGAUGCAUCUCUAUAUAGCAUAAGAACGUGUCUAAUUCUCUUUUAAAGCCAGCCACUUUCAUGGCCAUCACCAUUUGAGAGAGGGAAACUUAUUUUCUCCAAAUCAUGCAUAAUAUACAUCUCUAUCAUAAUGACCCCUUACUCACCUUUUCUUUCAACUAAGAAGUCCCAGAUAUUGGAACCUUUCCUCAUAGGGAAGUUUCUCCACCCUCAUUUUCAUUGCCGUUUCUGAACCUUUUCUAGCUUUACUCUCUUACAGGAUCUGUCAUUGGUAUCUAAAUAGAAACAAUGCAACAAGAGAAUCACAGCAAAUAAUGCAAGAAGAGAAGCACAACUUGCACAAUGACUGUUAUGAACCCCUAAAUCCCUUUGCCUAUCCUUUUGCUUAUCUAUUGUGCUAAGGAUGGAGAAUCUGUCAUCUCUGGAUUCUGUUGAACUCCAACUCCCACCAGCCCUGGCUAGCACAUGGCUAGCUAUGAUGGGAGUUACAGUUCUGCAACAUCCAAAGGGGGACAAGCUCCCCACCCCUGCUCUGUACAGAUCUCUGAAUUAGACAACCUUUAAUGAAGUUACAACUUAGGUUGGAAUUAACAGUACAGUUUCUCUUCUUGAUAUAUUUGAUAGAAACAAAUGAACAAAUUUGUGGUCGGUGCAGUUAAUUCCUAAACAUGCUGGGUAGAGCACAUUUGCCUGACAGAGAAUAUACAAGCACAGAAUAGAAUUGCCUUUUAUUUGCUAAAAGAUAGUUGCACUAUCCAUAAGAGGAGACUGGCAGCCAUCUGUACAUAGCCAUUGCAGAUGCAGAAGUGCAUCUGAAUAACCUCUCUGUUACCAUUUUGAUGUUCCAUUGGGCCUCAUUGAAGUGACUGCUUGCAUCUUUUGAUUUGUAUGGGGAAACAGCUGCUUAUCUUGGGCCACCAGUUAAUAUAGUAAUUGGUUGCCAGAGACUAAAGCUGGAUUGGAGCCAAUGUCAUUUGUCAUCAAUGUAUAAUAAUUAUUAUUAUUUGUUUAUUAAAUUUAUAUACCACCCUCCAUCUGAUGAUCACAGGGUGGUUUACUGCUGACCUAACUGGUAUAUAGAGAAGUUUUGGGGUGGAGGGGGUAGUGUCUUACCUCACAGGUAACCAACACAAUUUGAAAGGUUAGUCAUUUUAUUUAGGACUGCUUCAGACAGAAUAUGGUCCACCCCCUGCCAGGCGGAUUUGACAGAAGGGUGGGUCCACCCAUUUAUCAAUAACCUGACAUCAUAUGACAUCUGGUAUAUUUGAUCCCACUGGAAAGCAGUGGGACUUGUAUUCAGUGCUGAAUUUAAACAGUGCCAACUGUAAAUCCCAUUGCAAAGGAACCUUUGGGAGUGCACACUAAGCCGACUUGCAUUCAGUGUUGUUUAAAUUCAACACUGAAUGGACAAGCCAGCAUCCUAGUACUCACUGCUAAAAUCGCUCCUGCUCCGCUCCUCCUCCUCAUUUUUAUUUGGAGAGAAACAAAUCAUAAGCACUGGUUUUCAUAUAAACCUAAGCAAGCGCUCUUGGCUUCUUUGUAUACAAAGAGCCAUGAGCAAAAGGGAAAUCACUAUGUAUACUUUUGCAGAGUGACAUCUUUGGGUUUAGCUGCACUGUUCUUACAUGGGAUUCUAUUGCAAGGUGUAAAAUAGCCCUUCCCUGAGCAGAAGGGAACCUUUGGCUCUAACUCAUUGUUUAUGUUGUCUGUCUAUGAAUAGCAGCCCCACCCCAAGAACCCAAGUGACAAACCUCGGAGCAAGAAAAGCAAAGAGCCAAAGCCCAGAGUGAAGAAACUGAAGUACCAUCAGUACAUCCCACCUGAUCAGAAAGGUGAGAAGAAUGAGCCACAGAUGGACUCCAACUAUGCUCGCUUGCUGCAAGAACAACAGCUUUUUUUGCAACUGCAGAUCCUGAGCCAACAGCAGCAGCACUACAACUACCAGACGAUUCUUCCUGCACCACUCAAGUAUGUGAAGCUUUGUCAGUUUUCCCCCCUGUGUGGGAGAGGGGAUGGUAUUUAAUAGGGAGACAUAUCAACUGCUAUGCUUGCUUUGGUGUUCUGGGGCUUGCAGUCAGUUUUGGGGAGAGAGUAGGUUUCUGAACUACAGAAGAAUUCUGUUGGAAAUAAGGGAAUUAAGGAACACAGGACUUGUCUUACUUCUAUUUCUUCUGAAGGUUUUUGAAGCAAAGGAAACCUAGUUUGAUAGGCAGGGGUUGCCAUCCUCUUAAAAAAACCCACACACACACACACACCAAACUUGUUUCGUCUGGUUAAAGAGAGAGAGAGAACAUAAAGCCCAAUCAUAUGAUCUGCUAUGCUAGGCAAAAAUGGAUGCAUCAACAACCCUCAACCAUAGAACAUUGCAGCAAUUCAGUCUAGGACAACAGUACUAUUUAAAGCCUUGCACAUCAGAUGUAUAUAGGAUAGCAAAGGCAGGGUGGACACAUGAUGGUAUAAAGCAAAGUUCUGGUCACAUAGGAACAGCUCCUUGACCUUCACCCCAAAUGAGGUGCCAAAUCCCGUUAUCCAAACAGACUAAGGACUAAACUAGAUGGAGCAUUAAUUGUGUGUUUACAAUAAUGUGUGCUUUCUGCAAUGUAUGUAGCAGCCUUCAGAUUAUGGGGAUGGGGGAGAUUACUCUUUCUCUCUCUGCUACAGUGCAGAUAAAAUUGCCUGUCGAAAGCUGCUGUCUGUGUUAUGGCCAAAAGGAGCUUCCACGGAAAUGCAUAUUGAACCUGUGAAGAGACAGUGUUGUUGUUGUUACCAUGACAGGGGUAGAGGAGUUAAAAUUCUUUUCCCCAUCUCCCACAGCACUGAGGCUGUUCAGUCUUUCCCAUUGUUAUUGUGAGAAAAAACUAUGUCUGCUAAUUGCAUGGGCGCAAUUAACAUCAAAUCUUGUUUAGUCCAGAUGAUGCUUCCGAAGUGUAGGCUGUGACUGUUAAUCUGGAGCUAGCACUGUUGCAGGCAACAGGCCUUUGCAGACACCCAUAGAAAUGGGGCUUCCAGCCCUUACCAUCAGAGACAAAGGGCUGUCUGUCUCUUAUGCACACAGCAUUUCAUAUUAAACAUGUAUUGUGUAAGUAUGUAUUAAAUGCCACUGCAGGCAUUCUCAAGGAUAGCUAUUUUAGUGUCAAAAGAUAGGCUUUCUGCUUCUCUGAGAUAUUUACUGAAGUUAUUAUCCUGAUAGAAACUGCUGGAUUCCCCUUUUCUGGGAAGAUCAAGGCCAAUUUGCAUGUACCACCCACCCCAUGAAAUGUGAAUUGUCUGGAUUCACAUUUCAGCUGAGCCAAUGAGGAAGCAGUACAAAGUGCUUUACAAAUUCUUUCUUUAUUUCAAUACAAAUUCCCUCCAGCAUUUUUAAACAAAGGCCCUGUUGUUAUGCUAACAGAAUAAAAUAUAUUUUAAAGUAACAAAUGGUUUGGUCAUUUUGCAUUUCUAGUGGUAUACUCUGACUUGUGCAGCAUAUACAAAAUACUUCAUAGUUAAGUGGAAAAUCACUUCACAUUCAAGGCAAUGCAUAUUACAAUGAGGUCAUAGAGAAAAUGGUUGAAAGCUUCAAUUCCUUUUUUUCCUUCAAGGCCAGUGAGUGACAAACAGAGCAACACCGGGAGUGUACCACUGAAUACUUUGAGCAAUAGCACAUCUUCCGCAGCAGCCAGCACUCCGAGACAGAACAAUAAUAUUUCCAACAGAAAACCUGGGCCCCUGCCUCCUAGCUUGGAUGAUUUAAAGGUAAAAAAAAAGUGUCAUGCGACCAUUUCAAAAGUGAUUUUUGUUUGCUUCUUGGGACCUCAAAUGUUCCCAAAUCAUACCCUUCUCCCUUUACUCACCUUGUUCAUUGCUACUUGGCUUGGAUUGCAGAGAUCUGGGUUCAAUUCACUGUUUUGCCAUGAAGCUCACAUGGUGACAUUGGGCCAGUCCCCACCUCUCACCCUAACCUACCUCUCUGGGUGGUUGUGGAGAUAAAUUUGUAGGAGUGGGAGUAGGAAGGAUAGCAUCUGUGGCUAAUCUGGGCUCCUUGGAAGAAAAACAGGAUAAAAAAUAUAGUAAAUCAUAAUUCAGGUGCUUGCCUAUUAAUAAUUCUUCAUGCAUGCAAACUUGACUGCACCUGACAACAGCUUAUAGUAAAAAUAAUAAUAAAGGUUACUUUGUAAGGUGCCAUUGGGCUUGCCCAUUAAGUGCAAUGUUGCUUUCAGUUCUGCACACAUAGGGAAGGGAAUGUACAUAGAGGUAGGUGAUCAAGCACCACAGUGAACAUGAAAACUUUGUGCUUCCAGGAACUUCACUUGCACAUUGUUGCUCCUUGUUUAAUGUUUUUCCACUCUUUGUCCAGCUCCUACUACUUCUUUACAUUGUUCUUUUCAUUGGUUUCCUCUCACUUCUCACCUUCGCUUCAACGUUUCGUGUCUUCCUGGUCUCUCUCCUCUAUAUCUAUAUUCUCUUCUAUCUCUAAAUGCUCCUUUCAGUUCAUGCUCCACCUCAGAACACUUACUGUGCAGAUACUAGUCUUCUAUUUCAACCUAAGAUUAAUCUCACUGUUCCUACCAGUGCCUUUUCCAUUCCAGCUCCAUAUCACUGGAAAGCCCUUCUACCUUAUAUGUUUCUCUCUUGAGAAAGGGCUGUAGCUUUGUAUGCAAGAGGCCCUAGGCACAGUCUCUGGCAUCUCCAGGUAGGGCUGGGAGAGACUCCCUGCCUGAAAUCCUGUAGAGGUGCUGCCAAUCAGUGUAGGCGAUACUGAGAUAGAUGGACCAAUGGUCUCAUUCAUUAUAAAGCAGCUUCCUACUGUAUGUUCUUCUUGAUCUGUUUUUUCAUUCAAGCACCUCUUAAGGCACGUGUGUUCAAUUUGGCUUUUUCCAAGUCACACUUUCCCCCUUUUACUUUUCUUUCUUCCCUAAUUUAUCUUGUCUUUAGUAAUUUUAGGCACCCUAUAAGUCAUAAUGUCUCCUGUGUGCAGAAAAAAAGCAAUCUGUCAGAGUUAUCCUGAUACUAGUUGGCUUCUUUUUCACAAAUGCUUCUUUUUUCCUUUAAAAACAAAAACAAAACUCAGGUAGCUGAACUGAAAAUGGAGCUCAAGAUAAGAGGAUUGCCAGUGUCUGGAACUAAAAUGGAUCUUAUUGAGCGUUUGAAACCCUAUCAGGAUCUUAACAAUAAUUCUAUCAAUGCUAGUCAUACAGCGGCAGUUACUCCUUCCACUAAUUGUACCAGCCAGCCUGGAGAAAUAACUGCCGUAUUCCCUGUUGCUACAUUAAACAAGCCAAUAGCUAGCUCGGGUUCCAGCUUUUCUUCAGAAACAACAUCUGGUGGAACUGGCGGCAAAUCAACACCUAUGGAAUGCAUCAACUCCCCUUUGCCCAUUUCCCCGUCUCCUUCAGAGCCGUCCAGUCUCAGCACGGAUGACACUAACAUGGCAGAUACUUUGACGGAAAUCAUGACCGUGAUGUCUCCAUCACAGUUCCCAAAUGCAUCACCUCCUCUUCGAGCUACCACAAAUGAGGACAGUCACGGCAGUGGAAGCAUGUUCGGCAUGGAGCUUGAUGCAGCAGAAAAGGACCGUAAGCUUCAAGAAAAAGAGAAGCAGAUUGAAGAGCUCAAAAGAAAACUGGAGCAAGAGCAGAAACUCGUGGAAGUGCUGAAAAUGCAACUUGAAGUUGAGAAGCGGGUUCAGCAGCAGCAACCCCAAGCCUCAGCUAAUAUUACACUGACUUUGAAUCAGAAGCAUAUCGGUCCUGAUGUCAAAGAGGAAGGCACUUUAGCAGAUUGCUCUGAUGCAAAACAACCUGUAUCUGAAGCCAACCAUUCUUUAGGACAGCCAGCAUCAGUGGAUGUCCAGAACCUAGUUGCCAAAAAGGCUAUUGUUAUCAAACAGGAGGUACCUUUGGCCAAAGCUGAACCACAAAAUGUCAUAUCUCAGUUUUAUGUAAGUUCGCAGAGACAGCCACAAACUGCUGUUGUUGCCCAGCCUCAAGCUCUACUUACUGCACAAGGAACAGCACAGCUGCUACUGCCACUCUCUCUCCAGGGUCCAAAUUCUGCCACUUCAAUGCAACUACCUGUGGGCAGUAUCCAGGUACAGGUACGAAAGGUUCCUCCAUUUUGAGUUAUUUGUCAUUGUCACUUACAAUCUGAUAGCCAUGGGCAAUUUUCUUCAUGUGACUUCAGUGACUAUUUUAUCUAUUGUGGUUUGUUAUGGAUGUUGAGGGUCAUCAGGGGAACCCUGUUCACCUCACAGAGCUACAAUUCCCAGAUUGGUUUAACAGCCAGUUCCUUUCACUAUGGAACUCUGGGAAAUGUAGUUCUCUGAAGGGAAUAGAGGACUCCUGACUACUCUCAGACCCAAGAUUCUUUGGAGGAAGUCAUGACUGUUUAAAGCUGUACGAUAGUGCUUUAAACGUAUAUUGCAGGUGGAUCCAGCACUGGCCAUAGGAUCUAAUGUAAAUGGAUUAAAAAGUCAUACCAGUUAUUAGAUUAGAGCUCUGGAUUAGGCCUCUGGUACCAGUGCAAGGGGGAUUUACUGUGAGUUGCUGCUUCAACACAGUGGCUGACAGAAAUAUAUUAAUAAUCCAUUCUGUUAUUACUAUAAGAAUAGUUGUUCUUGUGAACAGCUUGCCAUAAAACAUAAUAAGAGAAAAUCUCAUGUGCCUAGAUGAAUGCAAGACAUAAAAUGUGCCACAUAUACAAAUUCUGGGAUUUUCAAAAGAGAAAGAAAGAAAAAGACACUUUCUUGCAAUAUGUAUAACUGGAAGUGGCACCAGCACACCUUUUCGGGAUUUCUCAAGAAGUGCCUGGUGAACUGGCGCUAGAACAGGGAGUGAUGUCAGUUAGAAAAUUCAUUUCAAAGAGACUUGGAUUGACCAACUCACUCUCCUUCCCAUAUUUUUUCUAGAGCAGGGUUAAUGAUUACAUGCACACCUUGGAAUGCUCCUCUCAAGUGAGUGUGUAAUAAAAAAUGCAUAAUUUUGGCUUCACUCAUUGUUUCCCUUAUCUCUAAAAGAUGUAUCUAGUCAUCUUAAGGAAGAAGGCAUAGCUCAGUGGUAGAGCACAUUCCCGGUUUGAUGUGCGCCUUUCAAGUAAUCUAAAAGGAUCUCCAGUAAGUGGGAUGAGAGAUGCAUUUGUAGAAGACCUUGGAGAGCUGCUACUUAUCAGCACAGACAGUACCAGGCCAGAUGGGCCGGUGGUUUGGCUCAGUUUUAGGUAUAUUUAAAUGUCUCUUGUGUCAGGUCAAGAUGGAGGGAUGCAACUGAAAUACAUAAUUGCAUUACACACACAAACACACACCCCUGUACUACAUAUACAAGCAGCAAGCACUAUUUGCUUCUUCCCUCUAAAAGCUGCAAAACUGCUUUACAGAGCCACACUGACCAUGACUCUUUCUCAUGUAGAACAGGACAGUGAGGUUUAACUUAACAAGAGUUGUUGUGGUUGUUGCAUUUACCAUGCAGCUCUUAAUUUUCCUUUCAGCCUUCUAUUCCGCAGCUUUCAAGGCCCACUGUGACAUCACAGAAGCCAAGCCAAUUGAAGCCACAGUGGUCAUAACACCUUUCUGUCCAUAAAGUAGUAUUUGCUGCUCAUGGGCUGUGAACAUGCGAACCCACCAUCUUCCUUAGCACUGUGUUUAGAUACUUCAGGAGGACUUGAUGUCAAACAUUUAAAGAUUCAUUAUAACAUCCCUGGGUUUCUUUCUUUAUGCAUAUAGUCCAGCUGAGUCCUGUACUGUGAAAUCAAGCCAUACUCUUUCUCCUGUAGGCCCAGCCACAGUCUGGCAUUCCAGCCAUGGCACAAGUAUCUACUUCUGCUUUGUCCCAGAAAGUACCACAGAUGCACUCUUCAGCAUCCAAAGAAAAUGCUUCCCCACAGCAUGUGCUUGGUCACACCCCACAAAACAGACAGGUUGGUGAAUUAUGAAUACAGAUAGACUGCAUACUGUCAGUGGAACUCUUUACUUUUCUGCUUCGUAACUUAAAGUAUGUGAUAUUCCUUAAAGUAGGAUAUAGCAUUGAAUGGGAUUCAUAAAUUGUUAUUACAUUUCUCUGAUUCUUAGGUUAGAAUUUUUCCUCAUAUAAAAAUAUUAGCAUAAUUAUCACCAAAACGCUUGAAUGGAAGUCAUUUUGCACUGAUGAAUGUGAUGUACACCAUUCCAUUAUUCUAAUUAUCUUGUCGUUUUUGCUACGGUAUCCUCAGCAAUACUUAAUGAUUUCAGGGUUGUUGUUUUUUUAAAAAAAAAAAUCAGUUGUGAAAUGUACUACAACCUGCUAUUGUGUCUUCUGAAAACUGCUAUACUAAAUUAAAUCACACAGCAAUGGGUAAUUCUCUAAACUGCCUUAGCAUUUUCAUACAUAAGGCUUACAUACAUUUCUAUCCCAGUUGGUGUGCAUUUGUGGUUCAUUAGAGAGACAUUGGUAGCACUUCAUUGAGUUUCUUCUGUUUAAUAGGAAACGUGCAAUACCACACCUCAUUCAUUUUACUGAAGUGUAUGCAGGAGAGGCUACUAGGACAUUGCUACUACAAAAAAAACCCUAUGGCUGCAAUCUUACAUCCAACACAAAUAGAGCAGGGUGUGAAAUGCCCCCAAUGUACUCCUUGCUUGGUGUUCCACUACCCUGCUGAACUUAUAUCUCCACAGGACCAUCCCUCCAUGACAGGACUAGCCAACAUCGGGCCCUUCAGAAGUUGUUGAACUACAGCUCCCAUCUUUCCUUACAAUUUAUCUUGCUGACUGGGGCUGAUGGGAGUUGUAGACCAGGAACAUCUGGCAGGCAUCACCAAAGGUUGGCUACAACUGCCUUGUUAAGGAAGGCCUUUGUACUUUCUCCACUUCAGUGAUAUUGUGCACUAGAGCAUUUUAUUCAAUUUAAGAUUGAAUGUUAUUAUUCUUGGCCACACUAGAAGCUGCUUGAUUGCUAUUGUACACCAUGCUCUUGAAGAAAAAUAGCAUGCAUGAGUUUUAAAUACAUACAUUUUGUUUUUACAGAUAUUUCCUCCUACCUCACCAAAUACAGUAUUUUCCUAUCAGAAUCAGUCUGUGACAACUCUACAGCAACCUUUGUUUAGUCAGACAGCAAAUACCACUGUUCACUCAGGGAACCAGGUGCCAUUGGUGCAAAAUGGACCCAGUGCUCCUCAGAAGGUAUAUUCAUUUUAUGUAUUCAGUUACUAACUUAUUUAAAUUAUUUAUUAUCUUGCCAUUAAGCCAAAAAGAAGUUCCUGAAACAGCUUACAAAGAUCAGGAAUGUCAGUCCCUGCCUUUAGGCUUACAAUCUAAAAGAUGCAAAACAAAAGGAAAAGAGAUCGGGAGGGAAUAGCAGGGAAGCAAACUCAGACACUGCUUCUUAGUUACAAAGAACGUAAGAUAACCAGUCAGAAUGAAAAAAGUUCAAGGGCAGCAGGAGCUGGAGGUUUCUGCUCUCAAUAUAGCAGCUGCCUUUGACGCAGCUUGAUGUAAUAGCUUAUCCUUUGUUCCCCUACCCUAGAAUAUAUAUGCUCUAGGAGGUUGCUAGAGUAACAUAUUUGAGGCACUGUGACCAUGGCAUAAAAACAAGGAGGCACCCUCUCUUUUUGACCUGAGAACUUUUAAAACUCAAGACAACUUCCAAACAAGAUGGGGCCAUAUUUAAAUGAUAAGGUUGUCUCCAAAGUUAAUCCUACUCAAAAACAAGUGGGCACGACUAAUGCUGGUGCAUUCAUUUCAGCGGGUGUACUCUAUGUGAGACUUAGUCAGAUUCAACCCUAAAUGCCAUAGACUACACUUACUGCGCAGCCAUAUAAAGGGAAGUUGUUGUUUAUGUGCACUUUUCAUUUCCAGUAGAUUAAUGGAGAUGACGUACAAGGUGCUAAAUUAGCACAUUAUUGUUUUUAAAGGAGGGUGAUGUGGAUUUCUGUAGAGACGCUGUUUGAGAACCUUCUGCUGCCACAAUUAUUUGCUGACUGUUUGCCAUUGUUUCACACAGCUGGCCUCCCAGUCUCAACCCCAACAGUACAUUUUGCAGCAAUCUCUGUUCAGCAAUUCAGUAACCAAGGCAAAAGACCCUCCACGCUAUGAAGAAGCCAUCAAACAGACCCGCAGCUUGCAGGCUUCUCAACGAGAGGUAAGAUGUAUGCAGGAAUGCAACAACUUGACAUGUUUUACCGUUCUACACAGAAUAAUCACAUUCAGCUUUCUGUGCAUCUUUCCAUAAGGAGCAGCCAUGGGGAGACUAAGGGAGGCACAUCUCCCCCCCCCCUUUAAAACUCCGUCACUAUCAAAAUUUUGCCUUCUUUUGGUUUUCUUCCCCUCUUUAGUAGGCUGGAAGUUUCAAAGCCCUCAUCUUCUCUGAUCAUCAUUCUUCAUUGGCUGUUUGCUAAGCAGCUUAAUCCAGCCAAGAUCACAUCAUUAGCAUGAACCUAGGACUGAAUAAUAUCUAAGUAAGGGGACAACUAUCAUCCUCUUCUGCACCAUGGUAGCUGUAAUGAGUGAAGAAGGCUUUCUCUGUAUCCUGUACCCUGUGUGUUGAUUUAUGCCUAUUAGAGCAUUCUUCCCAUGCCUGCAGUUGUGUAGUACACCUUUCUCCGGAAACAGUGAUUCUCUUAAUUCUUAGCAGAAUAGCAGCUAAUGAUCCUACAGCACAUUCUUAUAUAUGUAUCCUCCCAACUAAAUUCAGCAAUGUUUAUACCCAGGUAAGUGUGUAGCACUACAACCUUAGUUGGAUCAAUCCUUUGGAAAAGUGUCCCAGAUCUGCAAAAUGUUGUCCUUUAGCUAGUAAAAUAGUGUUUUAGCUUAAAUAUGCAUAAGCCUGUUCCUUCUUUGGGAUAAAAAAUGAUAUGAGAUCUGUAUUUGUUGAAUUCUACUUUAUUGAUUUUGAUUUUUCUUUUCUUUUCCCUACACUGCAACUUGGUUGAAUAAUGAAUAAAAUACAUUUAAGAAAGAGCAAAUGAGAUCACAAAAGCAUCCUUAUUUAGCUAGAAACAUAGGGUGUGCGGUACCCAGACCAGCACAAUCCCCAUGGUGAUCCCUACAUGCAUAAUCAUAUUUUAGGGAAAGGUGUGUGACAUAAUGAAUAAAAAACUCUCUGUGUUACAGAUUUCCAGUGUUCACAGCCAGCAAAUGGAUGACCUCUUUGAUAUUCUCAUUAAAAGUGGAGGUGAGUCAAAUUGAAAUGCAUCAUAUGGUAGAGAGAGCUUCCUAUUCCUACUUUUGAUUUAACAAGAACAGCUGGUAGGGAGGGGUAGCACUGUGGGUUUGACGGCCCAGCACUGGCUUUGCUGCUACUUACAAGGACAGGGUAGGGCAACAGCGAGGUUUGGGGUGGGGUGGGAAUGCUGGAUUGGCUCCACUUGUGCUGAUGUCCUGCCUGCUCCUACAGGGUCCUAGUAAGUGUAUUGACACUGAUACCAAGAGGCAGCUUCCCUUCCAAUUUGCUGCUCUUGCUGUUUAGUAUAGAGCAGGGAAGGUGGCCUGGUGGCCCUCCAGAUGUUCAUCUGUCCCAGAUAGCAUGGCCAGUGGUUAGGCAGGAUGAGACAUAGUCUAACAACAUGUUUUAGGACAUAUCGUCCUUAUCUCUGCUCAAGAGGGAUUUUGCUGUGAGCAUCCUUGAGAGUGACAUUCAUAAAAAGGGUGUCUCUUAUUGGAUUUUAUGUUUGUUAUUCAGCAUAAAAAGGCAGCUCAUUCUCAAAGUAAUCUCAAAGUAAUGUAUUUUUAAUAUUUUGUUGGAAGCUGCCCAGAGUGGCUGGGGAAACCCAGCCAGAUGGGUGGGGUAUAAAUAUAUUAUUAUUAUUAUUAUUAUUAUUAUUAUAUACUUGACUGUGCAAUAACAUUUAUCUACAUCAGGUUGAUAGUGGCCAAAUAUUUAACCAGUUAGUUCAGAAAGUUAUUGACAGUUCAUUAACGAUCAGUGGUUUACAGCAUGAGCUCAGUUAAUCAAUUUGGAUUCCACUGUGUUGUGUAGAGAUCUUCACCCUUUAGUCACUGCAAUAAUCUGUGAGAGUCUUGUAAACAGUCUUAAUGAGGGCCUUCAUUGAAUCAUUGAAAUGAGAAGAUAGCAGGCUCUCUAAAAAGGGGGUGGCUAUUUGACUCCUUUGGGUAACAUGGGUUUUGCAGCACAUGUCUUCAAUCAUGUUGAUAGUUGUACAAACAUUAGCUUGAUACCUUAAUUAUCUCACAAGACUUAAUUGUAUAAAUAAUUCACCGCUUUCAAAUUAAUUGUAUCAAAAGCAUAAAUUUAUUGGUACAGUGGUGCACCAAAGUGAGUGAGGUUUUUUUCCCUUUAUAUGUAAUAAAUAAAAUAUCUUACUGAUUUAUCUCUCAUUUCCUUUUAUGCAGAGAUUUCUCUGCCUACCAAGGAAGAACCUUCUCUGAUUUCCAAAAUGAGACCCGUUACUGCCAAUAUCACCACAAUGCCAGUGAACACAGUGGUGUCUCGUCCGCCACCACAAGUCCAAAUGGCCCCUCCUCUCUCCUUAGAACCAACAAGCAAUUUCUCUGUAAGUCUGGAGAAUCAGCUAGAAGCCCUCUUGGAUGGAACUCUGCCUUCAGGAAAUGGAAUGCCUCAUCUGGCAAGCAGUAGUGAGGACAGAGAGUCUUUCUCUCUAAUUGAGGACCUUCAAAAUGACCUCCUUAACCACUCUGGCAUAUUAGAUCACUCGCAGUCACCUAUGGAAACAACAGAUUCUCAAUUCACUGCUUCUAAUUCCUGUUUAUCUCUUGAUCUUCCGGACACAAAUUUAGACAACAUGGAGUGGCUAGACAUUACCAUGCCAAAUGCUUCUUCAGGAUUAACUCCUCUCAGCUCAACUGCCCCAAGUAUGUUUUCAACAGAUUUUCUUGACCCACAAGAUCUACAGUUGCACUGGGAUUAACUAAAAAGGCAAAGCCUACUUGACCACGGUUUUUAAAGAUCCAUUUACAUCAUAGGUCCAUUAUUUCACUUUCCUUGUUUUCAGGGUAAUCUUGAAAAUUAUCUUUAGCGUGUAAAAACAAAACAAAACAAAAUGUUAGACAAAAAGCAUGAUUCCCCCCCACCCCUAGCAAUCAGUUAAGGGGAGGGGAGGGGCAGGGGGAGAGUGAGAUUGGAUCUUAAUUCAUGUAGCUGGGAUAAGUCAUAAUAAAACUGCACCUGACUGUUGCUAUAGACAGCCUGAGCCAGGCUUAAGCUGCCUUGUCAAAGCUCUGGCUAAGUUAAAGAAAACUGAUGGGAUUUGGUGAAAGGAUUGAAGUUGGCUAUAUUUGGACUGCUUCAUGAGUUUAAAAAGUCUUGAGGUAAUACUUUAGGGCUACCACAUUUUAGCCAUUUUAAUUGGCUAGACUGAAAUGGUGACUUUGAUUAGUUGGGCAUCAAAACAAGUAACACCCCCCCCCCCCAGUUGAAGUUCUUUUAGAAAAACUCUGCACAUAGGAAGCACCAUCUUAGGAAUUCCCCUUCCCCAAUUAUGUGACAAACGAAAUGCCUCUUCUAAGAUGAUGCCUGCUGCAACAUGUUUGUGCAUCAUUAAAAACAAAGGAAAUAUAUGCUUUGGUCUUGACAACUAUUGGUUUUCUUAUAUGCAAAUGUAUGAUUAUUUACUAGGUUAAUUAAGUAAGGCUGUAAUCCUUCAUGGGUAAUCAAUCCCACUGAAUUCAGUGAGACUUACUUCUGAAUAAACAUGGUUUGUAAGUAAUCAAGUAAAACUCAAGAUUAAUCAGCUAAUAUUUCUUUGGCCAGAGCCUUAUUUAAUUUUCACCCAGAAGAAAUAUAGGAAGUGCAGAGGCACAUACAUUAAAAAUGCAGUGAGGUGUGUGUUUUGCCCUCUAUAUGUUGACAACAAAUCGUUGUUUGCAUAAUUACAACCAACUUUACUUCUCUUAUUUUAUGUAGGAUAUCAGACAGGCAGAUUAAGAUGCACAACAAUUUUCUUUCAUUUGUUAGGUGUUCAUAAGCUAUUUGGCAAUUAAAAUGCAUGAAUUUGGAUCCAAGGGUGCCCUUGCAUAUGCAGAAGACAUCUUCCAUUUGUAAAAGGGGAUAUUUUACACUUUGUUCUAGAAUGUUUCUAGAGAAAAAAUGAAACUAAAUCCAAAGAAGUUGGAUAAGAAGAGCUCUUGCAAGCUCUUUCUCAAGAACACUCUUACAAGCUGUUUCCCUUCCCCUCAUAAUUCUUUGAAUCCAGCCCAUAUGCUGACUUAAUGUUAACACAUUCAAAAUGAACAAAAAUCAGUGUUUCCAGAUCCAAAUUCAGAAUGAUCAUUAUCUUUUAUAUUAGGUCCAAAAUUUAAAUUACAAGAACACCGUGAGUGAGGAAUGUACCAACGUGUGUUUGCCUCCUUCUAAAAUAUUUGAAUUUUCCACUUUUAAAAGAUUUUAAGUGAACACGUAACAGCGUGAAGGACAGUCACACAGAGGAGUUACCCAUCCCCUGCUGCCUGAGCCGUCUAACUGGAAAUGCCAGGGCUUGAACCUGGGCCCUUCUGCAUGCAAAGCAUGUUCUCUGCCAUUCAUCUGCAGCUGAUCAUUUGUUUGGCAGAAGAAUGAGGGAUAUUAUAGUAUAGCUAGCCAUCUACUGUUCUUGAACGUCUCUGGAUUAGGGCCCUAGAAUCAAAAAACUGUGUAGUUGGAAGAUACCUCAAGGGUCAUCUAGUCCAACCCCCUGCACUGAAGGAAUCCCAACAUAUGGUCCCCCAUCCAAUUUGAAACCCUACUGGACCCUGCUUAGCUGUGCAAAGCGGCUGGCAGUUUUUAUAGCUGCACCACUUAUAUUCACAGUACAUUUCUUAAGGUAACAGUGGAACAGCAGCAUUUGGUAGAAAUUAACUAUUUGGAUAUUGAAAUAUAUCAUCAAAAAAGUUACAGUUCACAUGAAACUUAUUCCAGAAAGCUCUGUCCUCUUUUAACCAUGAAUAAAUAUUGGAAAAACUACAACCAUUCUACAAGGGUUGUGGAUUUCUAUGAAACUCAAAUGAGAAAAUAAUCUUUAUUGUAUGGUAGCCUUUUUCAGAGCAAGGUUCCUUUUUCAUAAAAAUCGCAGCAUAAUACUUAGACUUCUUUAGAAAAUUAUCAGAAUUUUAGUGUUCAUUACCCAUAACAUUUGAUCCUGCAUUUAUGACCUUGUUUUGUUAAAAAACAAAACUUGUGAAUCCCUUAGAAUUGACAGACACAAGAAUCACUGAUAACGAGUACAGUCUAGUGAACUCUGCAUAGCUUGGUUUAUUCAAUGUGCAGUAUUUUGAGCCAAGUUCACAUUGAGAUUGCAUAUUUGCAAUUUAUUUUCUCGUAAAGCCACGACUGUGAAGAUGCCAAUUUAGACAGUGUGGUUUAGAGUUAACAUGGGCUUUCACAUUGUAGAAAAUAUUAGUAAUGUCAGGGUAGCUUCACACCAAAAAUCAAAAUUAAAAUUAAUCUGGGACCUAUGUUUGGGAGAAUAUUCUUAUGCCACUUUGCCUGCCAUAGGUUACUCGAUGGUCAUAUUCAGCAACUGGAUACAGUUGAAGCACUAGCCUUGUAUUUCAACACUAGUGUGGUAAGCUAUAUACAAGAAGGAAUUCCAUGCAGACAAGUGAAUGAGCAGAUCUAUGCAGAAGGGAUAGAGCACUCCUUCCUCUGCAACCAGCAUAGGAAUGAGAAUAGGAAAAAGUGCAGAGAGAGAUCACAUAUCUUCAACUUUACCAUUCCGCUUUGCCAUCUUUGGAUGGAAGCUAAACUUUUGAGGUGCUGAGUUAUCUCCCAGUGAGAUGUCAAGUUUCAUUUUCUCCCAAAAAGUCCAUUUGAGUUAAGAUGCUUAGAAUUCUGAUGGAACCUAUUCUGGGUGUAGUGGGAUCACCUAUGACGUUUAAGCUCCACACUGUUGUAAGGAAGUAAUGUGUCCUGUGAUGUGCCGUAUACAAUGUCAUAGACCAAAGGAGAUAGUAAAAAGAUGGAGCCUGUUGUCUGUACCUCGUAUUCAAAAUGUUGCAGAGCCGAAUAGGUAUAAAUACAAAGUUUUUGGCAGGGCCAGAAUUCAAAGAGAAGAUGAGUACAUGCAAGAACCAGGCAGGAAAGCCUGCUGUCAAAUAGGCAAGCCACCAUUCAGUUUAACAGGCAGCUUGCCUUUUCAGCAAUGACAGCUGAUGCAAAGGAAGCUUUGUCUGCAUGUGUAGUUCCCAUUUGUGUGCAUGUCUUUGGAUCCUGGCACUAGGACAAAGGGGCAAAGGCCAUAAUGACCUAGCGAGCUACUGGUUGCUUGUGGUAUUGAUGCAACAGCUUAUAUCAUCAGGUUCAUAUGCUAUAGCUGUGCUUCACAAACAUUCUGAAGUGGGGACCUACCUGUAAACUUUUAGAGCUUUUGUGGGCACCCACUUAUAAACUAAUUCCACCUUUUGUGCCCUUCUUUCUCUCUGAUUUUUCCAAUCGUAAAUUCAGUUCUCCACGUUUCCACAUUGGUUGCGAAUUUUCCCCACACCCUGCAAAAAAAUUCAUCAACAUUUUAAUGUGACCCCCCCCCAAAUGAACGUGUUUGUAUGCAACUUUGCCUAAUGAACUUUUUUUUUUCCAAUUCAGUGCUCCCUAAUAAUGCAUUUUUGAAUGUUAUUUUCAUGAACACAUUUUUAUGCAGACUUUACCCUAAUGUAUGCAUUUUUGUACACAUGGCAGGAGAACUGUAUUGCAAAAUUCAGAGAAGUGCAAAUUUCUUAGGAUGGCUUAGUUUUGGUUCCUGUAUUGCUUCAGAAAGUGUGAAUUACAUAUAUCCGGCCUUAAAUGUGAAACAAAUCAAAUUUCUCCCCUUUUCCUACUUUUGACUCACAGUUUGAGAAGCACCUUGCUACAGCUAGUAAGCAACAGCUUAUAUCAUCAGAUUCAUCUACUACCUUCCUUGGUUUAGAACGUGCCACAGUUAAGCCAGUUUGUUUCUAUGGUGCCUCAGAUCUUUUUCUCAUCAUAUUGCUACAAGUCUGACUGGGCUACUCUUGGUCAAUUGACAGACUGCAUGUAAAUAUUGCUGAAAAUUGACAAUAUUGUGCGAUGUUGCACUGCACAAAUAUUUCACGCUUAGUGUGCUAUCCAAGCCACUGGAGCAUGUGCAAUGAGGAACACCCCCCCAAAAAAAACCCAAAUCCUUUCAGGUGUAUGAUAACCAGUGCAGAACUUUCUUCUACAAAAUCAUUAAGGGAUCAUGAAAUGUUUGUAAUAAAAGUAUUUAUUUUUUAGAGUAGGAAUGCGUGAUAUUUUCUGUGCAUUUCAGAAUAGAGCUUUAUUAUAAAACAUUUCUAAAUAAUGGUUUGCUUUUGAUCAUAUGUUCUGAGAUGUGCCGCCUAUUGUACAAUAUUUACCACUUGUAUGUGAACCUGGUAUUUGUGAAAAGGGGUUAUAUAUAUAUAUUGUAUAUAUAUAAAGUUGCUUGGGUAUCUUUUGUGCACUUGACAAUUUUUUGUAACACAAUAUCUUUAAAAUAUCUUUAUCUUUAACAGAUGGCUUGGUCCUGUGACUGUCACUGCUAGCGUAGUCUAUUUCAGCGCAGAUUCGCAAUGUUUAUAGAAGUGCUAAAGAUGUCCUAUUUGCUUCAGUUGCAGAUACAUUGCGUUCACAUGUUUCUUUGUCCUGGUUUCUUUACUUUUGAGAGUGGCCCACUUAUGGAAACUUGAGGAUCUCCCUGCUUUGGCAGCUUUUGCCAUCUGGAAUGUAUAUUUUGGAGCCUCAAUUGCUGUGCAAGCUGCUGUGGCAGAAAUUCCAUUUUCUCCUGUUGUGCGUAAUACAUUCUCACGAGUCAGUGCUGUGAAGCUGAAAGGUGGAAAAAGAAUACAUGUGGAUCAGCCCAAGCCCCACUGACAUCAAAGAAUGCCAGAGAAUUCUGACAAAAACAGAAAUGGAAUCAGAAAUUGCCACUGUUCUCUUACUCAUCCCGUGUCUGGAACGGAAAUCCUUCCAGUGCAUAGGAUUGGUAUUCCUUGUUGCUGUUUCAGUCCAGAAGGGACAUAUACUUGAUUAUACCCCAGUCCCCAUUUGCAUUUCCUUUACAUUGAAAUAAUCAGGGUAAAAUGACAUACAGGCAACUCCCAAUUUACGCGGGGGUUACGUUCCCCAGGCACAGUGUGUUUAAGUGAAAUGGCGUAUAUUUGAAACACCGUUGACAAAGCCUGCACACACCCGGUUCUGCUCAUUUUUUGGUGACUUUUGGGGUCACUUCUGGGUUCAACGCAAUCGCGCACAUAUCAGGUUGCUGCCUGUUGUGGCAAUAACUUGCGUAGUUUACCUAAUUAUGUAAAUUAAGUAAGUUAUGUAAUUUUGCUCCAGCAGGUGUUGUUCUGGGCAGAAGACGAACAGCAGUGGAGUGGAAUGGAAUGGAUGGAAUAGAAAACGAUGCCUUCUUCCAUCCCUACUGUUCUUGAUUUAACUGUACAUAGGCUGUCAGUGUAAUCCCAAGUUAACUACUAUUCCACAUCUUUCUGGAUGAGCAAACGCUAUAAUGAGGGGAGGCUAAUGCAUGGCAGUAUUAAAUGUCACGUUUUGAAAAUCAAAAUGGAACUGCACUGUCAUAUUGAUGAGAAAUCAUCAUUGCCAGUUCCAUCCCAACCUACCCCAUGUUCCUUUCAAACAAGUACACUGAACUAAGAAAUUACAAAGAUGAUGUAAACUACGAUUUUAGCCUGUAUAUUCCAGUUGAGGGGAAAUCCAUUUUUUCAGCUCAGAGAGACUUAACAAGCUUACUCAAUGCUGCAACACAUUUUGCAGUGUAUUCAAUGGGAUAAAGUUGCGACAAAUCUCAGCAGAUAUCUUAUUUAACUGCAUCUUGAUGUUCGAAAGGCAUUCUGCUCUGGUGUUGCCUGCAGCACAGUGCAGAAUGUGUAUGAACUAAUGUGUAAAUUUUGGCUAAACAUCUGGCAAAUACCAUGAUAAUUACAAGGAGGGAUUCAACAAUGGAAGUGCAGUGACCUGUAAUGGUGACAUGUAUGUUUUUCUAAUGAAACCAGGAAACCAGCAUUUUUACAUUUUAAGUUUUGCACAUGAUGCAAUUUAAAAAGACCCAGAGCCUUAAACAAGUGACAAUGGGAAGAACCAAAGUAUUGCUACUUCUACUGCCAAGGAGCACACCCUUUAAUUAUAAGGGGGGGGGGAUUGCAAGUUCUCCAUCAUGCCCCCACCUCAAGUUUUUUCCAUGGACAUUUUUUGUUUUAAAUCGAAGAUGUAUAUAUUUUUGAAGUUGCUUUUGUUUUGGUGUCUAGCAAUACAGAUUCCUUUAGUUGGUUGUGAAACUGAGCUAAUAAGUGCAAAUCCCCACGUAAGGAGUGGCACGUCUCUUUCUUUAUCUCAUUGUAUUGCUUGCAGUAGAAAUCGUGCUUGGCAUGAUAGGUGUCUCUCUUCUUUUCAUAGAAACAAUUACGUCUUAGCAUCUCACUUUAUGGGAAAAAAGAGAAAACGGAUACCAAUUUGUACAUGCCUCUUCAUUUUAAUUACUAGAUUAAAGGGAAAAAUAAACAUAUUAUGGCAAGCAGAGCAUCCUGUGGUGUGUUGCCUUUGUAAAAGAAACCAAGAUGCCUUUGUAUUUGCUGUUUGCACCCCUAAAAUCAAUUCCAUAUGUUGAUUUUUUUUGCCAUGUUUUGCACAUUGUACUGUAUAUACGUAUUGCAUACUGUAUUUUUAUAUGUGUAGUACCUUCAAGCAUAAAUUUUGUACAUAGUGGCAAUAUUGUAGCUAAGGAGAAGAUGUUUAUCUCGGCAAUUUUGCAAUUUGUGUGUCAAAAUAAACAAGUUAAUAUAUGUGGUUGUCAUCUGUGGAACUUGCUUGGCAAGACCCAUCCCUUAAAACAUGGUGCCCCAAUCCUACGCAGGCUCAGGCAGAUGUCGAGUCCCACCAACAAAGCAGACAUGUUGGCUGCACAAGCCAUGAGUUGGAAGGUGGUGGGAUCCAAGUCCUACGAAAGAGCAAUCAAAGAGGAGCAAGAGGAUUGAGAAACUGCCCUAUGAGGAAAGAUGACCAGAUGACCGUGAGGCUUUUCAGUUUAGAGGAAACACGAGUAAAAGGAGACAUGAUAAAG